AUGAACACCAUUAAGGGAGUGCCGUCCAGGAUAGCCAGGCGGUCAGGGCACGGCGUGGAGGCGGAGAGGGAGCAGUUUGACAGAAAUCAGGUGAGAGUAACCUGGAGCUCUGUGAUUGGGCUGGAGGGAGCUCUGUGACAGGGCUUGGACGGGGCUGGAGGGAGCUCUGUGACAGGACUAUGACGGGGCUGGAGGGAGCUCUGUGACGGCUUGGACGGGGCUGGAGGGAGCUCUGUUACAGGGCUUGGACGGGGCUGGAGGGAGCUCUGUGACAGGGCUUGGACGGGGCUGGAGGGAGCUCUGUGACGGCUUGGACGGGGCUGGAGGGAGCUCUGUGACAGGGCUUGGACGGGGCUGGAGGGAGCUCUGUUACAGGGCUUGGACGGGGCUGGAGGGAGCUCUGUGACAGGGCUUGGACGGGGCUGGAGGGAGCUCUGUGAUGGGGCUGGAGGGAGCUCUGUGACAGAUGGGACUGGUGGGAGCUCUGUGACAGGGCUUGGACGGGGCUGGAAGGAGCUCUGUGAUGGGGCUGGAGGGACCUCUGUGACAGAGAUGGGACUGGUGGGAGCUCUGUGACAGGGCUUGGACGGGGCUGGAAGGAGCUCUGUGACGGGGCUGGAGGGAGCUCUGUGAUGGGCCUGAAGGGAGCUCUGACUGACUUAAAUGGACAUGGCAACAAAACGGCAUGUGUGUUAGGAGAGAGUGUGUGUGUGAAACCCUUCAAUCACUAUAACACUAUAGUGUGCUAGAUUUUAUACACUGACUAGGAAAUGCACUGUAGCCUUGUUCACCACUGUCUGUGCACUAUACCCAUUAAAGCUUUAGCGGGCUGAGUAUUAUGAGGACUUUAGAGCAGAAACUACUAGGGUACAAAGUUUUAAUGCUGAUUUUAAAGUAAUGCUCUCUUAAUAGUGUCUGCUAUUGAUGAGAACUAUUGAUGAGAACUACUGAAUCUCUUGCCAUCGCAGUCAGAUUAUCACUGGAUGGGAUACUUUGUGUUCAAUGAAUGGAACAGUGUGAUUUGUGUCUCACUCUGGGGUAGGAUUUGGUAUCUAUCUGGUGAGCCUAGUUUUGCAUAAUUUGUGUCAUGUAUUUUUUUGGGGGCAUGUGUUUCUUUGUGGUCCUGUAAAUACAACACAGGAUUGUGCUUUACAGAGUAAAAUGACAGUUUGUGUGUUGGUGGAAUUGGACAAGUUGUAGCAAUAAGUUUGUGCUCUGGGCAACUUUGUGUUUGUGAAUACAUUAGACAUGAUAGGGUAGCUGUGGUUUGUUAUGAAAGCCCAGUAGUGGGUUUUGGAAAAAUAGUUUUUGUACCACUGGACCAGUAAUAUAAUGUCCUGUUUGGAGAAUGCCAAAUACUAUUCAGCAAAUUGUGACAAACUGGUCAGAUGUCUGUGAAUCAGGGUCAGAACAACUCAGCCUGUGUGUGGAUCAGUAAACUCAGCACUCUGAUUUGCUUUAAAGGGACAGAGUCGUUCUAUUAUUGCCCUGUUAACCUUUACACACUGCCUCCUCACAUUAUGUAAUAAAGGUCUGUUUCCUGGCAAGUGUAAAUUCUUCUCAGUCUACAUUAUAUAUAUAUAUAUAUAUAUAUAUAUAUAUUUUUUAUAUAUAUAUAUAUAUUUAUUUAUUUUUUUCUUCUCUUUGGGAAAUGACUUAUUUUAUACUUGGUAAAAAGUUUCAUUUGUAACACUGACUGUUCUCUCCCACCCCCCAUAUAAACAUAUUUAUGAAUCUUAUUAACUGUCAAAAGUUGAUUCUGGGAUGGUGAUAAUGCCUUUUAAAGUGUGUUUCUCUGUGUCUGUGUAUACCCUGUUUACCCAAAAAUGACACCCCCUAAAAAUAAUCUCUGGCUUAUUUUCGGGGGAAGCUUCUAAUAUAAGCCCGACUCUGAAAAUAAGCCCUACCCGCUAGUUAGCUAAUCUAUCCCCCGAACAUAAAUUUGCGGGAUCUCAUUCGUGAGUUAGCUAAUCUGUGUUCGGGAAAGUUUCCCCGAACAUGGAUUCGCAGGAAUCCAUGUCCUAGUUAACUGGUCUAUGUUCGGGGGAAUUCCCCCAAAUGUAUACCUGCUUUGUAGUACAAGUUUGCUAUCUGUUUUUCCUCGAAAUAAGACAUAAAAGUACAGGUUAUUCUGAAUGUGCAGCGUAAAAAGCAGAAGUAGUUAUGGUGGUUGAAGUCACCCUUUAAUCUCUUCACAGAAGUAAUUAAACGGACACUCCAGGCACCCAGACCACUUCUGCCCAUUGGAGUGAUCUGGGUGGCAACUCCCACUACCCUUAACCCUGUAACUGUAAAUAUUGCAGUUUUCAUAAACUGCAAUAUUUACCUUCCAGGGUUAACUCCUCCUCUAGUGGCUGUCUACAAGACAGCAACUAGAGGGCACUUCCGGGUUUAUAGCACACAUUCCGUGUGCUAUAGCGUUGCUGGACGUCCUCACGCUAUGUGAGGACCUCCAGCGUCGCUGAAAUCCCCAUAGGAAAGCAUUUUUAAUUUUUUAUCACAGUGGAGUCUUUGCUGCACUCUGCUUGUACAGUGGUAUUCUAAGUGAAUCAUUAAAUCCAAUUGUUGUCAGAGAGAAACAUUGGACGCACACACCUAGCAGCGUGCAUACCAAGCAUAUAUGGAAUAUGCAAUCUCAAAUCUUCUUGUUUAUUGAGAAGUCAAAUCAUGGGUCUAGUGCAUUAUUUCUUUUUCAGCUCCAUGUCAUGGAGAAGUGUGGUGUUUGUCAUAAACGGCAGGCCUACAAGCUCCAUGUUCUCCUUUGCUUCAUUUGAAUGAUCACAGUGACUUCUGUUUAAAUGGCAGUAAAAAGUAGGCAUGGAAACUGAAACAUGUAAAAUGUGCCAUUUCCCAGAUACAGCACUGUUUUCAUUUGCAAGCUGCAGGGGCAUCAUCUAUUCUAGACCAUCAAAUUACUUUAUUAAGAUUAAGUGCAUUUUGAAAAAAUUUUUUAUUCUUUAUUUUGUCAGUGUUAAGUUUAACAUGUUGGCUUGCUCUGCUACAACGGCCGACGCUAACAGUUUUUCAGGCAUAGCAUAACAUUUUUGUUAACAAGUGAGGCAAUGUUCAUUAUACAGGUACAAGUUGAAAACAUUUAAAUACUGGUGGCAUGUCUGCCAAGCAGUGCAUGGUGUGAUUCCGCUAUGCAGUAUUUGCCCUGAACACAAUUUUUAUUUAUAUUGUCAGGUUUGUUCAGCAAGAUUGUUAGUCCCACAGGUCAACCAUGGGAUUGGGUGCCUAGAGUUCCAUGGUAGACAACGGGCAUAUUGCAUUUAGUCGGUGGCUGUGUGGUGGUCAUAGGUCAAUGAUGGGUACUUCAUUGUGGUUGGCAUGGUUCUGGCUGUCAUUGAUCUAAACGAAUGUGUGGGAUCAGGCUUGGCUACAUUAUCCACCCGCUUCGCGGACCGGGUUUUGGUGUGUGCGCCAUGCGGGUCGUUGGGUGGGUGUCGGUCCUGUUGUCCUGUUUUGAGGUGACUUUGCGCGUGCUGAUGCGGGUGGGUGUGGGGGCCCCUAACCUAAGGGGGGGGGGGAGAAUGACGUCGGGUGGUGUGUGGGUCUGGCUGAUGCCCUCGGGGAGGCGGGUUUGUAUUGGGGGUUUGUGUGAAGGAGCCUCGUCUGUCGUCCUUCCAUAAUGCAGUGAGGAUAGAGGUCACUUUGUAUGGAGCAGUCGGAGGGGGUCAGUCUUUGUGUUAUUGUAGAGAUAGAAGUACCGGGAGAAUAACAUUUUAAAGAAAGUAACAUUUAUAGAAAGGUCGGUUCGAACCAGUCCGAGAGUUCAGUCUAAAGUCCCAUCUGUAUCAUCGAGGAGUGGGCCACCGCUGUCCAUAAGCGUAGCGGUUUGCCAGUGUCCAGUCUGGUAUCCUAUGGGUCCGGUGGCGGUGUUGCUCUUGAGCGCAGGACGAAGGGUGUAACCGUGGUCGGGACAACGGGUCCCAUGAUCUUGUAGGUUGCCCCGGUGUUGCUGGAGCGGUGGUUAGGCCCAAUUUUUGGAGGAAUGGUACGGCUUCGUCCAUGGUGUGUAGGAUGUGCGUGGUGCCAGCUCGUGUGAUGUGAAUAGUUGUCUGUCCCCCACCUGUACGGCAGGCCUGCUGAUCGUAAUAGGGUGGUGACGGGACUGCAGGAUUUCCUCCACAACAGGGUAGCCCGUGUCAGGUCCUGGAAGAAUAGCAAGGUGGAGUCCUCGAAGGUAAGUGGUGUUUUGCCCUUUAUGGCUUGCAUGACCUGUAUCUUGUCCUGGACUGUGUGGCAUCACAGGAUAACAUCUCUGUUCAGGUUAGAUUUCGUGUGGGUUGUUGAGGGGAGGUGGUAUGUACUGUCGGUAGUCAUUUUGCGGGACGCAGCUGGGGGCAGGAUAGUUGCGAGGAGGCGCCUUUAUAAUGGGGUAGUUCCUCCGCGGACACAGCGGUCGGGAUCCCCCUGAUUUUGAUAUGUGAACGGCGGUGUCGGUCCUCCAGGACCGCAAGCUUUCCCAUUAGGAUUCUUUGGUUCUGUUGGAGUUGGAGGACUGUGUCCUGGACCAAGUUGAUCUUGGUGUGUGUAUCUGUUACGCUAUGCUCAACGGCUCCUACUUUCUCUCUAACCUCUUGCAGCUCCGUUUUGAGAUUUGUCGAGGCCGCCUCCAGUAGUUUGUGGAUAUUGGCAAUAUGGGAAAUACUGUAAUUCAUGUGUUUAGUAAUCAUAAGCAUUUGCUUAUUGCCACAUUACUGCCACAUUACUGAUGUACUGUUUAUUGAAAUAUUAAUAUCUAACGUACUUUUUGAAUUACUAUAUAUAUAACAUCUCAUGGUUAUAAAUGUUUUUGUAUGUGUUGAUGCAUGUACCAGGUUUACUUGGAUAUAUCCUAUGCGAAGUGCAACCUCUGAUACCACGUUUUCUAGUGACACUAAGGGGCAUCUAACGGUACUAAACAUGCAGACCUACCUGCGAGAUCUCCCCGACCGUAGUAUGAGGCCUACUGACGCAUUCCCGCUGCCACACGAGGCUGGAAGGCUGACUUGUCCUCCCCUCUAUGGACUGGCGAGGUUAUCCCGGUCCCAGGAGGCCACUCUCAUGCUCUAACGCAACAACCCCAACGGCAACCCACUACUCCUGGCAUGGCGGAUCACCCAUGAGGGCCUCCUGCAGAAGCGCAGCCAAGCACUGCAUUCGACCGUAUCAAGCCUUUUGGCUUCGUCUGGAGAUAAGACUGAGAGGCUCUCCCCUGCACACACAAUGCCCUUCAUCUGCCGAUGGCCCAGAGGGAGUCUCAACUUGGCAGGCGCCCACCAAUGCGCAGAUUCGACAGGACACGCAUCAGCAGCCCCCUAAACCAGAGGCUGAAGAUCCUACUGACCAAAAGAAAGCUACUGUAACCAGUAUUGAGGUGACUACCAACCGCUCUCACGCCAAGGACUACCCAAAAGCUCUGCAAUCCUCAAUGCCCACUUACCAUGGGGCCAAAACAGGGGUGAAGUGGCAUGGAGGGACCUCAGGGGCAUUCAAGAUACCAGCAACUCAAGACACUGACUGGAUCCUAGCGGUUCAUGCGCAGCCCCGGCAGCUUAGCAGAUCAGACAUCUGCUGAUUUCAGAUUACUGUAGCUAAGAUAACUUACCCAAGCAUUUGGGGAUGGCUCCUGCACUAUGGCAUGAACACUGUUUGUUUUAUUUUUGUGUCUCACCACCUGCAUCACACUAAUACUGCUUAGAAUGUAAGACAGAUCGCGGGUACAGACCCAUUGGAGAUUAACUCCGUUACAACACACCUCAUAGCUGCCUUAAACAUACUGUGUAUCACGAUGUCGGGAGAUGGCCGACUGCGUACUUACCUCACAUGAACCCAACUCACUAGGCACACAAAAUGCCAGUUGAAGCCACUUUGCCCGUACAUGCCUAUUUACACGCCUAAUAGUUUGCUUUAACAUCCAGGUAUAUAUGUUGUCACUUAAUCUCGCUAACACACUUACCCUAUAUGCCUCAGCCUUACAGGGGCGAUGUCAGCUACAGCGAUAUAUUAACCUCUUCUUGUCUAGCUAUUAUGUUCCAGUCAGUUCACAAGUAUCUAUAAUUUAUUGAUGUGAUUGCUCGCGUUCUAGUUCUAAUUCUGUUUAUUCCAUAAAAAAGGGCAAUGCUCUUGAUGCCAUACAACUGUUAUCAACUGUCUAAAAAUCUGUUUGCACCAGCUGCUGUGGCAGUGCAGAUCUCCUUGUUUAACCUAUGCAUGAACAAAACAAAGAAUUUAAAAAAUAAAAAAAAGUGACCAAUCUGCUUUAAGAAAAAUAAAUAUAAAAAAAAAAAAACAAAGACAUUUUAGCCAGAUGAGUUGGAAAUAUCCUAUACAAAAUAGAAGGGUGCCAACAAUAAUUUAUAAAAAGCAGUCAGAUGGGCUAAACGAGAAUAAAAGUCAGAUGGUAAACUAACCCUAAAAUGUUUAAAGGAACACCCCACACCCCUAAAACAUUUCAGCUUGCUAAAGUGCUGCAGGGAUUAAUGUGGAGUCCCCUCCUUUGGAAAUUAUUUAAAGGGGUCAUAUUAAAGUGACACAGUACUCACCAAUACAACUUUACCUUAAUGAAGCUGUUUUUGUGUACAGAUCGUGCCUCUGAAGUCUCACUGCUCAAUUCUCCGCCAUUUAGGAGAUUUAUCAUUUUUUAUUUAUUUAUUCAUGCAUGGAGAAAAAUUUUCAUUUUUAAACAGAUAUUCACCUGCAACGUCUAGCAAAUUAUUAACAAAGCAGGAAAUAAGAAAUUCGAAAUGCUAAUGCACGUCUUCUUAAAGGACACCUAUAGGCACCCAGACCACUUCAGCUUAAUGAAGUGGUCUGGGUGCCAGGUCCAGCUAGGAUUAACCCGUUUUGAUGUAAACAUAGCAGUUUCAGAGAAAUUGCUAUGUUUACUUUAGGGUUAAUCCAACCUCUAGUGGCUGACUCAUUGUAAUUUUCACAGUGAGAAGACGCCAGCGUCCAUAGGAAAGCAUUGAGAAUGCUUUCCUAUGGACUGGCUGGCUGCGCGCACAGUGUAACAUCGCAUGAGUUAUGAAUAGGGCUCCAUAAGCAAAGUGAUUUAAAGUGAUACUAUAGUCACCAGAACCACUACAGCUUAAAAGGCAGUGUUUACAUUACUGUAUAGUAACACCUCUAACAGUCACUCAGACAGCCACUAGAGGUACUUCCUAGUCCAGUGUUCAGCUCUGCAUGGAGAUCCUGAUGCUUCCCAUACAGAUGCAUUGAUUCGCUGUAUCUCCGAGGAGAUGCUGAAUAGUACAGCAUUUAGCAGAGUAUGUGCAAUAGCCUUCCAAUGCUUUGCUAGGUGAAAGGAUUGGCUGAGCUCAUAAAGAUUGGUCUCCGCCAAGGAGGUGGCACAGCAAGUCAGCGUGGCAAGGGAGAAAAAGUAUGUUCACCUUUUUAACUCUACAGAGGAGACCAAAUACCUAAAUGGUUUAAUACUAUAGUUUUAGGAAUAUAUGUUUGUAUUCCUGGCUCUAUAGUGUUCCUUUAACACCUAAAUUACAGAGUUGAGCAGUGAGACUUCAGUGGCAUGUUCUUUAUUCCAAAAUUGCUUCAUUAAGCUAAAGUUAUUUUAGAGUUUAUAGUAUACCUUUUUAGGUAUUCAUUGAGAAGAACCAUGUUAUUAGUAGUAAUCAAGAUGAUUUUAUGAAAGUACAAUUACAUCAAACUAAUUGCAUUUUAUAAAGCAGACAGGAGAAGUAUAGUUGCAGUGGAUGUGAUCUAUUGGGAUCUUUCUGAGGUUUUUGAUAGUUACACAGAAAAAGGUUGCUGCACAAUGGGUUUAGAUGAAAAAAAAAUCACACACACAAAUUUAGAUAUUUGAGGCCAGCCAAAGUAUUCACAGUGGUUACAAUAUAUCUUGGAAUGCUGUCAUGCAGGUCUGUGACAGUGUGUAGCUGCAUAUUGAACCAUUCUUCAAUAAGAAAAGGAUCCAGUUUUUGAGGGAUAAAGAUGUAAAUAUUAUUUACACCCUGCUGUCCAGAACUUGCAUAAAGGUUCAAUCAUGUUUAAAUGUGAUAAUGGGAGCAUAGUAGAUAUACCUCCAAUUAAUCAAAUUUUUUUUUUCUUUCUUUCACCUGAACCCUAAGUUUACUUAUACAAAACUAGUGUUUCUCUAAUCACAGCCUUGGUAAUUAAUAUAGCCAGUGACUUUAAGUGUCUGUGUCCGUUUCUUCUGUGGCCCUUUGCUCUUUUGAUGCAUUUUGCUUGCCCUCUAUAAUAUACCCGCACAUACAAAGAUAACACUUGGGCUAUUUUCUAGUGUCUGAAUAGUUUUCUUAAAGGGAUAUUGUAGUCACUUUAACCAUUUUAUCUCUUUGUAUUGAUUAUAGUGCCUGGAGUCCCCUGGCACUGGCCCUUCACUCAAUGUGAAACCAUUUUAGAGCAGUUUAAGUAACUGUCCCUGGCCAGCCAUAGUCUUGCCCCUUCUUGAGGUGUGGAUAAGGCAGAGAUCACACACUUCCUUGUAGUAAUACCCAUAGGUGUAUAUAGGCUAAAAGCAGUCAGCAGACGCUCUCGGACAAUCACAGCUGCUCAGACUAAUACUUCCUCAUAACCAGUGCAGCACAGAUUGGAUAGGCUGCUGGGGACUCUCAUUUAGCAAUAACACAUUAAAAACAACUUAAAAAUUGUUUAAUGCUGAAUCAAAUGACGGUACCAGGGGAAUCCAGACACUAUUACCAGUUUAAUGAGAUAAUUAUUAUUAUUAUUAUUAUUAAUGGGUGGACGAACAGACAUGUAGACAUGCGAUGAAGCAGACACAGUUCAUGCAGUGUCCCUUUAAGUUCUGCACCGAUUUUCAGCAUGUUUUUGUCAUCAGAAGCAUUUCACAUUAAAAAAAGUGUGUGUGUGUGGAGCUAAAUCUUAAAGGAACACAUGCAAACAUGCAUUCUUGACCCUAUAGUGUUAAAACCACCAUUUAGGUGGCUUGCCCCCUUAGAAAAGGUUCAAACUCACCUUAUUUCCAACUCUCCACAGGUGUGCAGGCGCUGGCCCUGACCCUCUAUGGCCUACAUCGUCAGAAUUGAUAAUCUCCGCCAAUCUGAUGCUUUCCCUCUGGGAAAGCAUUGGAUUGGCUAAGAUCGUAAAGGAUGCGGGACCAGGGCCAAACGCUGCACUGGUCGAUCAGCAUCUUCUCGUAGAGAUGCAUUGAUUCCAGAGCAUGGAGAUACUGAGCAGUGUGCAGCACUGCCCCAGGAAGCACCUCCAGUAGCCGUCUGAGUGGUGGCCACUGGAGAUGUCUCUAAGCUUUAUGUAAACUCUGCCUUUUCUCUUUUUGCAUUAAAAAAAAAAAAAAAAAGCCUGCAGGGACUGACUACACUCACCAGAACUGCAUUAAGCUGUAGUUGUUCUGGUGACUGUAGUGCACCUUUAACCAUUAAUAAUUGCUUGUAUGUUUACAGCCAAUACACUUUUGUAAUUAUCAAAGUGUUUUGUGUUUAAUCAAUUCCAAAUUAGUAAUAAUUUAUCUAUUUUUCUUGCUCUGCUAAUAUAUAAGCAUGUUCAGAUGUGGUUUUUCUUUACAUGGGAUAUAUGUUACAUCAUGGAAAAAAAUUUGUUUUGAAAACAUGUUUAAUGAGGUAUUUGUUUGGCUUUAUUAAUCCUCAGCCAGUACAAGCACCUGGUGAUGGAUGAUGUUGAAGACUGUGACACUGCUUAUUGCUAGGUGACUGUCAAAGAAUGAGCUUCAUACACAAAAGUAAUCUUUCCCUAAGUGUUUAUUGCAGGUUGUUUGUAGUAACAUUAAGAAAGACACAUGCUUAACAUGUGAUUGUACACCCCUCCUUCAAUAGGGUGUAUAACACAAGCAUAUCAAACUCAAAGGCUCACAGUGACCAAAUACACAAGGUUUAAGUUUGUGCGGGCCACAAAAACCCCCCUCAAAAAACCUACAGUUUUCAUAAACAUAGGUUUAUUUAGAAACUUGCAGUAUAAGUUUGCCUAACUGACACCGAACGUCCUCAAGCACGUAGGGCUUCAAAGUAAAGAAACAAGCAAAUUUAUUUUAAAGGACCAAUAUAGUGCCAGGAAAACAUACUUGUAACCCUAGAUGGGGACCUGGCACCCAGAUCACUUCAUUAAGCUGAGGUGGUCUGGGUGCCUAUAGUGGUCCUUUAAGGAGAUGUGCAUUUGCAUAUAUCCAAUGUUUCAGUCAAACUACAUUUACAAAUUAAGAAAAGUUUUUGGUAAUAGGACUGAAAUGGUUAAUGUAUGCUUUUUUACAGCUGUAAAAAAAAAAAACCACAAAUGAUCUCUUGUUGAUUUUAAAGCCCUAUGAGUGUGUUCUUCACUUUGGCCGAGAUCAUCAAACUUGAUGAUCUCAGCCAAUCCAAUGCUUUCCCAUAGGAAAACAUUGGAAGGCUAUAGUACAUAUGUGUCAAAAAGCUGCAUGGCUAAUCAGCAUCUCCAUGGGGAGCGUUCAGCGCCUCCAUGCAGACCCAAUCUAAUACACUGCACCACCUCCCUCCACUCUUAUACAGUGCUCCGUCCACUCAAUCUUAUAAACUGCCCCUUAAUCUAAUAUACUGCCCCCCUCACUCUAAUACACUGCCACUUAACAAAAUACAUUGCCCCUACCCAAUUGAAUACAAUGCCCUCCCCCCAAUUUGACACAUUGCCCCCUUUCCACUACACUAAUACGUAAUCUGCCUCUCCCACCACUCUAAUGUACUGCCCACUACCUCAUCCAAUAUAAUACACUGGAUCCCCUCCCUCCUCAAUUUAACACACUACACAGGAAAAUCCCCCUAUUCCCCUACCUUAAGAUGAGCUGCCCCUGUCUUCCAGUUCCUCCUCUAAAGUAUGGUUAUGGUGUCCAGGUGGGGUUGCAGGGGGGAGUUCUGUUCAACCUAUUGUCUUGUCUUGUCUAUUUGUUUCAGGGGUGGUGUGUGUGUGUGUGUGUGUGUGUGUCCCAUAGUUUCCAGGCUUUGAUACAGUAGGGCUUCCCUUGUCAUGUUUUCCUUGCCAUAAGUUUUAGUGGAUUCUGUUGUUUCGAUGCAUUGUUUUAUUGUUGGGGGAGUUGUUUGUUUCCACUGUCGGCUGAUAAUUGUGAGGGCUGCAAUUAUGAUGUGGUACAGUAGGUACUGGAUGUGUGUUUGUGGUACCUGUGGGAGCAGCAGUAGUAGAAAUGUUUCUGGUGAGUUUGGUAGGCGUACUCCUGUGCACCGAACUGUUAGUGUUAGGACUUGGGACCAGAAGUGUCGAAGUGAUGUGCAUUGCCACCAUAUGUGUAUCAUGGUACCUUUAUCUGCUGUGCAUCUCCAGUAUGUAUCGGACGUGUCUGGGAAUAUGGGUUUUAGUCUCGUGGGUACUAGAUACCAUCUGUAAAGAAUCUUGCGGGAUAAUUCUGUAUGUGUCUUUGAGAGGGUCAUUGUUUUUUGUGGGCGCAAUAUGUUUUGCCAUUGUUCUUCCGUGAAUUGGCGUCCAAUGUCUUGCUCCCAAGAUGUAUGAUAGGAGGGUGAUUUAGUUUGUUCCUGCGUGUGUUCUGAGGCGUAUAUUAUGGAGAUUAGUUUUGCUGGCUUUGUAUUCGUACAUAUCUUGAUUUAAAGUCGUCCAAUGUGCGGUUGUUGGCUUUGUUUGUUGUGGUGUUGGUUGGGCUAGCACCCAUGACCUCAUCUGUCUAUAGGAGAAGUUCGCCGUACUCGGCAAUUUGAAUUCUGUCUGGAGGUCCGGCAGCGUUUUGAGUUUAUUUCCUUGCAUUACUUGUGAUAUGUUUUCCAUACCAUGUCUGUACCAGAGUUUAUAGUUAAAAUCUGGUAUAAGUGAAUGUAACGCAUAUUUUGUAAAUUUUAAUAGGGAAAAAUAUAUAUAUAUAUAAUUUUUUUUUUUUUUUAAAUUACUUACAAAAUGUAAAGGUAGUUGAGGCACAAAAUAUUAAAUUUCGUGUUGUAUACAUAGACAGUCAUGACUGUUGGCUACUUUAAUAUACAGUUCGUUUGUAUCUCUUUGAAUCGUAUAGAUAAAUGUUAUACUUUCAGUUACUCACAAAAUGUAUCAAACUCAACUUUGAAGGAGUUGAAGGGAAGUAUUGCUUUUUGUUUAGCUAUAUUAAAUAUUGUUGUAGUGAUUUGUCAAAUCUUGUUAAAUAGAUUUUUAAUGUUAAUAUUUUUCCACACUGGAUAUAAUCCAAAAUAUAGAAUGGUUUCAAACUAUUGUUUCAUCUGUUAACCAGGUUGACUUAAUUUCUGCCCUUGAAAGCUAUUUUUAUCUGUUAAGCAAGUCACAUUUAGAUUACACGGCUAAAAAGAUCCACAAAUAUGUACUUUAGAGGUGUAUAAUUAUUUUUCUUUCAGUUUUGUAUUUUGGUCUGUUGUCCCACACUUAUAUUUCUGUAUACAUGUGAUGGUGACUUGUUCUCACAAUCUGUUUAAAGAUGCAGUGCACAUAUAAACUACAUUCUUUAAAAGAUAGACAUAAACAUGUUUUCUGCUCCCUUGCUCCUACGUUUUGUGGUUGCCUCCUUAAUAAGAACAUAUUUUCAGUUAAUCUCUUGUAAUGCAAGCUUAAGAGGUGACUGCGUAAUUGCAGUUUGUAUUGUGUUUUUAUGUUGCACUAAAUAAACAGGGUGGUAGAACCAGUUCUUCAAUAUUUUUUAUUUUGUUAUUUGUAUGUAGACAAUAUCUUUAUUACCUCAAUCUGACCUGCUGUGUUGUAAUUUCCUAAUUCUGGUUAUAUUUAACUCUUUAUCUGCCAGAGCAGUGAGUUAGUUUACCAUUUGCAGACUGUAAUUAAUAAGAACACUACGUGCACCAUAAUAACUUCAUUAGAAUGAAGUUGUUAUGGUGCGAGAAUUAUUGGUUUCUCCAUGUGGUACUGCGGAAUAUGUUGGCACUUUAUAAAUGCCAGUAAUAAACAAAUAAGUGGUCUAGGUGUAGUGCCCCUGUCUCCUUAACCCUGCAAUGUAAAACAUUUGCAGCUUUAGAGAAAUAUUGCAGGCAGCCACUAGAGGAGCUUCCUGCUGUUAAACCGUGAAACGGUGCUGUUUGUACAUGAGAAUGUUCAAUGUCUGAAAACCCCCAUAGAAGUGCUUUAGGUUCAUAAUUGACCUUAACUUAAAGGGACACUAUAGUCUCAAAGCAACUUUAGCUAAAUUAAGCAGUUACUGUAUCUAGAUCAUGCCCCUGCAGUCUCACUGCACAAUUCACUGCCAUUUAGCAGUUAAAUAACUUUAUUUAUGCAGCUUUAGACACACCUCUAUUUAUCCAGCCCUAUCCACACCUCCCAUGGCUGUGGCCCGAACAGUCUGCAUGAAAACAAAAUUAUUUCUUUUUCAAUCAAAUGUAACUUCCUUUAAAAGUUUUUGUCUUCUGCUCUGUAAAUUGAACUUAAAAGGGGCAAUAUAAUCACCAGAAGAACUACAGCUUAUUGCAUUCCUUCUGGGGAGUAGAAUCCGUCCCUUCAGGCUUUUUGCAAUAAACACUGUCUUUUCAGAGCCUACAGCCUAGUGCAUAGGUAGGCAACCUUCGUCACUCCAGAUGUUUUGUACUACACCUCCCAAGAUGCUCUCAGUUUUAUGACUGUAAAAUCAUUAUGGGAGAGGUCCACAACAUCUGGAGCCUGUCCCUAUCAUAGUGAUAGCUCCACUGGCCACUCCUCAGAUGGCUACUAGAGGUGCUUACUGGAGGAGUGCUGCACAGUGAGCAGCACUGCUAUUCAGUGUCACCACCCUCUGUAUGCAGACACUGAACUUUCUCCAUAGAGAUGCAUUGAUUCAAUGCUGUUUGACUUGUGCUGUUCUGCCUCUGAUCUGCCUCCUUGACAGUCUCAGCCAAUCCUAUGGGGAAGCAUUGUGAUUGGCUCAGACAGGGCCAGCAGCUGCAGACAUGAAUUCAGGGCCAGCAGCUGCAGACAUGAAUUCAGGGCCAGCAGCUGCAGACAUGAAUUCAGGGCCAGCAGCUGCAAACAUGAAUUCAGGGCCAGCAGCUGCAGACAUGAAUUCAGGGCCAGCAGCUGCAGACAUGAAUUCAAGCAAGAUUUUACAAUAUUUAGGGGGGCUAGAUGGUGGUUUUAACACUAUAGGGUCAGGAAUACAGAUUUGUGUUCCUGACCCUAUAAAGUAUUCCUUUAAUUACAUACAGGAGGCUCUUGCAGGGUCAAGCAAGCUAUUAACAGAGUAGGAGUUAAAAAAUUUCUAAAUUCAACAGAAUUUGCAAUAAUGUGUAAACAGAUGACUCUUUACAGGAAGUGUUCAGGAGGCUGUGUAAGUCACAUGCAGGGAGGUGUGACUAGGACUCCAUAAACAAAGUGAUUUAGUGCAUAUAUGUAUACAGUGAAUAUAUGUUUGUAUUCCUGACUAGUGAUGUCGCGAACGGUUCAUGGCGAACUCCGGUCAGCUGACACAUCCCUGCCAAUCUCGGCAGACCCUCCCUCCCAGACCCUCGUACUUCCUGGACAGCAUCCAUGUUGAAGGCAGCUUCAACAUGGAUGCGGUCUGGGAGGGAGGGUCUGCCGGAGAUUGGCAGGGAUGUGUCAGCUGACCGGAGUUCGCCGCAAACGGUUCGCGACAUCACUAUUCCUGACACACUAGUGUUCCUGUAACUCCUAAUUUACAGAGAAUCAAGGCAAUGAGAAUGCAGGGGCAUGAUCUAUACACUAAAACUGCUUUAUUAACCUAAAGUUGUUUUGGUGACUAUAAUGUCCCUUUACAUUGUCUUCAUGCUUGUGAAAUCAGAUCAUGAUGCUGUAUAUUUUAAAGUGUGCCCUUGUGGUUUUCUUCUGGUCUUAACAACUUACCUGUAUCUCUCUGGGUAAACAAAGGGCAAUUUCCUUUAAUAUAAAAUCCACAUCUGUGGCUACAACCUCACUGUUCACAUUUAUUAUUAUAAUCUUUCUUUUUUAGUGGGGCAGACCUUCUCUUAAGAAAAGUCUGUUGUUAAUUUGCAAAUCUAUAAUAUUGUAUACAUCUCAGAAUGAUGUAUUGUAUCCACCUGAAAUCUUUAUUUAAAGCAUUGUGUUUUGGUUCUGAUAUUUUAAGAUGCAUGUUGCUUGUAACUGCCAUGGUUUCAUAGACAUAGCUUGCAAAUAACCCCACCACAGGAGCAGCUGGCAGAUAUUUGAGAUAUGUACAUUAAGCUGUGCAAGUUAGUGUGUUGCAUGCAUUGGCUUGUGUUCUUAUACUGUGCUUUGUAGUGAAUGAAUCAUAGUUAUGAAUGAAUCAUAAAACAGGUUGGUGAGGUGUCCUCUGGCUAUAAAUACCUGCAAGCGUUUAAUGACUGUUGGCCAUUGAGAAGCUGUCUUCUGCAUGCUAACAUGAGUUACCUGUACUUCUAAAUGCUUAAUUUACUUUUCCAUUUUCUUAUUUUUAUUUGGUAGAAUGUGUUUUUGCACUGCUGAACUGUUAAGUAUUUAAAGCGAAACCUUUACUUAGUACUAAAUCUGCUCAAAUUACUGCACACUUAGUUCUGCACCAACAGCUGCAGGAAUGUGACUCCUGUUAAAUGGUUUCCUAUAUUAAAAGUGCUGAUUUGUGUUUUAGAAAGCAGACAAUUAUUGACAUAUCUGUUGACUUUUGCUGAUGAUCAUACCUCCUCUGCCUUCUGCCAGGGAGCAUAUGGAAUGUGUUGAUGGCAUGGGAAGGACCUCUGUCAGAUAGUUGAUGCCAAUCACUGUGUGAACCCUUCACAGUGCAAUUUAGAACCACAAACCACUUUCUUCUGUAUGUCACAUAGUAUGAAAUGCCCACAAUCAGGCUUUUCUACAUGGUUUUCAAGGUAUUUUAUCUUUAAGCCACCAUCACCAGCUUUGUUCACUUGCUUGGUUCUCUUAACUCCUCUUAGCGCAGCAUAUCUCUGUGGUGUUUCCACCUAAUUACAUCUGUUGCAUUUGGACAUCCACACACUCUCAUUGAUUUAGGGCUAGUGGUUUGUUAACUCUUGAUUUGUUAGCCCCCCAAAAUAUCACUUCUCACUUUUGAAAUGUUGCUCUAGCCUCUGUUUUUUGGUGGUGAGUAAUUAUUUUAUUCCCCUGGUUUGUCUUGAACAAUAAUCUCCUCGCCUUACCCAUCUACUGCCGAAGUCUCCUGUAAUGAUUGAUUUCAUUUUUAUUUGUUUUGAUUGGAAGCCAACUUGUGACCUGUUACUUUUUCAACUAGAAAUGUAUCUUUAAUUAAAAGUUGUCGCAUCAUGAUCAAAGAGUCUCCAGGUGGCAUAUCUAGAUUUCUUCAAAGUUUUUAUCUGUAUUUUUUGUAAUGACAUAUUUUGAUGUUGAAGGUUAAAUACGUUUUUGCCAAAAGUGAUUAUAUUGCAUUUGUUUAUCUGCAAGAGUUGAGUUCCGGCUCCCAAAAUGCCCUUGAAAUGACUCUUAAUUUAGAUAAUGAUUUUUUUCUGGGUCACAGUUUUGAAAUUAAAAUGUAAAUAUUGGUACACUUCUCAUAUUCCAAAUAUGUGAACUUAUCCUGCAUAUAUGACCUGAUUAGCACUCUAGUAAGGCUAUAAUCUAUAUAUUAAUCAUGCAAUCAAGUGUGAUAAACUCACUUUAAGGUUUCAGCUUGUUCUUUGCUUUCUCUCAUGGAAAUGUGAAUGUAUUGUUGAGGGUUUUGGUAUGGCAUAAGCGUAGUUUUGUAAUCCAACAUUGAAAUCUGCUUGUUUAAUAUCAGUGCUACCUUUAUAUGAUGUGAUUGAAUUGUUGGCAUGUCAUUUUGAUUUAAUAUAUUAUAUUUUAAAUUUCAGUCCAAAAGAGCUGAAUUUAAAAAGUAGCUACUUGGGGAAUGCCCAGUUUAGAGAAUAUUCCUGUGUACGUGAUUUUGUAGACUGUAAUCUGUCAGUUUGUCACAAAUGUGGAUCAUUUUGAAGGAUUUUAAUUUCUGAACUAAAUGUUUUACUGUGAGCUUCACCUGGUUUAUGAUAUGCCAGGUGCAUAAAGUGAUAAAAACAGCAAUAUGAAGUCAAUUUGCUUUAGUUUUGAAAGCACUCUGUUAAAGCAUCAAACUGCAUGUCCAAUAAAGCCAAGUCAUUUGCAGCCCACUUAACAGUUUGCUAUAUGAAUGUUUGUUUUGUUUUGCAUUAGGGAUUAUUAGAUAUGUAGGAUAACUCUCAGCUUUCUUAAAGUUUGUAUUUAUGUAGCGCCAACAAAUUCCACAGUGCUGUACAAUAGAUGGACUAACAAACAUCAAAUUGAUAACAGACUAGUUGGACGCACAGAAACAGGAGAGGUUGAGGGCCCUGUUCAAUGAGCUUACUUGCUAGGAGUGUGGUAAAGUGACACAGUAGGUAAGGGUAGGAGUAGAGAAAUAGAUUGGUAGAAUAGUAUUCACUGAACACUUAAAGUGUUUUUUUUUUUUUUUGUUUUUUUUUAAUGACAGUUGUAGGAGAGGAAUCAAUUUAGAGCUAUUAACAGUUUGAUACGCUUUCAUGAAGAAGUGAGUUUUUUUUUUUUUUUUUUUAAUUUUGAACAAAUGGAGACUGGGUGAGCAUCUAACAGAGAAGGGAAGGGAGCAGACCUGGAGGAGUCUUGAACGCGAGCGUCAGAGGUGGGAGUACAAACAGAGGAUAGACUUAUAAUAGAUAAUGUAGUAUAAUACGAUAUAGAUAAUAAGAUGUAUUAUAUUGUAUCUUCCUUACCGUAUCGUUGGUCAUAAAGCCAUUUUUGCACUUGUUAACGGGAUAAUUUAAGCAUCAUUGCAAAGGUUACGGUACAGUAUUUGAAGACUAAAAGUGGUAAACGAUUUAAGUUCCAAAAAAAUUCACACCAUUUUCCACGUUUAAGUGUCAAAUGAGCAAUGCUUUAUAAUGUGGUAAACGUUAAAAGUGCCUGGUAGUCCUCUAGUUCAAAAGAGCGUGUAAAAUCGUAAACGUUGUAAGUGCCAGAUAUGUGCAAAAAAACUUUUUUUUUUUAAUUUCCAAACAUUUUCGCUUUUGGCACUUACUACAUUUACCACUCUUAGUCCUCAUUUGCUGAGUGGCUUAAAGGCACACUCUCUGCACCAUAUUAAUGCAGUGAUUCUGGGUUAAGAUUCCUGAUGUUCCCUGGCACCAUCUUGCUUUCAAGUGAUUUAACACUGAAGAUGUAUGCCCGAAUGCCUCUCCUUCUGUGUUCAUACUACUGCAGAAACAUUAGCUCUUGCAGCAUAGGGAUGGCAGUAACAGGCUGAUAGUGUGAGAUGACUCUCUUUGACUAUCACUGGCUGCCUGUGGUGAUUACAAUUGUGAUUAUUCUCAGGCCAGUGAUAGGAGCAUCAGCUAAAUCUCUCCACCUGGUACUGUUCCACACCCUGACAGAGAAGGAGUUUUUACUUAAUGUGUUAUUUCACUUUUAUCCAACUUCUGUGUGGUACAUUCUAGUAAAAAUGUUGUACUAGUUUUUUUGUUUUUUUUUGUUGCCUCGCCACUUUAUCUUGGGGAAAAUGGUGACAACUGGCUAAGAUGGAAGUGGGUUUUUUUGUGUUUUUUUUCAUUUUUAUUUGCAAAAUAUGUGCACAUGAUUUUAUCGCAUACUGUAAUUUCAGAUGCAUUUUUGCACCUUAUAUGCUUCAUCUCUCUUAAAGGCUUUGGUAAUAUAAUGUACCUGGCCUAAAAAGGCUUGUAAAUUGUACAGGGAGUGUUCCUUUAAUUAUUUGCAAAAGGCAGAUAUUGAUAACUGUUAAAGGGAACCUGUCAUGGGCAAAUCUCCUUUUUUUUAAUUUUAUUUUUUUAAAAGCUUGAAAUUACUUUUGUACAUUGUGCUGGCAAUUUGCUAGCAAAAAUGUAUAGAUUUGGAGAAAGAGUGUGUGUGUGUGUGUGUGUGUGUAUAUAUAUAUAUAUUUUUUAUUUUUUAUUUUAUUUUUUAUUCUUUAAUCUUUUGUUUAAAAAGAAAAAAAAUACUUUGCUCUAAUGCAUAUCAAACAGUUACAAACGCAACACUGAAUUAUCCAAAAAAAAUGGCCAUUUCCACCAUCAGGGCAAUCAUUAAUGGAAAAAAAUAUGUAUUCCUAACAAUGUAGUGUUGGACUAGCUGUUUAAGUCCCCGACCCUUUCUAUGGGGAGCAUUCAGCUGAACGUAGGUACUGCAUGCAGUGCAGCACUGAAAUAGAAAGUACCUCUAGUUGCGAUCUGACAGCCGUUAGAGGUGUUACUAGGCAGCAAUGUAAACACUGCCUUUUCUCUAAAAAAGACCGUGUUUGUUAAAAAGCCUACAAGGACAUGCUAUAGACACCAGAACCAUUAUAUUGAACUGAAGUGGUUCUGUGGUUCUGAUGUCCCAGUCAACUGGAAUGGUUAUGAAUAAAUAUGGAAGAGUAAUUUUUGCAUAUUUUUUUCAACAAAAGGUUAAACAAUUAAACAAUAAAGAAUUUUGUCACAAAACAUUUGCUUAUAUUGACUUAGGGGGCCAAUAUUGGUAGAGGGCACUGUAAGUGGUGAUAGUUUCCCUUUAAAUGGAAAGUCAAAGCACCAAAACUACUUAAUUUAAUAAAUAUUUUUGGAUCACUGGGUUUGUCCUUUUGCUAGGUACCUCGACACAGCUAGUGGCUGACAGAUACCACCAUCUUGUUGCUACCUAUUUGAAGACUUUUUGAAAAAUCUCCAUGUUUGGUGUUAUCAUGCACAGCAUCACAACUGUGAACACUGUUAAUGCUUCUCAAGAUAACCCUGACUUAAUCCAGCACUUUAUGCUGAAAUUAUACUUGUCUGGAAUUCAAAAAGUCCUUUAACCCCUUAAGGACCAAACUUCUGGAAUAAAAGGGAAUCAUGACAUGUCACACAUGUCAUGUGUCCUUAAGGGGUUAAAACUAAUUUGACAGCUUUGGCCUAAAUUUUAUAAAAUGUGAAAAAGUCAAUUCUGUUUCCUGUUUGGCUACUUUGGUCUUAAAUUUUAAAAUCCAUGAAUUCCCAGCAAUUUCCAUCUUAAUAACCCUUAAUUCUUCUCAGGGGGCCAGGGGGGAGGACAUUAGGUCGCCCCCACCCGCCACUCAGGUAAGUAAUCUUUACUUAGUAUUAGUAAAUUUGGCUGAAAGACCAAUUUGAGUCUUAAAGCCUUUUAGUAGAUAGCUCCCUAAUACCGUGGGAAUUAGGGAGUUAUCUACUUAUUCAUUCCGGUCAUUACACUGACUGGCUGAGUAACUUACAUUUUAUAUGAAUGUGUGUUACUUGAUUGUUGUAAGUGUUGCAAAUGCUUACAGCUGAAUCCUGGCUAUGUUUGUAUACUUUUUAUUUAAAAUUGUAUACAAUGUAACAUUCUCCUUCUUUCACUGGGUAAGUAUAUUAGCACUUCGACACUUCGUAAAUUCGGUAAUUUCGGGACAUCGGCACUUACGAAUGUCCGAAUUGCCCGAAAUUCGUCCGAAACAAAUUGCACAUGUCUAAGGAAUAGGAAACCAUCAGAUUUAAAACAUAUGCUGGGAACAAAACGUGAGAAUGUAUUCUGAGUCUUUUAGUCGAGUAAUGGAAAAUAAAAGGCAAUAUUUUAACUUCAGUCUCUAAACUUGUAUAGGUUUAUUUAAUAUACACAAAAUGGCAAUUGUAAAGCAAAUUGAUAGGCUAAAAUAGAAAGCAUUUCUUUCUGCUAAAAGUAUCCACAACACGGACUCUUCUUCCUACACUUUUCCUCUCGGUUUCUCUCUGCCCCCUUCCUUGAUAUCGCUUUCCCCUUGUUUUCUUAUUUUAUAAAGAGAAAAAAAUUACUGAUGGCUUGUUCUUCCUUUCCGCACAUAGAAGUACACUACGUGUGCAUUCUAAUAUUAUCAUGUUUUAACUACUUGUGCAUGUAGAACGAUAUCAGUCUGUGAUUUGCGCUACACAGUAUUUUACGUAGCUAAUGUUAUUUCGUACUUUCUACUCUUGAUGUACUCUAUCAUUACUUGCUGUCAUUGCAAAAAUAAAGCUUUUUUUUUUUUUUUUAAUUAAGCAUUUCAUGGUGUGACUACAACAGAGUUUAAGUAUUUUUACAAAUCUACUAUUUUGGUCUACAUUUUGUCUGUGUUUAGUUCACUACAAUUUAGUGAUAGAUGGAAACUUUGAUAUAGGGUUAAUAUAACUUUUUCAUCAUGAAAACUGUAAUUUACAGAUUGCUACAAGUACUCUGAGCUACCUUGCUAAAGGGACACUAUAGUGACCAGAACAACUACAGCUUAUUGUAUUUGUUCUGGUGAGUAGUAUCAUUCUCUUCUGGCUUUUUUUGCUAUAAACAAUCUUUUCAGAGAAAAUAAAUAAAAACUAAAUUAAAGCAGAAAAGGCACCUGAUACGCGUUUGAUGCAAAACAUAAUUUGGUGCUAUCAGUGGAUGAACGAUGGCUUCAAACUAUUUGAAGAGGGCCCACCAUGCUGUUUCCUCCUAUUCAGUGGAUGCAGCCACAUGUAGCCUCGUUUUGACUACGAAACCUUUUGUUUUUUAAUUCUGUUGCAGGCGUUUAUCUGUUUCAUUAUAAAAGUCCUGACGAGACUGAAAUGUUUUCAAUGUGCUGCAGAAUGUGUUGGCUUUUGCUAAAAAAAAAAAACUGCCUUUACUUUCACGGGAUUCAAGUCAUGAGUGCUGUCCUUCAAGAUUUUUUAUAUACAUAUAUACUAUAUCAGAUGAAAUAGGUUAAUCCAUGGAGUUUUUAUAAAAUACCCAUUUUCCCCAAGUUGUGACUGAUCUUUCAGUAUCAGAUGAUUAUAUUUUGUCUUGCUUCCAGCAAUUAGAAAAAAACUUAUUUGAGUGGAAUUAGGGAGUGUUAUCUUUUAAGUCACAGGUUAAAUUGGCUCACCAGAAUAAUUUAAUUGGGAGGUUUAGGUUUAACCGGUUCUUACACAAUAUUGAGGAGAAGAAAACUGUGUGUGUUUCACAUGUAUGUAACCUAUCCAACAACAAGAAUGAAGUAAUUGAGUUUAUCAAUACCCUAUCAUUGUUAAUUUUGGUCACUAUUGUCUUGCUUUACAUAUCCAGCUGUGCAAUCAUUGGGUGAGUCAUUCCAUUUUGAUAUAUGAUCUUUAAAGUUUGCUAUAUUGUAAUGUACUGUUUUGUCAGUGGUCUUUGAGGUUAAUGGAGUUAAAAACCCAAGAACAGGCAGGUAUAGAAAACUCAGUAGGAUGUUCAUUUUUACUACUGCUAUUCAGCCUUGCAAGGAUAUAUAGGCGUAGUUCCGGUUUACGAGGUUUUCUUGAAUAGUGCUUAGUAGUGGGAGAAAAUUUUGACGGUAUAGUUCUGUUUGAGUGCAUGGCACCCAUACUCCAAGGUAGCACAUUUUAUCAGUGCACCAAUGGAAGGGUAAAUCGGUCUUGAGUUGUGCACUUUCUUCAUCCAAGAUAUUAAUUUUCAGGAUCUCACAUUUAGUGAGAUUUAGUUUAAGUCCAGAUAAUUUACUGUACAUCUAGAAUUCCUGUAGAAGUGCUUGAAAAGUAGUUUGGGGUUCUUCCACAAAGAACAGCAUGUCGUCUGCAUAUGCAGACACCUUGUGUUCCAUGCCCUUCUAUCGAAACUCCUUGACAGACUGCGUGUUUGGAAUGGUGGUCAAAGAGGACUCUAGGGUUAAAGCAAAUAGCAGGGGUGACAAGGGCAUCCUUGUCUGGUGCCAUUAUGUAUUUGGAAGCUGUCUGUGAGCGACCCAUUGACCCGUAUUUUCGUAUUUGGGUUAUGGUAAAGCGUCCCAAUCCAGGAAUACCCUGCUGAAUCCCAAUUUACGAAGCCAUCAUGAAGUUCCAGUCUACCCAAUAAAAAGCUUUCUCUGCAUCUGUUGAAAGCAUGAGAAGCCUUCUACCCUCCCUUCUGGCUAUAUGUUGAAUAGAGAACAUCCUCAGUGUGCAGUCUCUUGCCUCCCAUCCUGGUAUGAAUCCAGCUUGAUCCGGUUGUACCAAUUUUUGGCAUAUAGGGUUGCAUUCCCGUCGCCAAAAUCUUGAAGAGUAUCUUCAUGUCUACAUUGAGUAAGGAUAUUGGGCGGUAAUUCCCACAACUGUCUGGAUUUUCCCCUGGUUUUGAAAGCACAGUAAUGGUAGCUGCUAGUGAUACUUUGUGUAGUGAUGACCCUUUCGUUAAUUUAUUUAGCGCUUUAGUUAACCUAGGGACUAAGAUGCUUCCAAAUUUUUUUUUAUAGUAUCCCACUGACAGUCUAUCCGGGCCAGGUGCUUUACCAUUUUUAGCCAUUUAUAGUACUGAAUGUACUUCGUCUUCUGAAAGGGGGGCAUCAAGUAUUUCCGCCUCAGCUCGUGCAGUUGUGUCCGGAGCAAACCCAUGCUACUAUUGAUCUAUGUCUCUUGAAGACCAGUUUGACUCAAUAGGCUGCCAUAAGUUAACAAUUUUAACCUAUAGUAAUGUUGAUUUUUAAUCUCCAGGCUAUAAAUGGAGGUUAUAAAGAGGAUUUUGUGGACUAGGCACUAAAAGCAUGUCAAUAUCCUAUACUGCCUCCCUUCUUGCUUCAAGAACCAUGCAUAUUGUGUUCCACAUAUAUACACAAUGCAAUUUAAAAGAACACUGUUUAUAUUAUGUUAUAAUCUUUAUAACUGAACUUGCACUUUACACUUUACUAAUUUGCUUGCUGUGCUAAAUUCCUGCAUGCGGGAAGGAGCUGUAAGUUUUGAAUACAAUUGUGUACUAAUCAAGUAACUGCCUUGUUGAUUAUUUGGUACAGUUGAUAAAAGCUCCCACUAGUUGCAAUAGUAGAUUAACUCAUUCGGGUUUGAGACAUCCAUUCACCGUGAUUGGACUGAAAGUAGUCUAUUUUGACUGGGUGUAAAAUAAAUAAAUAAAUAUAUUGGCUACGUUUCUAAAAUGAUUAUUAAAUUAUCUAAAAUAUCUUUCAAAAUGAUCAAUGUAGCUCUGUUACCCAAAAUGCUACAUAUUUGUUCCUUAAUCUCAGAAUUUCCUGCCUUGUCAUCAGCGGAUUCCUCUAGCCUUAUCUUAAAGGGACACUAUAGGCACUGUAACAACUCUAACUUAAUGAAGCACUUUUGGUGUAUACACCAUGCCCUUGCAGUUUCACUAGUAAAGUUUCUGCCAUUUAGUAGUUAAACCACUUUGUUUAUACAGCCCUAGUCACACACCCCUCCAUUUGACUUUCACAGCAUUCCUAUACUUUUCCUUUAAUGAAAGUUCUAAUGUUUAAACGUAGUUUAAUUUAGAAUUUAUCUCCUGCUCUGUUAAUAGACUUCAAUGUCCAGCAGGAGCCUCCGGUAUGUGAUCAAAGUUCCAUUUAUAGAGCAGGAGAUUAAAAACUUAUAAAGCAACUGAACAUCUGAAAAUGAUUUUUUUUUUUUUUCAUACAGCCUGUGCCAAUCACAGCUGUGGAGGCUAGGGCUGCAUGGACAGAAACAAGUUAUGUAACUCCUAAAUGACAGAUAACUGAGCAGUGAGUCUGCAAGGGGCAUAAUCUACACACCAAAACUGCUUCAUUAAGCUAACAUUAACUAUAGUAUCCUCGUAAAAGUAGUGUCACUGGAACCACUACAGCAUAAUAUAGUAGUUCUGUUGACUACAGCCUGUCUCUGGAGACUUUUCAGAGAAAAGGCAGUGUUUACAUUGCGGUCUAGUAACACCUCUAGGUGCAGUCACUCAGACAGCCACUAGAGGUGCUUCCUAUCUCAAUGCUGAACAGUAUGAAGCACAUAUGUUAAGUGUCUCCUUGCUCCACAUUGAGGCUCUGAACGCUCCCCAUAGAGAUGCGACAAGAUCAGCGCAGUGAGGGAGAAAAGGUAAGUAAAUUUACCUUUUCACUGCAUUCUGAGGGGAGCCGGUCACCUAAACAGCCACUCCAGCACUAGUGUUAGGAAUACAUGUUUGUAUUCCUAACACUGUAGUGUUCCUUUUAAGUUUUUUCUUUUUUCUCUUCUUUCUUCAUUGUACACACCAUGAAGGGUAGUUUUAAUCCAAGGACCAAUAAUAAUGGGGUUACUCCAAUUAUUAGAAUGACUACUGCCAUUGUUGUUGUUAUGAUGCCAGGAGUACACUGGUCCAGUUUCCAUAUAAUGGACAAGCAGUUUAGAAACAAUUUGCCUUCUUUACUUGGCCUCGCCAGUCUCCGUUGCAGAAUUUACCUACAAUAUUUUCAUAGCUAUAACAGCUUGGGGGGUCGUGUGUGUGUGUAUAUAUAAUUAAUCUUCUAGUAUAUCGUGGUGUCUUAGAUAAGCAGGUAGCUGCAUGUAGAGUGUCUUGACAAUGAUUAUAUUGGUUGGCAUAGUUUUUGUUUUUAAAAUAAAUGUUUAAAUGUUUUCAAGUAUGCACAGACUUGACUGUAGCCAGCACUAGUGUCUGCCAGUCUGUAUUGUAUUCAGCUAUUGUAUUCUAUAAAUAAGACGUUUUGUGUGUGCGUCAGUCCUGUCCACGAGCCUUGCCCUAAAAGUUCCUUGCCUAGGGUUUUAUUUCAUCUAUUGCCCUCCUUACUGUAUUAUAUAAUCACCCUGACGGUUCAGUGCAAUAAUAUUGCCAAAUGAAUGUCAUUCUAUUUUCCAAAACAACGGAUAUUGCUGAAAUUGUACUUGUCAUUUGUGAACUUGUUAUGCAACAAAAAAAGUUACUUGCCACUGCAAACCUGGAGAGUAAAUGACAUAAUCACCGGGGGCGAGUUUCUUCUUGCUAGUAGCUUGUGGCGAGUACAAUUUUGAGCUCUGGUAUGUGGUUUGUAUAUAAUAGUGUGCGUGUGGCAGAAAGGAACAAUGUUAUAAACUCUAACACUCCAUGUAUACUACUUUUGAAACUGACCCAGAAUGGGACACACUUCCUUUUGAUUAAUGCCACAACCAUUUUUGAUCAAUGUCUAAUUAUCUUUAUCUUUAAAGUUGCCUGCAUACCGAAUUUAUAGUGAAAGUUUUACAUCCUCUCCAGCAUCCAGUUGAAAAUCAAGCUAAAGGUUAUUCAAAUAUCUUCAAAACAUUUUAAUCGGAAAUGUAAAAUAGUAUUCAGGGAGACCUGCUUUUUUCCUUUUGCUGUGGAUUUCACUUCCUUUUAGAAAGGAAACUUUUUUUGCCCUUAUGCUUCUUUUGUAAAAGGAACAUGUGAAUAUAUCGAUUGUCAUGUUUAUUGGAAAUGAUUAAUUUAGAAUCUAAAAUGCUCUUAUUAAAGUACACUGGAAACCCUCUCAAACAUGCCUGUUGCUCAGUUGCUGGCAAAAGUGGUAAAUGAUGGAAAUUAUGGAUAUGUGAGCAGAGAAAUUGAAUACAAAUGUCAAUAAUUCAUAUUUGAAUGGAAUGCAUUGUGUUCUCAUGUGUUUGUCUCUGUCUCUCUGUUGAUAGAUAUAUAGACUUUGGCCCUUUGCUCAGCUCAACAAAUACAAACUGAAAAGUAUACACUCACAAAUCGAAACUUCAGAAAAUAUAUGUAGACACCAAUAGUGCCUAAAAGAAGUUUAUAAAUACAUUUUUAAAAAUACUCAUGUUAAUAACAAAAAAUAACCUGUUUGGUCAUAUUUAUAAGAGAAUAAAAACUGAAAGAAAAAUGUAAAAUACAACCGAUAAGAUCAGGUCCACAUGAAUAGUGACUUAAACAGCAUGCAUAAAUUUAAAAUAAUACUCUAACAAUUCCUUAACAUACAUUACAUAUAACUAUAUGCUGUGUGCAAUGUGCACUCUACAGAAAUUAACCUUUUUCAAACUAAUGGAAAUGAACUGUAUGUUAAUAAACACAGACUUUCUAAUCAUUAUACAUGCUGACCCGUCACGUAGGCAAAUUUUUAUGUGUAAAAACGUUGGCACGUGUACAGCUCUUAAGGGCUUUGAGUAGCUGUUGUACGGUUACUUUAUUGCAUUAUUUUUUUUUAUUUUUUUUCAAGAAUGGCAACUUUUGGUUUUGUCGUUAUUUGUGUUUUUUUUGCUAUUGUAAAUAAAGUAUUGAUACUAUUUUGGAGAUUUGGUGUGCAUAAUUUUGUGCAUAUGUAUACAUUUUUUUGGGACUCUCUGUGGGUCUGUAUCUGUCUGUCUGUCUCAGAGUAUAUUUGUGUUCAUUCUUAAAGAGCAACACCUUUACUUUUUUGUUUUUAAAUUUAAAAUAUUAAAUUAAGUAAUUAAGCAAAUGUGCUUUUAAGCACUUCGUAUGUUUCUAAAAGUAUACAUACACUUCUAUUAAGAGGCAUCCCAACAUGCUUAAACCACAAAGGCUAUUGCUGCAAAGAAAAAAAACAAAGCCCAAAAUGUAUCCCCAAUGUGGCAAAAUAUUAAACAGGCCUAAAACAAUGUUACAAAUUCGAAAAAACUCAAAUCUACUGUCUGUUAACCAUAGCUGGUAAUUAUUGCAGUUUCUUAAAAACUGCAAUAAUUACCUGCUCAGGGUUAAGGGACCUGGGACAGUGCACCCAGACCACUUCAAUGAGGGAGAGUGGUCUGGGUGCCUAUGUAAUCCAUUUAAUGAUAUUUCUAUGAUAUGCAGUCAGUUACAAUAGAGAGUAACGUAGCAUCCUGUAUUAAAUAGUGUUUCAUUUGUUUCCUCCAUUAUAUGGCGGGGGAAUUAUGCAAACCUUUCCUGUUUAUUUCUCUGUUUAAGACACCAUAUGUUGCACCGCUACAGUCUGUAAUAAAUGCUGCCGCCAGACUGAUUUUCCUCUCUAGUCUGUUAUCUCACCUCUCCCCUCUGUCAGGCCUUACAUUGGCUUCCUGUAUCCUAUAGGAGUCAAUUCAAGGUACUAAUUCACACCUAUAAACCACUGAACAAUUCUAGCCUCUUGUAUGUUUUCACAGAUCCAUAGGUAUGCCCCUUCUCGGUCUCUCCACUCUGCCCGUGACCACCUCCUAUCCAUUGCUCGCACCCGUACGGCCAAUUCACGCUUGCAGGACUUCUCGCAGGCAGCUGCCUACAGCCAUCAGACUCUCCGCUAGUCUUCAAUCGUUUAAGAAGUGUCUUAAAGGACCACUCUAGGCACCCAGACCACUUCAGCUUAAUGAAGUGGUCUGGGUGCCAGGUCCAGCUAGGGUUAACCCAUUUUUUCAUAAACAUAGCAGUUUCAGAGAAACUGCUAUGUUUAUGAAUGGGUUAAGCCUUCCCCUAUUUCCUCUAGUGGCUGUCUCAUUGACAGCCACUAGAGGCGCUUGCGUGCUUUUCACAGUGAGAGCACGCCAGUGUCCAUAGGAAAGCAUUAUGAAUGGUUUCCUAUGUGACCGGCUGGCUGCGCGCGCAUUCAGCCGACGGGGAGGAGAAGAGGAGGAUCGGAGGAGGAGAGCUCCCCGUCCAGCGCCGGAAAAAGGUAAGUUUUUUUUACCCCUUUCCCCCUUCCAGAGCUGGGCGGGAGGGGGGCCCUGAGGGUGGGGGCACCCUCAGGGCACUAUAGUGCCAGGAAAACUAGUAUGUAUUCCUGGCACUAUAGUGGUCCUUUAAAACCCAUCUCUUUAGGAAAGCUUAUGGCCUCUGCUAAAGGGCAGCAUUCUACUCUCCCAGCUCUGCUUCACUCCCACCUUAUUUGAUUGCUAUUUCCUGUCCUAUUGUGUUUUACACCCCACCUUCUAUAGACUGUAAGCUCGUUAGAGCAGGGUCCUCUUCAACCUAUUCAACCUGUUCCUGUAAGUUUUCUUGUAAUUGUCCUAUUUAUAGUUAAAUCCCCCCUCUCAUAAUAUUGUAAAGUGCUAUGGAAUCUGUUGGCGCUGUAUGAAUGGCGAUAAUAAUAUCCCUUUCUCAGUGCAGGACAUCACGUGUUCUGCAUCCUCAGAUGGAUAAAUGCUCCAAAAAAAUUAAAAUAAAAAGAAAUUAAAAGGGAAAAACCCAACGUACACAUCUGGUUACUGCUCUGUAAAAUCCCCAAUUAGGGGACAUCCAUCCAUGCUUCCUUUAGAUCAGUUAUAUCGAAAAGAGAGCUCGAAAUUUACUGCAGUUUACCUUUGAAAAUGUAAAUAAAAUCAUGAACUCUCAAAGACCAUACAAUGAGAUAUAACUGUAUUUUCAGAUGGUCCUGUUCAUGUUUGUAUUUUAGGUUAAUGCAGUAAUGCCUUAGAGGGGGCUUCAUUUUAGUGGACACGUGUUAAGCUUUGCUUUUAGCUGCGUGGCACGGACUCUCUUCUACAUACACCGUUUUUUGCUCAGAAUGUGAAGCUCACUGUCUGGCUACAGAGCUGUUACAAUUUUAGUCUUUGUUAAUUUUAAGGAAUCCUGGCUUCACUUGUGUAAUGCUAGACUGCUUACAUACAGAGUGAGCCUGUGAGACUAAUUAUAAGGAAGUUAUUUAUAAACUGCACUAUUUAACACGGUGUAAAGUAUGCUGCAAUGUGUUACUUAUGUAUGUCCAUGUCUGUCUCGCAUCCAUUAGUUGUUUCUUGCUUCUAUACACAGCAGCACAUGUGUACAAAGUGUGGAGAGCCAAAUAAAAUCCUUCAUCCGCUUCCCUCUUCCUCUUCCCUUUUUCUUUGGCUAAAGUUUCAAAAGUUCAUAGCUUUCCCCAUCAAUUUGGGGGGCUGCAUGUAUGCAUAUAUGAUCUAUUGAAUAUGCUUUGCGUGUCUGUUAAAUGGACUCUGCAAGUACUCACACACAAUGUUUAGGUUAGGUUACCAUUUAGGUAUGCUAAUCCAUAUACAAUACAAAUUUCUGGUAUCCAGCUGAUCAAUCUAUAAGGAAAAAAAUAGGCAAAACGUGCGAUAUUGUCUUGAAAUUUAUACAAAGACACUUUUUGGUUACCCUCACAAGAUGAGUGCCUUCUCUGGAAAUAAUGGUGGGGCUACAUUUCCCUCUCGAUUGUCACCAGUUCAGGAAUCCAAGUUGAACCAAACUCAAAUUGAAGAUCUAAAAUGUGUUUAUUUGGCAAUAAAAUAAACCAAAAAUAAAUACAUAAAAAGGUCCUAUGCAUUUUGUUCUCCACAGAGCAUUUCCUCCAGGACCAAUGAGUAAAACAAAGAAUAAAAUCAAUAUAAUGCAAAUGCCAAAACAUACGGUUAAAUGGACAUUGCAGGUACUCGCAUGUACAAUGUUUAGGUCACUAUUUAGAAAUGCUCUUUAACCUUGACAAUCUGACCUUCAAUGAAUUGUACUUCAGGGUUUCCCAGUAGGGAGAUGCAAAUGGCGUAAUCCUCAGUAUAGUAUUCUCAUAAAAAGCUGUGGCAACCUCAUCACUUCCUGACACCUGGAACCUUACCUGGGUUUGUAAAUACUCACUGCAGAUGCUGCAAACCCAGGAACUUGUGAAUCUGUUGAAUGUAAUUUUGUUUUUGUAUUCAGGGUAAUCAAGAUGUGGACCCCUUGCUCACGGUGCCUAGAGAGAUAUCAGCUAUGCCUCACUGAUGAUACCUUACAAGGUUGAAACGAUCAUCUGGGGUUGCCGUAUCUCUCGUGCAGAGGGAAUUUGCUGGCAUUUUGGAUCUGGACUGCCCGUAUGGGUGGGACCACUCUGAUAUACUUCAGAGAUCUUCUCUCUGUAAUGGCACAAGUUGAGCUAAAACCAGCGAGAUCUGAGCAGGGAUCCACUAAAGGGCAGGUUAAUUGAGCUGUUGCCCGUUCUCACCUCUCUUGCUACCUAUUUUUGAAUGCAUUUAUAAUUCAAUAGCAGUGUGGUCUCAUUGAGAAUCUGUAAAUACCUCUACAAUCCCGUAGCAUGCCUGUCAUUGCUAGACCUAAAUGUAUUUAUUAACUUUGAGCAAGUUGAGGGCUUGCAAAGACACUCUGGCUCUUCAGAAUCUGUAUCUCCCAGUACAACACUGACCCAUUUUGUACUGGUCUUGGCCAGUUUCUUGUGCUUGGAAACAAGCGCUUUGAAAGGCAGCAGUGUAAAUGUAUGCUUUUGUCAAGCUGUAUUGCCAGUAUUUUUACCUUCUAAUAUUGGACUCCGUCUUUAAACCUAUGCUCCUGUUUAUCCAAUCCUUGCUGGAUUUUAUUUUUUCUCAUACACACAGAUCUGGUGAUUGUGCUAUGUCUCUGCCUGAAAUCAGGUAUUCCUUCUCAAAGUACAGAAAGUGGUCUGAUACCUGAUCUACCUAAAAGCUCCUUUUGCUAAAUGUAUUCGGUUUCAUUCAGUAUGCUCUUACGUACAAUGAUAGUGGUAUUAACUGUUUCAGUGUCGCAGAGCUGUACAAUAAAUGCUUUAUUUGUAGUCCCAGAUAAAAAGGACUUCUGUGUGCAACACAUUGAGUGCUGACGUGAACUGUUCAAUUCCUGGAGAGUAGUAUGUGCCAUGACAUGGGUCUACUGCCAAAAUUGUGAACAUGUUUUAUAAACUUUAUGCAAAUAGAGGAGAGUUCAUGGCCAAAUAAAAGUUUGUUUAUACUGGUAUUAAUGUCAAAGGGACACUCUAAGCUUGAAAACCACUAUGUCUUAAACUAGUGGUUGUGGUGUAAACACUCUGUCCCCACACUCUGACAAAUGUAAGCAUUGUCAUUUCUUAGAAAUUGCAAUGCUCUAAUUUGUCACGAAGGAUGCCUUUGGCUGUCAGACAGCCACUACAGGCACAUCUAUGCUCCAAGACCAGGAUGGUGCUGGAUAAACUGGCAUUUUUAUUUAACUUUCGUUCUAAAGGGAGGAUCCAGAAUAUAUGCUGAAAGGAACGCACUGUUAUAAAUGUUUGUUUCUUUGACUAAUAUAUUGUGGUUUUGACCUUAUGAAAGUUUGUUUUAUACUAAAAAAAAAUUUGAUCGUGCAAUAAAAGCACCAAAAAUAUCUUUAUCUCCAUCCAAAGUUUUAAGUCUUGUACUACGAGGCAUGACUUAAGUCGCUUGUCGCUGCAAGCCAAGAGGCUCCAUGGCACACUUACUGGGGCUAACUUUUUUUCUUUUCAAAGACUGGUUACAUUUUUGAGCCCUGUAAUGUGGAUGUAUAGAUGGACAAGAUGAGUGCCUUCCCUGGAAAUAAUGGUGGGGCUACAUUUUCCUCAAUUCUGCCAAUCCAUUGCUUCUUGGAGAUCCUUCCACACACACAGUCUGACAUCAGCAUAGUUCAGAUAUUCUAUUUCAAGGUCACCCUAGGACAGGAGUAGACACUUUUUGUGGACUACAUCUCCACUAAUGUUUUGCCAGCAUUAUAGCUGUAAGAGCGUUAUGAGAGAUGUAGUCCGCAAUAUCAGGACUACUGAAGAUUGCGUACUCCUCUCCUAGGACAUCAAGAACAUUACUACAGUAAUGCAAGCAGAGGGUUGCAAAAAACAUGCAGCAUCUGAAAUGUAUUUUUAUUUUUUUUAUCUCUGAGAAGUAGGCUACAAUGGAUAAAUGUCAAAUGAAUAUGAAAUGCAAGCAUCUACCUUGUAUAGUCUUUGUGUAAUCUUUGACUGUACAAGAUUCCGUUUCCUGUAUUCAUUGAGCAGGUUUUGUCCCUUUUUAAAAGGUUGUUAGUUCAAAAUGAGGUCUAGAUGCUUAUAUAUAAACAGAUUCCAUAUUUGAGGAUUAAAUAUUUGGAAUUAUAUCCUUGAUGGCAGAGGAAUCGUUACUGAGAUGUGCAAGUAAUAUAAUUGAUUACUGGUUUGCACUUGUUUAUGUACAGGUUAAUAAAUGUUUAAAAUAUUUUUGCUCAUGGUUUUACAGAUGUGAUAUUUGUAUUAUAAAUACAUUUUCACUUGAACAUUUUUAGAUCACAAAUUGACAAUGAGAAUCUCAAUUUAAAAAGGACACUAUAGGCACCAGAACCAGACCUACUGGUUCAUGUAAUGGUUCUGGGCCAUGGAGACAGAACCUGCAGCUUCAGCAGUGUACAUUCUGCAUAUUCUGAGAACUGAUAAUUCCACCUCUAUUGGCUAUUAUUCUGCCACUAAAAGGGCUUCCUAGGUUCAGUUAUGCAAAAGUUGCAGGAACCGACUUCCAGCGUCUGUACUCUGCAUUGACCUGCUUAACCCUCCGCAUUGAGAUUCAGGGGAGUAAUUUUUUUAUUUUUUUUCUGGGAGAUGUUAUCCAAAUAGGUAGAGCAACACUUGAGUGUUGGGAAUACAUGUUUCCUAGAGGAAAGAAACGAGGAGAAAAAAACCCACCUAUAAAAUGUAGCCAUAUUUUGUGUAUAGGUAAGCGCUUGGGAGGUCUGUCUACAGAUUCUUUGGUAAACAUAAAAUUGCCAAAUACAUGAAGUUCUGUAUUUUAUUAAAAUGUGACUGCAUAUUCUGCAACUCUGUCCAGCAUGCAAAUGAGACAUACAAGUAGUGAUCAAACGAGGGUAUGAGGGCCCUGCUCGAUACAAUCCAUACUGUCUAAAGGAAGCAAGAUCAAAUUAAUAACACAAAAGGUAAAGUACAGUGUAUCCAGAAGGACAGCUAGGUUGCUAGGGUAUUACUAAUGGUAUCUAGAAGGAAAGACUAAUUGUGAACUGCUAACAAUAUAGUAUUUGCAGAAAUGAUAGGAUCUACGGUUGAAUGGAAGAAGGUGAAAUUGGAUUGGAGAUAGGGAUAUAUUCGUUUUCCAUUACUUAUCAAGUUGAGCAGCUACUAUCAAAGACCUGUUUCUCUCUCUUUCAGAUCUAUAUUGAAAAACACACGCAGGUGCGGCUAGCCUGCAGUUAGCGAUUUAGUCCUGAAGCAGAGUUGUAUAAACAAUCAAAACUCAAAAUAUGCGGGAUACAGCUGAGAACAAAAUCUAAAAGGAACAUAAAAUAUAUAGAUAAGUACAGUUGACACAAUCAAUUAUGCGCUCUACAUAGAUGUACUCACGAGAUUGCGUAGAAUAUAUCGCUCUUGGGGUGUCUCCCGCGCUAUAAUGGGGGGCUAGUAAUCCCUUCCUAUGAUAGGGAGUAACCGGUGGUAUUCAGGACUUCAAACUGGUGAUGGUAGAAAAAUGUUCCACCACGGUAUUGUUAAAUUGAAGAGCAUUAACUAAUCGUUGGAGUCCAUAUAAAAUAACACAAUAUGUAUCUACUAGAAGAAAAGGAAUAUUAGUAACCAUGUAAAGAUUAAACUUUUAAUAAUAAAUAUGAAAUGCAAUCUGUGUAUUUAUGCUCCAUGAAGCAGAGUUGUGCAAGAUAGUUGCAUGACUGGCACUGUAUACAUCACAGGAAGUCUGGUUUCUGAUUAAAAUGUAAAUGGCAAGUAUAAAUAGAAAUGUCCCCAUUGUGUGGUAGUAUCCUUUGAAGCAAUCCUCAGAUCAUUGAGUGAAAUGACUACUUCACAUGAUGGAUUACAUUUUAUACUGUAAAUGACUCUUGUGUGUGAGGAAACCUGUGAUCCAUGCUCCCAGUGUAAUCCCUAUAGUAAUACUAGUGAUAUCACAGCUGGGAUGCAUUGCGACUAGGCACAAUCAGAGAACCCAUGUCUUAUAGAACAGGGGUAGACCACCUUCGGCACUUCAGAUGUUGUGGACUACGUCUCCCAUGAUGCUCUUAAAGCCAUAAUGCUGACAAGCAUGAUGGGUGAUGUAAUCCACAACAACUAGGGUGUGGAAGGAUUCCUAUAUAUGCAUUAACCUAUAGCGCUGUAUGUCUAGGGGAAUAUUCACUAAGCAUUGCAUAGGUAAAAUUCAUUCUCAAUCACCUAUCCAUUUUAUGGAAAGCAAAAGUGUGUUUAGAAGAGGCCAGUGUAAAUCGGUCCAUGCUGGAGUAUCAAUAACCUCUUUGAAAUGUAGUCUAAGCACUACCACUACAUGCAUUUGUAGUGGUGAUGGGGCUAGUAGGCUGUGGAAGCUGUCCCUGCUUAUGGAUCAAACUUUCUUAAACAGUUUGACCAAGUUUUCCCAUGGCACCUGCAGCUUGACCAAUGUUUAUUGAAUUGCUGAGGCAGACCUUUUAUUUGCAGUAUCAGUUUCAUCCAUGUUGAGGUAAAAAUUGACUGGCUGAGCAUGUUGGCAUGUUAUCAAUAAGUAAACUAUUAUCAAGAGAGAACUACUUGUUUGUUGAAUACUAAAAUGUUAGAAAGGCAACUAUAACCAUAUAUCCCUUUGAUUUGCAAUUGGGGACGUUUCUAGUAAUGUUUUGUAGGGUUUUUUUUUCUGUGCUUUGAGGUGGUUAAAUUAACACUCCAAGUACUCUAAGGAGUUAGAAACUAUAGUUACCGGAGCCACUUCAUAUUAAUUUAGUCGCUCUAGUGUCUAUAGCAUGUUCCUUCAGCCUUAGCACUCUAAGCACUACCUUUUCAGUGAAAAGUAACACCUCCAAUGGCAGUCACUCAAACAGCUACUAGAGGUGUGCAGCACUGGCAUUCAGCAUAUCCAUACUCUCCACAGAGAUGCAUUGAUUCAAUGCAUUUCUUUGAGGAGAUGCCGAUUUGGUGCUGUGACGUUUUUCCACACAUACACAAUAUGCUCCCAAAGCUUUCCUAUGGGAAUACAAUAGAUUGAUUGAGAUCGUCUUAACUGAUCAUCUCCGUCACAGAAUCAGGACCAGGCGGGGCCAGCUGCGGCGAGACUGACGUGGCAUGGGAGAGAGGGUAAUACUUGUCCUCCUAUACAUUGUAAAGAACUAAAUUUCUUUAAAGUGGACUGGAACAUAAGCACACAAGACACAUUUACUGCUUCUUAUUUAUAGAAAAAAGAGUAGCUCUCAAGUAAAUGGAACCCAAUGUGCUUCUUUAUUGGUGGUGGUGAUUGACUAUAUACAGGUUUUUGUAGACUUUUUAUGUUUCUCUAAAUCAUCCCAAAGAAUAAACUAUUGUGGGCUCCUAUUGGAAUAGUACAAAUUGUAUUAUAUAUUUAUUGUUGUGGUUGGUUACCAUAAGCCAAUAGAAUAGUAAGAAAAGUGAAUCAUUAUUAUGAAAAAGUUGGUUGUGGUGUGCCGAAACAGACGAGUGGUUAGGCCUGUAAGAAAAGAGGGCCCUCCUGAGUGUGAGUAGAUUAUUUAAAAGGAAGUGGAGGUAGAACAACAUCGAUGAAGCUACAUUUGGUAAAGGGAGGAGGUCCUGGUUAAAUAUGAAAGAUAACUCCCCCUAAAAACUGUAGGCUCAUGCCUUUUUAUUUGUGGUCUGGUACCUUAAGCCAAUAGCGUAAGAAAGGUGACUAAAUAUUAUGAAAAAGCCAGUUGUGAUGUGCCAAAACAGGCGAGGGGUUAGGCCUGUUCGAAAAGAGGACAAAAGUAGUCUGGCGACUUCCUGCAGCCCAUCCUCUUUCUAAUAUGUGUGGGAAUGAUGUGACUUGAUGCCGUGGAAGCUGCUCUUAUGCAAAUAAAGUGCCCCAAGAAGGAUCCAGGGUUAAAGCCUAACCUGAUGAAGAGAAUCCUAUUGUAUAGGAUACGUUUGGGUUUUUUUGUUGUGAGAGGGUUCCCAUGCAACAGUAGCAAAGGAGAAUCUGGGAUUGUAUCUGUCUUGGCUAGUUCAUCUAGUACUAGUAGAUUCUAGUACCUUUACUGGACACCAUUUAGUACUUGAUGGAUAAAAAGGAAUUUCUAUCGGGGAACCGGUUUGAUUAAUGUUUUACCAAUAGGAUAUAGUAAUUGUUGGUCUUAACUAAAUUUUGUGUCUUAAGGCAUUUAAUAAUCUUUGAAUACUUAGACUAUGCAUUCUUUAAGGCUGAGAAAUUCAUAAAAGACCAUUGGCAUGUUGUUUGAAGGGAGCGGUUUCCAAUAAAUCCGAGAUUACUCAGAAUUUGGACAUUAUCUAUAUGAAGUUGUUUUUGUGUUCAUGUAAUGUUAAGUUUUUCGAUUCUUUCAAACACUCUCUUAACGGGGUGAGUAGAUAGAAAGGAUUUAUUUUUUUUGGCAAGGAUAUUGGCAUAUGAUGCUGUAUACCUAUUAGAGUUUAAUAGUCUUGUGAGCCAAUUUGAGUGCGAGGUGACAAAAAGUAGUGAAAGCAACCAGCCUUUCUACAGAAAAUGUUAUCUGAAAAUCGGAAGCAAAUUUGUUAAACAUUAUAUACACUGAAUCUACUGUAAGACUUUUUUAUUUUUUCUGACAGUCCUGCGUGUGCAAAUGGUCUUGUCCUAUUUAUAGUUAAAUCCCCACUCUCAUAAUAUUGUAAAACGCUACAGAAUCUGUUGGCACUAUAUAAAUGGCAAUAAUAAUAUCCGUUUUACUUAACCAAGCCCUCUUUCCUGUAUCAUGAUGGCUUUAAUUGCGCCAUCUAUGUUCGGGUAUUGUAAUGAGAAGUCAUCUGACGGUAUUCGAGAAUUUAACCUAGAUGUGGUGGAAUAAUGAGGAGUUGAGAAGUCUAUAUCAAUUUUUUUUUAUAUUUUGUUUUUAAUGUUUCAUUUACCAGUGGCAAUGCCAGGAGGACUGGUUCUCCAAUUUGGAAAAGGGGGAGGGCUUGGAAUGGGCCUAUAAUGAAACCUUGCUCAAGUUUCUUUUUUUAGGAGCAAGUUGGUUGAUUCUCAUUGGUGGCGAAUUGUAGGUUGGCACAUUCAAUGGUGCCUGUGGGGGGAGAGAUUUAAACCUGGGUGGAAUUUUUGAUUUAAGGGUUUUCAUUCUGGUUCCACAAAGUGAAGGAACUGGUAAUUUGCCAAACAAAGGCUUAGCCUGUCAAUAGUCACUGCUUUGGUAAUAAAUAAUUGGGACACAUGUUUUUUUCCCAUGGGCCCUAACACACAAGGAGUAAAUAUGUAGCAGCCUGCAUAACUGUGUUAAAGUUAUUACACACUUGUGCUUUUCCCAGGAAGACCAUGGAUCUACCUAACUCAUCCUUCAGUUUUCUUUGGACAGGUCUGAACGUUUGAGCUGUCGAAGCCUGACUGGAAGAGGGAAGGCUGAUUUCAUUGGGGCACAGGGUAGUGAAAUGGGUAGUGGAAGUACAAAUUCCGCAAGCUGGUACCUUGAGCCCAGUAAAAAGCCUACAAAAAAGGUUAUGUAGUUGGCCCCAAUUGGUUUUGAUGUUGAACUGGCGGCUGCCCUGGCGGAAAAAGAUUUAUGGUAGUGGAAAAAGCAACCGCACCAUAUUUGUGCCCUUGGUCUACCAGCUUCUGCAUGUAUAAAUCUUCCCUGUGGUGAGGGAAAUUAGUGCAAAUCACAUCUCUGAAUAGAACGAAGGCCAGAAAUAAUUCUGAGAGUUUUUGUUGAGCCUUGGGUCCAUUGCUUUCAUUACCACUGAUAGAUCCCCAAAGUAUAUGACUUGGUGUCUCUACUCAUACCAUCACAAGACGUAGUUUGCAAUAAGUUAACAUCGUUGCCUUCUAAGAGCUUUCCUUAUGGUUAUGGGACUCGAUGACCAGAACAGGCUGAAGGUUGACUAGUUGCUGAUAAUGUAUUACCCUAGUAAAUCUUUCCUGAGGGGGAACUGACUGUGGAUAAUUUGGAGCUGAUGAUAGCCCAGCUAGGUUGGCAGACUUCUCAUGUCUUAAGUCAAGUGUUUAUUGUGUUAAUGGAUGCUGCUACGGACGAAACCAUAGUACCAGACUGCGUUGGACGAAUUCUUAAUCACUGAGCCCUGGUUUUGGUGUAUAUGUUAGGGAUUUCAUCAGCUGGAAUAAUGCCUAUAAAUCAAUUUUUGGGUCUAGACUUAAUAUGUAUCUGCAAAGUACAUAUUUGCCAAUUAUAGAGUCAAUUUAACAGUGAUUUUUUAAAAAGAUGCAGUCCCAUUAUAUUAAAAUGUCAUUCUCUUUUUAUCUAGACUACAAAUCACACAGAUUCGAUGGGAGGGUUGUGUGUCAUACUGUGUUUUGUAGAUGGAAGCCUUUUGUUUAGUGAAAAGUGUGCUGACAAGCUAUAUAUUGUUUGCUUUGGCUGACUUCUUACGUGACCUCUGCUUGGACACCUGCUGUUUAAUGCAAUGCUGGAUCUUUACUUUAGUUUCUUUUUUUUUAAAUAUCUAGUUUAAAGGAAAAAGCAGGCUGUAGAAAGCACACAAUUUUUAAUGCAAAGAAAAGAAACAAAUCAAUGGAAUUUUCUUUUUGCAUCUUUUCGUCGGUUGUAUGUUGUCUUUAUUUUUUUAUUUUUUUUUAACCCACCAAGUGCGUGAAUAACUCAAUGUAUGUUUGUUAGACUGCAUUAUAUGAAAAAUACAAUAUUAACUCUAAGACAAAUAAGAAAAAACAAAUCGUGCAAACAUUUUUAUAUCUUGUUUGUGACCUCUCUUUCACAGGGCAUCAGUAUCAGCAAGGCUAUCAAUGCGCAGGAAGCUCCAGUAAAAGAGAAACAUGCACGCCGUAUCCUUUGUAAACAAUGUCCUGUUCCUGCUCUGUAUGGUGAAUACAACUGCCAGAGCAUCUGCUGUUUCCUGCUAGAACCUGCACAGAUAAGAAUUUGGAUACAAUGAUUGGAAUUUGUUAUGCACUAUAACAAAUUAUAAUACAUUUAAAACAUUGCAAAAUAUAUCAAUGAUCAUCUUUUUUUUUUUUUUUUAUAAAUCUUUAUUUUUCAUGUGGAAAGAUAACAUAUUCAGGAAGUUGGCCACAACAGCCUCGACACAUCGAUUAGAAUCAGUACAUAUCAAAUACAAGGCAUUGUUGUGUGCUAUUCACACACAUUUUAUAUUUACAAUAGGUCACAUUGUUACAGUGAGGUUUUAAAAUCUAAUAACUGUAGGGAUGGAAGACUUCUGUCUGCCUAAGACACCCUAAGGUCUGUGGAGUCGUAGGUGGGGGGGGGGAAAGGCAUUUACUGCUAGGUCCAGUGGCUGGUCCCAAUUCUAGGUCGUGCGACUAUAGUUUAUGGGUGUUGGGUGAGUCUCUUGACCCUUUUGAGUUUGGGUAAGGAUGCGGAUUGCGGUAGUUACGGGGUCCCUCUAAUGGUGCCUGUCUAGGGCUAUGUCCUCUUUUGCUUUUCCCUGGUUGUAGCUAUUGGUGGGUGCCCAUGUGUGUGGUGCUCAGGGUGUCUUUGUGGCCCUUGUGGUAACUACAAAUCGUGUCUAUGUAUAUACAUAGGUCGCUGUAGUGUGACCGGAUCAAGUUGUGCCCUUGGGGCAUCAGACCUCGCGAUGAGCCUGAUUCCAGUCAGGGUUACUAUGUCGCCUUUGAUGUCGUUUCCCAUUAACCCAAGGGAGGGGGGGGGAUUGUUAUCGGAGCUAGUGUGCGCGGCUCUGGUGGGCCACUUUAGCACUGUUAUAGCCUUCAGAGUGUGAGAGAACUACAUUUAACUUAAAUGAACCGAUUUAUCAACUUAAAAUAUUUAAACUGGUGAAACUAAGGCCUAUGAGGCCGUCGGUGAGGCAGUUCGUUCAGGUUUUGGUUUUCGGUCCUCUGCUUAUUCCAGGAGUUGCGGAUGAAUCUGUGCUCGUUGUCCCUGGUCGUUGAGCCGGCUGUGUCAUAGAGGUCGCUGCGAGGUUCGAUAUUCCCAAUGCGGUCAUCAGUGCCGGGCCCUCUGCGUGGUCGGUAGCUCUGUAGUGCUUGUCAUCUUUAGUGACCCAGAGAGUUCCUGGUGUUGCCCAUCUAUAGGCCACUCCUGCGGCUUGGAGUUGUUUGGUGAUUGGUUGCAUACUUUUGCGCCACAUCAGUGUGGCCCUGCUCAAGUCCUGAAAGAAGGAGAGUUUGCUGUCUUCAAAGUCAAGAGGUGUUUUCCCUUGCAUAGCCGCCAUUAGCCCCAGUUUGUCCAACAUUGAUUGGCAUCUCAAUAUUAUGUCCCUUGGGGCUGAGUUGGGUGCUUGUGGGGAUUUGGCUAUCCUGUAAACCCCGUCGAACUGGAACGUUUUAGAUUGUCUAGUUGGCAGGAGUGUGGCCACAAGGCGUCUGAUGAAAUGUGGCAACUCUUCCAGCGGUAUUGAUUCAGGUACCCCUCGGAUUUUUAUGUUCUUUCGACGCCCCCUAUCAUCUAGGAGAGUAACUUGCCUGGACAUUGUUGCUUGUGCAGCUUGAAGGUGUCGCACCGUCUCUCCCAAUUCCUGGUAGUUCCCUCUUAGUCCCUUUACCUCUUCUUCUACCACUUGAGUGCGCGUGGACACGGCGUGCAUGUCUAGUUUAAGCACUGCCAGGUCCGCUUCCCACAUUUGUCUUAAGUUCUGUUGCAAGCCUGUAUGUCUUGUUUGGAGGCCGGUGCGCUGGCUUCUGGCAUCCACGUGUGUGGGGGGUGUUGGGGAUUGAGGUGUGGGCUGUCUAGUGAUUCUUCCUCCUCUGAUGGUGCUGGGGAGGUUUCACGGGGGGUCUGUGCCUUUACUGCGCUUGGGGCCUGUAACAUUUGGCCUAUGUCGCGCUGAGGUUUUGGGGCGUUUUGGGACAGUUUCUGCGUUCUGCGCCCCAUCUCACCUGAGCUGUGUGUGCUGGGGUACCAGUCCUCAAAUUCUGGGACACUCCAGGGCCAGUGUUCUCCCGUGCUGGGUUGAGGUUGCCUCCCUGCCCGGUAGGCCUUGCCGCCUCGGCGUCUAUUUUUCGAGCCGGGCAUCAGGAGAAACGGCAUCGGCGGUUGCAGCGAGGUUCCCUGCGGGCUGUGGCUGAUUAUGUGGCCGGGAUUAGUGCGGGAUGCCUCCGAUGUGGCUGGAUUGCCGUGCGGUAGCUCGGAGCUCCGGCAAUGUGCGUCCGCUCCGGUCCGGUGCUAGGCUCCGCCCCCCCAAUGAUCAUCUUUUAACCUUCUAUCUUUUGUAGUAGACUUUGUAAGGGGAAGAUAAGCUCAGCCAAUGAUGGUGCUCUUAUUUAACACUGUGUAUUAUUAACCUAUUCGAUAAACCCCUUGCCAUCUGGAUGGCAGGUCCUGGUUGCCUAUAUUAAUUUUGUCCAUGUUUUGGGUACAUGCAUGUGUGGCCCAAAGCUCUGCCAAGAGCUUAACAUAGCAAGAUUUCAUUAAACUGGCAGGCAUACUAUUAAAGAACAUGUCACUUAAUCCUGUGCGAUGAGCAGAACUAAUCUUUGGGAAUAAACGAAUGAUUCCAUAAACUUGUACUGUAGAGGGUUUUAUGGGAUAAAAUUAGGCCCCAUAGACCAGAGUGAGAUGCUGCUGGAGGUCUCGCCCUUAACCUGAAGUAUUCUCUCUGAUGCUGUUUGUGGGUUGUUGCUUAAUGUUUUAAAACAUUUUGUGGGGGCAUGGCCAGACAGAGCAUGGAGAAGGACGCUUGAAAAUAGAGCUCCUCACUUCCCGACCUUUAUCAGCUAACAAGCACCUCUUCACGUACAAAGCCCUCCAAUAUGGUACGCAAUCAGAAGCCGAACACCCUGGGAGGCUCCCCACACCGCCAAACCUGCACGCUGGACGACAUGUCCACCCCGGGCCCCCGCGGCGGCCUCUGGCUGACGGGGAAAGCGCGGGAAGCGCCUCAGCCGGCGAUAUACAGGAGGACACCCUGGUGAUGAUCCGGCAAGAGCUGACCGCAAUCUCGGGGCAAAUGCUGAGGAAGGCUGACACCACCAGCCUCCUGCAAGACCUCCGGACAGCCGUCCGUGUGGAGAUCGCGGCCUUGCGCACUGACCUGUCAGCGGUGGAGGUCCGCGUAGGGGCGCUGGAGACUGAGGCCCAGACGAGUCGCACACAGCACCAAUCGGCUGAACUAGCUACCAUCCGCCAUGGAAACCUGCUCCUAUCCCUCAGAAGACAGGUAGAAGAACUGGAAAACCGCAGCAGGCGCCACAACAUCAGGAUCCGUGGCCUCCCUGAGCCUAAUGCGACUCCCCUGUCGGAAAUGGUCACAACUCUUUUUCAGCAGCUUCUGGGCCGGGAAUGCCCAGCGGAGAUACAGUAUGAACAGAUCCACAGAGCGUUGGGGCCGCCGCCCCAGAGAUGUCCUGUGCUGUCUUCACUCCUACAGCCUCAAAGAAAAGAUAAUGGCAGCAGCAAGAGGCUCUAACAGCUUUCAGUUCGGGGGCACGGAGAUCGCGCUUUAUCAAGCCCUUUCUAGCCUCACCUUAGAUGCCAGGCGCGCCCUCUAGCCACUGACAACGACCCUGCGGGACAGGGGGAUCACCUACAGAUGGGGGUUCCCCUUCAGUCUCCAGGUGAAGCAGGGGAACACAUGGCUCCAUGUCCGCUGGCCAGAAGAUAUCCCAAGGAUCACCAGAGCCCUGCGACUGCCGAACCUCUACAUACGCAACUGGCUGCUGGAAACCCCGCUGGCACCGCAGUGCCCCGGAGAGAGGACACCUGAUGCCCAGGAUGUGGGGUGCCCCUAGAGGGGCUGAAGAAUGAGUUGAUGUGGGAAGCCUAAGUGGGCCGGGCAUCAGCCGGGCCCUAAGGUACUGGGGUACUGCCGGGGAGUGGGCCAGCACCUCGCCCUAGGGGGAAUAGGUUACCUUAGGUGGGGAGGGAAAUGGCAGCAGGACACUGGCCGCAUGGGGACUUGACCCCUCUGCACCCCCCCUCACCCCGAACUGCACCCUCGAGACUGCCUGCCCAUGGACUCCUCAUGCUGCUAGGCCUCUCUGUGACUGCCCCCCCCCCCCUCAGGUAUUCCACGGGGUUGGGAUGGGAUUUGGGAGCCAUGGACAAUACGGUUGAGAUGGAGUGAACUGCUGCCCUGCUUCAGGAGGGGGGUGUCGGGCUGGGGGGGAGAUGCGGAGACUUGUGUGGGCUGACAGGGGGGACAUACGCACGUGGUUGAUGUCGGGUAGGGUGGGAGCUGGGGCCGGAAUUGCAGUGACUGGUUCGGGCUUACUGGGAGGGUAUACGCACGGGGUUGGUAGGGGAUCAGAAUCGCCACCUGAGCCUCGAACAGAGUGGUAACAGUACCCCGAAGGAACACUGGGGGCAGGCUGACCUAUCAGCAACAUAUCCACGGGUCGUUGGCACCCGUAGAUGGACUGUGGGAUACACUAGGGCGGGGUGAAGACUGGGGAGACUAUUUAACAGAACGGAAGGUUCCCUCCAGACUCACCCCCCUAGACAGUCAAGUCUGUUAUUGUACAUAGUUAUACAGUUUUCCCCUCUUCCUAAAGCCCCCGGACCGGACGGCCUCCCCGCAUGUUACUUCAAGACUUUUGGAGAUAUCCUGUUGCCGGAGCUGCUGAACGGCCCGAACUCACUACUGGAAGAUGGUCGAUUUCCUGGAGACACUCUACUGGCCACCAUCGUGGUAAUAUCUAAAGAAGGAAAAGAUCCCACGUCGUGCUCUAGUUACCGACCUAUUUCCCUGCUUAACGCCGACCUCAAACUAUUUACUAAGAUCCUGGUGCAGCGCAUCGGCAGACUGGUCCACCCGGAUCAAACCGGAUUCAUUCCCAGGAGAGAAGCAAAAGACAACACCAUCAGGGCGCUUAACAUCAUGCAUCUCUUUCAAACCACCAAGAGGGGAGGUCUUCUCCUCUCAACAGGCGCCAAAAAGGCGUUUGACCGGACUGGCAAUACCUACAAGCCACCUUGCAGGCUAUGGGAUUCGGACCCCAGAUCCUCUGCCCCGUAGGCGCAACUACGCAUAAAUGGAGUCCUUUCCCAGACAUCCGGAAUGGGACGCGGCAUUUCUGGAGGCAGUCAGACGGGACGGGGGCAUUGAUGGGAUAGCACUCAGCGGAAGGGAACAUAAGGUAGCUGCGUAUGCCGACGAUCUGCUCUUCUUCAUACGCAACCCUACGGUCACACUGCCCAAUCUCCUAGCCGCGUUCACCAAAUACGGGACAAUCUCCAAUUUUAAACUCAAUAUUGACAAAUCAGAGGCACUGCCUCUAUCUCUCCCACAGGAGAUGGUGGAUAGGCUAACAGCGAACCUCCCCUUCAAAUGGUGCUCAAACAGUAUCAAGUAUCUAGGAAUCUGGCUGACGAGAGAACCCUCACGGCUGUAUCAGGAAAAUUUCCUCCCCAUGUUUCAAACGUUACGCAAAGACCUCCUGAGGUGGAGAUGCAUGUGUGUCACGUGGUUCGGGCACAUUAGCACAGCGAAGAUGAACCUGCUACCGUGCCUAUUGUACCUGUUCCAAACCAUCACGAUUCCACCGGCUUACUUUCGCACCUUGCGCUCCGCAAUAUCUAGGUUCAUCUUGGCGAAUGCCCCCCCCCCCCGAGAAUUAAACAAACACAAUUAGCCCUCCCGAGACACAGAGGGGGAAUGGGGGUUACCGUCCCUACGAGCAUAUUACUGAGCCUCUCACCUCCUGCAGAUCAUAGACUGGCACGUCCCCAUGACAGACAAGCAAUGGGUACUCAUGGAAAGAGUGCAAGCUGGCGGCCGAAUCCCACCUGUAACGUGGACUCAGAACCCAACACGAGACGGAAAUCUAAGGACCCACCCUUACAUCAGGGCGACGCUGGGGAUUUGGACGAGGAUCGGGUACAAACUGGGGCUCACAACAAACCUGUCCCGCCUUACCCCGGUCAUUCACAACCCAGAAAUCACAGGGGGCCUGACGUUGCGAGACAUCGAGGGCCUCGGUGGGAGUGAGGCUCAAAACCUCUGUGCAUGGCUCAUCAACAAUACAUUACGACCGAUGGAGGACAUGCUGUCCCAGCCUAGGGAGAUGGGCAUCCUCAAAUAUCGAUACCACCAGGUGCAACGUUCCUAUACAGCCCUACCGGGGAAGCAACUCCUACAAAGGGAACCCACACAGUUCGAAACUCUCUGCGCUCGCAAAAAACACCUAACCCGAGGGGUCUCGACUCUCUACACACUACUCCAAGCAGCAAAACAGGCCCCCCCAGCUCGCUUCCACUCUAAAUGGGAACAGGCCUCUGGAUCAACCCAAAAUACAAGAGCUUAAUUACAAGCUCCUGAGCGGUUGGUACAGAACUCCAACCAGACUCUACGCCAUGGGGAUCGUGCUGAACAAUACGUGCUGGCGGAAGAGGGAACUGACCUCCACAUUUGGUGGUCGUGCCCCCCGAUCGUGGCCUUCUGGUGGCAGAUCCACAACAAGCUCAUUGAAAUACUAGACCCUGACUUGCCCUUUGAACCACUCCCCAUGCUUUUCAACCACACGCGGGCUCCGCUGGCUAACUACAAGAAAACUAUAAUGAGACACCUACUCAACGCCGCCAAAAGCCUAUCUCCCCCCCCCCCUCCCCUAGGUGGAAAUCAAAAGACAUCCCAACCUUGCCACAAUGGAUGGCGAAGGUAGAAGAGAUCUUCGCGAUGGAGUCCCUGACGGCUGAGCUACGCGGAACUCAGGAACGCAACGCCCGGCUGUGGGUGCCCUGGAUCGUACACUGGGCCAGGACAGGCAGUAGAGUAAGGAUCUAUAAGGCUCUGGCUAGUGGCGGGGCGAGACCCUCCCUCCCCUCCUCCCAUACUUUUCACUCCUCUCAUUCCCCCACCCCCCACCUCGCAGAUUACCGAACGAUGGAACUAGUGGACAUUUCCUCGGACAGAUAUCCACGCAAACGGACAGUUACCUGACCACAGACAUCCACACAGACCACACCUUCACCACGCCCUUAGACACUGACUCACGUAACCCUGCUCAGACACUCACGGAAUCACAGAACGACUGGCCCCGCGACGCCAAACAACCAGACCCACAUACAUAAGCUCCACGAACAUGAGACGUGCAUACCCAUGUUUUUCUCGCCUGAGAGGUGUACAGUGAUUUAGAGGAAGGGAGAUCGCCGACGAGAGGCCCGCAAGGACUCACACGUCAAGAAGAGGGGGACGUACGUAAACCAAUGGGCAUACCCCCACCACAGCCCUUCGUACACUGACAGAGACACCAGGAAUGCAGGUCCCGUCAAACUCUCACACACUAGUAAUACACACACACCAGCUAACUGAAGACAAAGUCCCCUGCCUUAUGAAGGGCUGACUCAAGUUGGGAGACUGAGAGAUGUUAUGUCCCAGCUCCAAAAGAGGAAGAGGUCUGGGGUCCCCCUCCACCUCACACAGGGGUGAUAAGUCUCUCGCUCCGGCCACUAGCUACAACGCUUUGCUAUCACUCCCCUAUCAAAGAAGAACAAACACAAAAGGUAGAUCCCUUUUAUUUGGGUCGAUCCCUAGGCUCACCCUAGCGAGGGCCCAGACUACCAGGGGCACCCCUGUUGGAAUAGUGGGAUGCAGUGGGCACUUUUACUAUGACUGGACCAUAAACUGCUAUAUGUAUACUAUUGUAUCCCCAAUUGUUUUCUAUCUUGUUCAAACGAUAAAACGUUAAAAUAAUGUGUGUAAAAAAUAAAAAAAAAAUAAAAAAAACUUUUUUAAUUUCUUUAACUUAAUGUUUAAAUGUAGAAUGUAUUGAAAAAUACCUAUCCUGUCCACUAUAACUGAUGAUCCAUCAGUUACCACCGAUUGACAGUUUUCCUGCUCUAUUGCUUUGGAUUGUAAACAGAUCUGCAUUCAUCCGGCUAAUGAUCCGAGGCAGUUUGUCAUGUAAUUAGUGCAAAUUGACUGUUUUGACUUGGCAGUAUCCGACAUUCUCCCGAUCAAUGCAGUCUGUAUUUCCUAUGUUUACAUGCUGUUCGUUAUUUUUUCUCCUCCUUUUUUGAAGCAUUUGUCCGUUUUCCUUAAUAACACUUGUAGGCAUUAUCCUGGGCACUCAUCAUGAGAAAGGUGCAUUUACAUUUUGGUCAUAUGCCAUCGGUCUUCCCCUGCCUAGCAGCUCCAUUUUAAGUUGGAAAUUCUGCCAUGUACUGCACAAAAUUCUUCGAGAUGGGCAUCCAAAUGUAAGAGUAUUAUUCCAUUUAUCUCAAAACGACCGUGACGUGUUUAAUAUUGUGUAAUACCAAUGUGUUCUCAGAAAAUAUGGUGCAUAAAUCAAAACACUUAAGUGUGUGUGUGUGUGUGUGUAGAAUAUAAUAUAGAGAUAUAGAUAUGUUUUCACAUUUUGUAUGCUUGCAUUAUUUAUUUUUGUUUUUGCGCUUCCUACUUUUCCUUUUCUAAAACAAAAAUUAUGGGGAAAUCACCUUGGGUACAUGAGCUUUGAAUUUAAUGGAAACCCUUAUACAUAUAUUGAAGUUAGAAAUAAUUUUGUCUUUGAGCUUAUGAGGAAUCAAGAGAAAUAGUAGGUAGGUUAUGUGUUAAAUACCCUGGGUUAUGCCUUUUUCAGAAGACCUAUAAGACAUCAGAGUGAGAAUUCUAUUGUGAAUCAUAAUCUAAAAAAAACCAACAAAUGCCUACUUUUUAUUUGUAAGUUUAAAAACCGCCUUUGUUUUAGAUCAUGUUUUAUGAUUUGAUUAAAUGAUUAGUCUUAUUGGCACUCUUAUUGUCAAUCUUUUUGCUUUUGUUUUUAGGUUCUCUCAGAUUGUCAGCGAUAUCGCAAUAACAUUCGGGAAAUGGGAGAAUUAUGGGUAAGUAUUAAUGGACAGUAUUUUAUAGUUGACAUGAACUGAUGGAUGUAUGAAUGUUGCUCUGUUUUUAUUGAUUUCGGUCACGCUUACUGGGAGAACACAGGCAUGCAGUGACAGCUGUCACGCAGGUUUGAUGCCAACACUCUGGCAAUGAAGCCAACAUGUCUGCGUCCUAAUGGGGAUUGCCCUGCUUUGGAAAGUAUUACUAAGUGGAGCCAUUUGUGGCAGAGGGAGAGUAGGAGGGACUAUUGUUUGUUACAUGACUGAAACACCCACAAAUCUGCAGUGAUAUCUGAGCAAACAAGUGACCCUUUGUUUUAUUUUUUUCUUCCCCUCAACAGGGUCAUUUGCAUGAUCGAUAUGGACAACUUGUGAACAUUUAUACAAAGCUGUUGCUUAAUAAGAUAAGCUUUCAUGUAAAGGUAACGGUUUAUUUUUCAUAUUUUUGAUAUACUUUGUUGCCUUUCCAAUCUGACUCUUCCUUGAUGUAUUCAAUUUCUGUUUAAAUACAGCAUCCUGAAUUUCCACCAAACCUGGAAGUGUCCGAUGAUGUCCUUGAGAAAGCAGCUGGCACAGAUGUAAACAACAUGUAUGUUUGGGUAACCCAUUUAUAAGGACUAUUAAAUCCAUUUGUUUGAUAUUUUGUUCUUUUUCACAAUGUUUUGUUUUGUUUUUUAAUUUGCUCACCAAUUCCUGUCUUAUUCCAGAUUUCAGCUCACUGUGGAAAUGUUUGAUUAUAUGGAUUGUGAAUUGAAGGUCUCCGAAGCUGGUAAGACACUUGUGUGUUUCUGCUGUUCACCACUUAUUAACCUUUUUUAGUUUUUUGUUUGCUUCUUUUCUGCUUGCUAUUAUUGUUUGAGCAUUCCAGCAUAUGCUUGAAAACAUUAAUAAAUUAAAAUAGAAUGUGACAUACCAUGUGACAUUUAUGAAAUCGAGAUCUUAACAUGAAAGUCUUAAGGGAUAUUAUGCUCCAAAGACAAACUCUGAUGGUGGUUGUCUGACUCUUAGAAAUUAUAUAUAUUUCUUAGACUCUGGAGCCCAAUUUAGAGACACAUACAAUAACAGGCUGCAUUGAUAAAUAUGGUUUGAAAUUUAGGUUGUAUGAAUACCGCCUUUUUUUUCUUAUUUGGUCGCAGUCCAUGAAAACCAUAAAUUUUGCGAUAUCUAUCUCUCACAGGCAGAGCUCCCAGAAAUACUUGGUUACGUUGAAGUGCUAAAUAUUACUUUGUAAACUCUCACGCACCUGGCUUCUUUUAAUACCUUGUCUGGUGAUUUAAAAGGGUUACUCCAGUCAAAAACAGCGUUUUAUUAAAACAAUGUUUUAGGAUGGAGCAACCUUUACUCUCGCUGGGGCAGGAAUGUGAGUGAAGACAGGCUGAGUGGGUAGACUUGGGCAAUUCAGUGGAUAGGAGGGUCAUGGUGUUUGGACAAACGCUUAAACUUUGGAGCUGUUAACAUCAGACUGGUGACUCAUGGAAAUGGUGACUAUUGCUAAUAAAUAUAUAUACAUUUUUAUUUUUUCACAUCAUGGAGAGAAUUUGCAGGAGGUAGUAACACAGUAUAUAACCUAUGCAGAGGUAGUAAAUAUAUGUACACAGAUUAACAAUACAAAUAUGAGGGACUGCACUUUAAGUAAAUAAUGGGGAAAAAAAAGAAUAACAAUGUAAAAAUAUCCUGCAUAGUGGUUAGUUAGGAGAUCGAUAGAAAUACAUAGGACAUGUCAAUAGAUAUGCACAUUUUAAGGGUUUAUCAUGCACAAUAUCAUAUAUAUAUAUAUAUAUAUAUAUAUAUAUAUAUAUAUAUAUAUAUAUAUAUAUAUAUAUAUAUAUAUAUAUAUAUAUAUAUAUUUUUAUUUAUUUUUCAUAGAGUUGUAUGAAAGGUCAUAGUAUAAUAGGUAGAUGACCGGUCUUGCACUAGGUGUUGACUAAUAUGGUCUUGUGCAAUUGAAAAGGUAAAUUAAGGGGGGCGGGGGGGAGGAAACCUGCAAAUCACAAGAUGACAAACUUAAACCACUAGGAUUAGCUGCAUCUCAAGUAGUCGCUCUAUUUAUAUAAACUUGUUGCAGCUAAGUAAGCCUCAGCUCAGGGCCUAUGAAGUAGGCUGAGAAAUAUUUAGUGAAGGGACAGUCCCUUUAUUCCCAAGUUGGGCAUCAUUUGUAUAUACUUGCUGUGUCCAUGAACACGAUCAUCCUGACAGAGCCAGUACAGAGUUUCCCUCUCGAUGAGGCCCCAAUAUCUUAAUUUCCCAUGCCAGAGACCCACCUGUUUGUACCACUGUGGUAUGAAGCUUGUCUAGUAGGGUGUCUUCUCCCGUGUGGAGGGGCCUUCUGUCUGUGAGGACAGCUUGUUGGGUGCAAACUCAAACGGAUUCUAUUGUGCCCUAGUGAGUGCAGUAAGGUGGAGAGUUGGUUCUUGGAGACAGAUACGCCAUGCUGCUUGCGACCUCCCUUUGGUACAGAUAUUGACUGUGUCAAGUCUAUUAUUUGUUCCUAUGCUUACUGCAGGGUAUAGUUGCUCUAAAUUAUUGAAAAUAUGUAUGUAUAAAACAUUGCAAGUAAAAGGAAAAGCGUAAAUGCGCAUUUUCUGAUGUGUAUUGGGAGUGCUUCAAUAAGGCAAAAGGACCCUUCAGAGAUAAGAAAUAGACUUGCCGAUAUGUAUCUCUAGCUUCUACAAGAGCCAUACAGCAAGAUAACUAGAUAAUUGAAGGUGAAAAGAAACCUAAAGUAAUUCCCAAAAGUAAGGCAGUCAGGCAUUUUGCAUGGAGUUAAAGUUCGGAAUGUUGGUACCCACUGGUGAGCCUUCCUUGAAGUGUGCUCUUAAUAGUUCUUCGUGGCUGUACUAAUAGAUGUAGUGUGAGCAUGGAAUUAUAUGAAUACACUGCAGUAUCUUAAUAUUUGUUGCAAUGCAUAACUACAUACAGUGCAAGUCUAACGAGGAGAAAAAAAAGCUGCAAACACACAAGUUAGACACCCUGUUUUAAUGAAUCUUGUGUAACUCUCUAGUUUAAAUUAUCCAUCCAACCACAUCAUUAUCUAUUUUCCACUGAGAUUUUGUGUUUACUUAAAGGGUCUUAAUUUUAAAACUCUCAUAUGGUUUUAAGAUGUUUGUGUGUGGUUUUUUUUUGGUGUGGUUUUUUUUUCUGUCUGUGCCAAAAUUAUUUAAUUUGUAUUCCCAACGCUUUAGUGCUCCGAACUGUUGGUGUGCUGGUGUGCACCCCACCUUGUAUUGUGAUUUCAAAAUAAAACUUUUACUCACCUUUUUCCAGUGAAGGGGCAUUACAGAAGAGACAUGGCCCCCUCCCUAGUUGGUCCAAUGUUCUCAAUUGAAUUUAGGAUUUCAUAUGCAGGCUGCAAUCAUGUGACUGAGUUUUACUCUGUUUCCGCAACGGGAAGCGCAUCCAGUGGUUAUCAGUGUAACAACCACUGGAGGUGUUAAACUAAAAUGCUUUACAUUGCAGGAUUACAUCCAUGAUAACCGCUGUAGUGGUCCUUUUAUGGUAUACCGUACUCAAGUUUUUCUGGACUCACAAAAAUAAGUAGUAUUAAAAAAAAAAAAACCUGGCUUUAUAAAACACAUUGGUUAAGUUUUAAAAAGAACAUCUUAACUUUAUGGAAAUGGUUUACUUUAUACAUCUGAUAGAGAAUGUCUUAUUAGGUGAACAUUUGUGCUGGGAGAAACACUACAGGUUGCUCAACCCUUUAAUGAAAAGUUUUGCCUAGCUUGUUAAAUGUGGCAUAGGAGUGCAAGUAGAGUUGCAGUGAGGUAGUGAAUCUUAGAGUUGCAGCAAAUGUUGCUGUUAAAUAGGAACGGUCAAACCAUUUGUAACUUCUUUUAAAAUAUGUGUGAAAUUUUUAUUUUUUUUUCAAAUAAAUUGCUGCUUUUACUAGAAGAACAAUGACAACUUAUAGAUUCAAAGGUGAGGGAACAUAUAGCAGCACCCUAAUCCAACAUUCAGCUUUGAUAAUGGCAUAUGACAACAUAGUUAUGCAACAUUUAUAGAUAGAAACUGGAAAAAGUUAUAGGCCUUCAAGAUUUUGUAGGUGCCCUCUAUGAUCAUCUUAAAGGACCACUAUAGGCACCCAGACCACUUCAGCUUAAUGAAGUGGUCUGGGUGCCUGGUCCAGCUAGGUUUAACCCUUUCUUCUAUAAACAUAGCAGUUUCAGAGAAACUGCUAUGUUUAUAUUAGGGUUAACCCAGCCUCUAGUGGCUGUCUCCUUGACAGCCACUAGAUUCGCUUCUCACUGAUUUUCAGUGAGAAGACGCCAGCGUCCAUAGGAAACCAUUGUGAAUGCUUUCCUGUGAGAUUGGCUGAAUGCGCGCGGCUCUUGCCGCGCAUGCGCAUUCAGCCGAGGAGAGGAGGAGGAGAGUCCUCCGCCUGGCGCUGGGGAAAGAGGUAAGUUUAACCCCUUCCUCCCCCUAGAGCCCCGGCGGGAGGGGGACCCUGAGGGUGGGGGCACCCUCAGGGCACUAUAGUGCCAGGAAAAGAAGUUUGUUUUCCUGGCACUAUAGUGGUCCUUUAAUCCUCGACUAAGAAAUUGUAAUACCGUGUAUUAAAUGAUCUAUUUCAAAGCAGUGCACGCUUGUCCAUAAUUAUGUACUAAUCCCAUGUUGCCAAUUGUAUGCUUUGGUACAGUGCCACCUGAAUAUGUAUUUACAGAACAUAUUGUUUCUCCUUCAAAUCUCUGUAAUUCUAAUGCAGGGGUGCCCAAAAGGUAGAUCCCUUGAUGUUUUUGAAAGUACAGCUUCCAGGAUGCUUUGCCAUUCUAAAAGCAUUCAAAGCAUCAUGGGAGUUGUAGUUCUGCAACAUCUGGGUAUCUACAUUUUAGGCACCCCUGUUCUAACGAAUCCUGCACUGGGUAACUGACGGUGUAUGUGUGGUUUACAUUUUGUCAAGUAACAGUGAUUCUGUUUGACAGUUGUUAGGCAGCUCAACAGCGCUAUUGCAGUGUCUCAGAUGUCUGCAGGACAAUGUAAGCUGGCGCCCCUCAUUCAGGUGAUCCAGGACUGCAGCCAUCUCUAUCAUUACACCGUCCAGCUGAUGUUCAAACUCCAUUCGUGUAAGUCGUCAUGAAGUCAUUCUCAGAUAGACUUUCCACAUUACUGUUUUUACAUUUAUACAUUAAAUUCUGCAAGUUCGUAAUAUAUUUUGCCAGAUGUAGAGAUAUAUUUCCCCCUCACAGUUUGGCUUUAUUUCUUGUAAUUAGAACAUUAAGAAUUAUAACCGGACGUUGUGGCAAGUUAUAUCAGCCAGGUAGCAGAGUAAAUUUAACAAAAUACGUGUGAUAUUGAUGUUCGGUUUUGAUAAGCGUGUCCUGUGACACAUUUCUCUAUCCAGAUAUGAUCCACCAUUCUGUGAAUGUACUUGACUUUUCUGGUUGAGAAGGAAUGUGUGUUUAUUUGGUAGUGGUUUAAAACUAUGAUUUGAAAAACUACAAUAAUCCUAAUAAUACUCUGUGGUUUGGCUGAUAUCCCUUGCAAGUAAUCAUACUAGUUUAAAAGAAACACUCAAUACACAUAAAUCGGAUUGCAGUUGUCUCUUUAUAACUGGGGUCAAAAACCUCUCCCUGGCUGUCACUCAGACAUUCAGGGAGAUUUUCUUGCACUUUAGUUUGCCCAAUAGCUCUAGCCCAGCAUGCCUGCCUUCCCCCGUUCUCAUUGAACUUUACUACAGCUUACUGAGAAGCAUUGGGAAGCCGCCAAUGCAUGCACACAUUGCUGCUCCAGCACAGAGGUUUCUCAGCGACUGAAAUUCUUUGCCUUGGAAGGGGGAGGGAGGGGGUUUGCAAAGGCUGCAGACAGCCCCAAAGAAAACAUGCAGUCAGAAAUACAUGCAAGUUUUAUUUGGGGUUUAUCUACUAAAUAGUCAAACAUAAAUGUAGUGUACCUUUGAUUUGUCUUGGAAGGUUUUGAUAAAGAUAGUCAUAGUUGCCAUGCAAUUGCUAUUUACAUAUGACCUGAGAAAAAAGGGUAAAAAAAUAUAUUGCGCUUUGUAAUAUUUGGACCAUGCAAGCCAACAGUGCUGACCCAGAAUGAAAUACAUUUAUUACCUGCUAACAUUGCCAUUAAAAAAGGAAUUAGAGAUGUGAGCAAAUUGAGCAUUUUCUUUAAUCGUAGUGGGAAGCCUACUUGAGCAUUAUUUAACUUCUAAAUCCUAAAAUUGUGUGCAUACUCUCCCUAACACUAGGCCUGCCUGCUGACACUCUCCAGGGGCACAGAGACCGAUUCCACGAGCAGUUUCACAGGUGAGUAUUUCUAUUAUGGAAGCAUAUACAUUUACUGUGGUUCCUGUGUGGAGAAAGAUAUGUUAACAGAGUUAUUACUGUAGCUGCUGGGUGUUAACACUGAUCACUCCAGAUUCUUCUUCCCAUUUACAUUUUGGUCAGAAUGAGUGAAUUUUGUUAAGAAUUUUUGUGCUAAACAAGAAAACCAACUCUCUGAUAUGUCGUGUUUGUCGACCUUGGAAUAAAUAUUGACUCUGACCUUGUGCAUAUUUAAUAUAAGAUGGUAUGUUGAAAUUAAUUCUUCCCCAUCUUCUAAUAUGAUCUCAUGCAGAGGCACACAUAAUGAGACCUGCAUUAAUCUGCAAGAGAUCUGAUCUGGAUUUUCUGUGUGUAUAUACUAUUAGAUCAUCAGGAGUAUCUCUGUACUCCUCAAGCAUACACUGAUCUUUGUUGGAAGCCAGGCCUUUGGGCUAGAUCAGAGCUGCUAGGCAAGACACUGUUGCGUGUGUGACGACAUUGUGGCUGCCUCUUGAGGUUAAUCUUUGAAGUGAAUAUCUGGCAAAACACAGGUUUUUCUUUUCUAGUAUCUGUAAAACUACACUGACUACCAAAUGCAUUUUAGCAGUUUGUAGUAAUUCUUCCAACAUUAUUUUUAUAUACAAUUAAUAAUAGUACGUUUAGAAUUUGAAAAGACAUACUUGUGUGCAUGAUUCUAAUUCAUUGACUAUACUCCACCAAACUGACCUUGAUUGCUGAUGCGAAGUUUAAUUAUCCGUUUCAAAAAGUGGUGCUCGUAUUUUUGUUCCUCCACCUGCAUUGUUGGUACUGCUUUUCAGGUGGCCUUAAUGACGGACAAUAACGUAUCUUCAGCUGCAAUUUACUAGACUGUCCUAUGCCUGUUAAGGUUUUAAAGUGUACAUGAAGGAUUCAUACCAUCUACUAAGAAAAUAAGCAAAAAUAUUUUUAUGUAGGAAAUUCAAUAUGCGUACAGGUUAAGAUUAAGUCGGCAUCUAAUGGGAUAUGUUUUUCAACCAGUUUAAGGCAAUGGUUGGAAAAGAACAAAAUAAAUGUUCUUGAUAAAGGGAUUCCAUUUAACUUUUGUGACCUGAAUAGUGCAGUUUGAUAUAGUAUUUUUAGUUAUGUGAAGUUAAUCCUUGCCUGUUAUGACUCUUUGAAUUCUAUUUCCAAAUGCCCAAUUGUCAGUCUACGUUCCCUAGUAUCCCGGCAUGGCUUUAAGCAUGUUUUAUAAUCUAUUUUUAUUUGCCCCUUACAGUCUUAAAACCUUCUUCAAACGAGCUUCUGACAUGCUGUACUUCAAGCGACUUAUUCAGAUACCCCGUCUUCCUGAUGUGAGUCUGUGGUUUACCUUUUGCUUUAAAUUUCUACAGCACCCUGCAUCCUCCCUUACUAAUUUUUGUUUCAGACUAAUUUUGACUGCAUGCAUUUGUGUUUUUUGGGGUAGGAUAGUUUUGACCCUUUAGUUUUCAUCAUACAUUUGUUAUAUUAAACACUUGUAUCAAAUAAAACAGAGUUAUAGACAUAGAUGAAAACAUGAAUAAACCGCAUUUAUUUUUAUAUUUUUCAAAAUCAAAAUGCUACUCCGAGUUAGUGGCGUGCUGCACAGUGUACCUCUUACAUAUUAAUUGCACACCUCAUUGCUUUUUGCAGAGUCCUCCUAACUUUUUGAGAGCCUCAGCGCUAGCCGAACAUGUUAAGCCUGUGGUCGUCAUAGCCAACGAGACUGCAGAGGAAGAGGAACAACCAGAGUCUCUCGUAGAGAUUACCGCUGCACCUCAGCCUGUGGAACAGCCGGUGAAUGCAAUCUUUAUAUAUAUCUUUUGUGUGUGUGUGUGUGUGUGUGUGUUUUUUGUUUUUUUUGUGUUCUAACAUGCAUAAUAGUUUUCCACGUUUUAUCUAGUUCUAAGGUACACAAUAUUGUUUGUUUUAUUAUAAGUAAGAGAUGUACUAAAAUGUUUCAUCUAUCAUUUUGGGGCAUGGUAGUUUGUGCCUUUUUAAAAAAAAAAAAAAUUGUUUACACUAGGAUCUAUUAUAAUCUGUAUUUGCCUGCACAUAAUUUUAAAAUGUAUAUUUUUCUUUUACUUUAUCUGUUAUUGUUUGAACAGCUUUCUUUAUUACAUGAGAUUUCAAAAACCAUUGAUUUUCAUUGUUUUCAUUUUCAAGGUCGUGGAAGAUCUGUUUCAACAAAACUUUUCUUCUCCAAACGGGCUUGUGAAAGAUGACAGGUGACCUUUUCCUGUUUUCUGCAUGUCGAAUAUGUAUACAUUACUUUGUUUUGUUUAAUUUGUAUUAAUUUUAUUUGUGCAUUAAAAAUCCACAUUUCUGUGUCCACAUUUCUGUGUUUGUCUUUAGGGAUCUUCAAAUUGAAAAUUUAAAGCAAGAAAUUGAAAUGCUGCGAGCAGAGUUGGAAAAAAUCAAACUGGAGGUGAGGUUUUCAGAUCAGGAGUAGGUGAGGCAAUAGCAAUAUUAAAGGAACACUAAAGGGUCAGGAACACAAAUGUGUAUUCCUGACCCUAUGGUGUUAAAACAACCAUUGAGGUGGUUUGCCCUUAAAAGUUAAUAAAACGUACCUUAUUUCCAGCACUGCGCGGGUCCACAGUGAAAGCAUUGGGUUGUCUGAAAUCGGCAAGGAGGAGAGACGGGGCCAAAUGCCAGCUUGGCCAAUCAACACCUCCUCAUAGAGAUGCAUUGAAUCACUGCAUCUCCAUGAGAAAAGUACAGCGUCUCCAUGCACAGCGUGUGGACGCUGAAUGGCAGUGCUGCGCACUCCCCCAGGAAGCCCCUCCAGUAGCCAUCUGAGAAGUAGCAAUUGAAGGUGUACCUAGGGGGCAAAAGACAGUGAAAAGACAGUGUUUGCAUGAAAAUGCCUGCAGGGAAUAAUUAUACUCACCAGAACUACUACAUUAAGUUGUAGUUGUUCUGGUGACUAUAGUGUUCUUUUACGUAUAACUUUCUCUGCUUUUUAUUUAUUUAUUUUUGCCACAAGUGAGUCUAAAACAGUUGUCCAGCUGUUUUACAUCCAGCUUGCAUGGGAUUUUUCGUGCAGAGUGACGUAACAAUGUAACAUUAAAGGGACACUAUAGUCACCAAAACAACUUUAGCUUAUUGAAGCAGUUUUGGUGUAUAAAUAAUUUCCCUGCAGUGUGACAGCUCAGUUCUCUGCCAUUUAGGAGUUAAAUCACUUAGUUUAUGCACCUUAGUCGCACAUCUCUACAUGUGACUUGCACAGCCUUCCUAAACACAUCCUGUAAAUAGUUAUAUAGGCUAAUGUUUAUACUUCCUUCUUUGCAAAUUCUAUUUAAUUUAAAAUGUAUUAUCCCCUGCACUGUUGAUAGCUUGCUAGACCCCACAGAAGCCUCCUGCAGAUGAUUAAAGUUCACUUUAGAGAGCAGGCAAUAAGAACUUUUAAAGUAAGUUACAUCUAAAUGAAAGUGAACCCAUUUUUGUUCAUGCAUGGUGUGAGAGUCACAGCCAGGGCAGGUGUGGCUUGGGCUGCAUGGACAAAAAAAAAGGAUUUAAGUCUUAAAUUGCAGAGAAUUGAGCAGUGAGACUUCAGAAUCAUGAUUUAUACUUCAUUUAGCUAAAGUUGUUUUGGGGACUAUAAUGUCCCUUUAAAGAUGAACUAAAGAUGAACUUGCUGCAAUGUGUGUAGGUUAGGUUACAUACAGUUAAUUAUAUUGGGUGUUCUGUUUGUUUUGUUUUGGUUUUUCUUUUGUUACUUUUAAUUCUGUUGCUCCAUAAGUCCACUCUUUCCCAUUUGCUCGAAAAGUGCAUCAGCACAUGUCAUGAUUUUGGGUCCCUGGUUGUCGUUUAGAGAUUUGCUUUCUUCGGCACAAUGCGACAAAUUGAACUACGUCUGCCAGAAUCUUGAAUAGUUUUUUACUCAAUCAUUUUAUUAUUUUAAUAUGAAGCAGAAAAGCGUGAUGGGUUCCAGAAAAAAAGGAAACUUUGUGCUCCUUAUUUUGGAGGGCAUAAACCCAGUGUUAAAUACAUAAACUAAUGCCAACCAAAAAAAAGACUGUGCCAUAUACAGCGAUGCUGAAAAGUGGGAUUCAAGACAAAUUUGAACUUCUCUGUCAAAUUCUCGUAUCAGAGAACCUAUUUUUAUGCAACAUUUGUAUAAUGCACUAAAAAGUGGGUCAAAUAUAGCCUGGAUUGUCACUUCUUAUGUCUUCUAUGUAAACUGUGUAGCUAAAAUAAAAAUUAAAAGGGAAUCUGUAAUUUGUGUAAAAAAAAAAAAAAAAAAUGUAAUUCCUUUGGGCCCUUAAAGUGCAUUACCAUGCUUUUCAAAAAGAAUAGUAAAAUUCUUCAAAUUUUUUUUUAUGUCCUUUUCCUUCCCCCAUUGUUCAGUUUCUAGUGUUGGUUGUUUUGAAUAUAUGGACUAUUUUGCCACAUGGCUCCUUUUUUCUGAAAAGUGCAGGCUGAAUAUCUAUUCGCUUACAGGUUUAAGUCUGCCUACUUUUCACAGUUCCAGUGUUAUUUCCGUUGACUAGCAAUUUUCAUCAGAUUUAGUUGACUCAAACAAUUCAGAUAAAAUACGACUAAAACGGCUUUAAAAGUCAAGACUUACUAAAACUAGAUUAAAAUUUACUGUCAAAAUUAACAGUGCACAAUUCAUUGUGUAAUUUAGGGGUUUGCUGAAGUCUUUUAUCAAUCAAGUAACAUAACAGGUGUAGCCAGUAAACAGUCUAAUAGUGAAACCAGGAAAUAAAUCCAUGAAGCUAGGAGCUGUACAGAAUGAACAAUGGCAAAGGAAACUUUGAGAGUUUGGGAUAAACAGAAGUUAUUCUACAUCAUGUGAAAAUGUUGUCAUGUUAAAAGCACCACUCUGCUUUCAAACACUUUAAGUGAGAUGCCGGUCCUUUUGUACUGAAUGAGAGUUGGUAUUUGUAUGGUGCCCUGAGCAGGAUACAAUUAUGCUGCAUAUGGAUUAUUUUUACUCUAGUAUAUAGAAUUUGUCAUAGAAUGCUCUUUGCUUUCUUGCUGAAUUGGGCACCAUGUGCUAGCAGGCUGACUUAGUAUUCAGCCAGAAUCCAGUGCUGAAACCAGCUUUAAAAACAAGUCUAAUAUAGUGCACAAUAGGUAAAUGUUACUAAUGUAAUUGUGUGCAUGUCUUAUUUCACUUGACAGUCACAGGAUUAAAUAUGACUAAAAAAUAAACUUACAAAAAAAUGUUAAAAGCUGUUCUGAAUUUUGACAUGUGGCUUUUGAUCUCAGCCCCCCUCUGCACAGAAUAAGUUAAUGCCAUGCAUACUACAACCCCAUUGGACAUAUUCUUGGUGCAUCUUAUAGUUUAUUCUACAGAGUAAGGAGUGUGUUUAUUUAAAAAAAAAAAAAAAAAAAUUAUUGCACCUGUGAUUUGUAUUCAUAUUUUUUUCCACUUUGCAUGUUUGUGGAUUUGUCACAGAGAGCAUGUCCCAAACUAUACCGUCCCAUAUGUAAUCCCUUACAUUCUACCCUCUACAUUCUGUUUUGUUUUUAACCUUGAUUUGCAGCAUGUUUAUUGAACAUAAAUUGAUAUUUCUUACAGUUUUUUCUGUUUUCUAUCACAGGCUCAAAAGUACAUUUUGCAGCUGAAAGGUCAGAUUAACACUUUAGAAGCAGAACUGGAGGAGCAGCGCAAGCAGAAACAGAAAGCCCUGGUUGAUAAUGAGCAAUUGCGGGAUGAACUGGAGAAACUGCGAAAACAAAAGCAAGAAACAGACAAGACCCAGGGGAUCUUGGUAGAAGCAGAAAGUAUGUGUAUGGGACUGUUACAGUCCAAAUAAAAUUGUAGGCCUUUAGUUCAUGAGCAGGAUCCAUUGCUAGAGCCCUGUUUACAUAAACGUUAUUGUGCCUGUUUUUUACCAGGACACUCUACAGUUCUAAAAAGUUGCUUUUACACACAGAACAAUUUGAUUAGUCUGUAUGGAUUUCAUAAGGGCUGCAUAACAGGAAGAAAUUAACUACCGAUAUUGAAAAUGUCAUCUGUACAAAAGGUGGUUAAAACAGGAGUAACUGAUGGAAAAUAUUCCAUCAUGAUUCCCUUUUAUUUCAGAAGCUGUGUCCUUAAGGGUAGAGUUGAGCGAACCCAGACUGUAAAGUUCGGGCUUGUACCGAACAUUAAGUUUUUUGGACCCCGGACCCGAACACGGACAUAUCACUGUAUGUUCGGGUUGGAGUUAGGUGUUCAGCGAUUUAAUGGCGCGUUUUGAAAGGCUGCAGGGCAGCCAAUCAACAAGCGUUUGACUCGUGUGCCCUUAGAAGCCAUCAAAGCCAUGCCUACUAAUGGUAUGGCUGUGAUUGGCCAGUGCAGCAUGUGACCCAGCCUCUAUAUAUAAGCUGGAGUUGCGUAGCGCCGCUCGCACAUGAGCUCUUAUUAGUGUAGGGAGAGGAUGCUGCAUCUGUGAGGGACAGCUUAGGAAAGAAUUCUGCAAACUAGUACAUUAGUGGGGUGCACUUCAUAUCUGAGAGUCAAAUAGAAGCGUCAAAUAGUGCGCUUACAGCGCAGUUGAAAACAUUCUAAUUGUUUUGGUGCUAAACUGCCAAAUAGUACAUUUGCGGCCUGCACUUCAUAUCCGAAAGUCAAAUAGAAGCGUCUUAUAGUGCGCUUACAGCGCAGUUGUAAACAUUCUUAUUUUCUGGGUGCUAAACUGCUAAAUAGUACAUUUGCGGCCUGCACUUCAUAUCUGAGAUUUAAAUAGAAGCGUCAAAUAGUACGAUUUCAGCGCAGUUGUAAACAUUCUAAUUGUUUUGGUGCUAAACUGCUAAAUAGUACAUUUUGGGCGUGCUCUUCAUAUCUGAGAGUCAAGUAGAAGCGUCAAAUAGUGCGCUUACAGCGCAGUUGUAAACAUUCUUAUUUUCUGGGUGCUAAACUGCUAAAUAGUAUAUUUGCGGCCUGCGGUGCAUUUCUUGCAGUCCAAUAAACUAAAAACAAUUAAAUUGUUGACUAUUGGCGGUUACAUUGUCGCCUGACAUAAACCAUCUGUUAGUUUGGUCAGUGAACUCAAAGAAUGAGGACAGUGUCAAAUAAGGGACGUGGCCCUGGUCGUGGUGCUGCUGGUGUUGGUGGAGCUCCUGUUGCAAGGAGAGCACGUGGUCGAUCUGUGCCAGCUACACGCUCAGGUGCGAGUAGGUGACAGAACCUUCAGCGUUAUUUGGUAGGCCCGAAUGCCACUCUACGAAUGGUGAGGCCAGAACAAGUACAGGCGAUAGAUUGGAUGGCUGACAGUGCCUCCAGUUCCUGCACAUUGUCUCCCACCCGGCCCCCUGCUGAAAGCUCAGAGUUGGCACCUGCAGCCCAUGGCCAUCUGUCUUUCACCUCACCCCCUUGCAAAUCAGCAAAGGAGUCUGAGCCACAAGUCUCUUAUGCUUUUUGAUGAUGCAUCAACCUAUGGGUCACUUAGUAUAAACUAUGUACACAAUAGCAGAGGCUUGUGAAGGCAUUUUCUCCAUGCAUCAGGAGUUGAGCUCAGUUUAAACAAUGAAAGAGAAUACCCUGCACUCCAACCCUCUCUCAAAUGGACAAUUCUGGUGAUCCUCCUGACAGCCAUGCUUUAGAUUUUGAUUUAUGUUCUUCCAAAGCUAAAAUCAAAGAUUCAAUCUAGUGCUAUUUUAUGGCUCAGCUCUAUUUUAAAUUUUUAUUUUAAGUGAUUUCCCUAUCCAUAUUUGUUUGCAGGGCACUUGUCCUACUCUUACCCCCAUUUUACUUCCUUUUGUAGCCCUCUAGCCCUUUCCAGGACUUUUUUUAGAGGCAUUUUUGUGCCAAAAAGUUCAGGUCCCCAUUGACUUCAAUGGGGUUUGGGUUCGAAGUCAAGUUCGAGCACGAACCCGGACUUUUUUUCAAAGUUCGGCCGAACCCGCCGGACCUGAAUAUCCAGGUGUCCGCUCAACUCUACUUAAGGGGUUAAUUUUCACUGUGAGCACUCUUUAAAUGUAUUAUUUCACACUGAUUCUUGUUAAUAUCUCCCUGGCCCGUUAAGUUGCACAUAGUGGUGGCCAUAUGUUUAACAAGCAAACAAAAACUAUAAUCAUCCACAUGAAAAUAAAUGAUAGAUGAUAAAACACACUUAUCUUAAUAGACAGUUGUUACAGCUUCCUCCAGGGACAUCCCAGUAGUUAUCCCUUUAAAUAUCAGAUAUCUUGUGAGUUAUACCUAUUUUGCGCAUUUAUUCAUAAAUAUACAGUAUUAUACUAUAUUUGAUUUUUGUAUUGUAGAUCCACAGCUGUAUCCUCAAUAUUGUUUGUACCUACAUAGUGGUGGCCAUCUGAGCUACAUUACAAAGCUGCAUUAUCAAUUCUUUCAUUUUGCUUCCUUGUCUUAUGAUUGUUGUCCAUGGGUGCAUUUAGAAGAAAGAAAAAAAAAAAAUCUGAUAACAAACCUGUUGCCACAACCUCAGGUUAUGUUGACUUUUUUUUUUUAACUCCUUAUUGAUAGAAAAAGCACAGGCAACAGAAUUGCGCUACAAUAAGCUGAAGGAAAAGCACAAUGAACUGAUAAAUGUCCAUGCUGGACUUCUCAGAAAGGUAAGCAUUGUUGUCUUUCCACAAAUGUUCCAGGGGUCAUCAUUUAUGCCAUUGCAGUCAACAUAACAUAAUCAUGAUAAUUUUCUACUUUAUUUUAUUUAUUGAUUUUUAAAUACCUAAUGUAAAUCUGUUACUAAAAUAUUUAUAUGUAAAGCCGUUGUUCAUAGCACUGCUCGCAGCCAUAUGAACAUUUCACAUUUUGUCCUUUUUCCCCAUAUGAACAGAUUUGGUAAAUGUCUAAAUCCUCUAUUGGUAUAUCUGAGGCUUGUGCGUGGUACAACUGCUAUACAGAAACAAAUAUGACCUUUAUGUGUCAUUGGGUUUUAAAUCACUUUCAAUAGUUCUUCACGUGUUUUUUGUACAUUCAGCUUGCUUAAAAAUCUAUUGUUACAAGCAGUUACAUCAAACUAGUUCCAAGUUGGGCUUGGUCUCAUGCAUGACUGGACAUAUGUUUAGAGCUCAGGGGAUGGGUGCCACAAAUGGGAGACAGUGAAGCUAGUAACUAGCCAGAGUUUCUACAAGCUUGUUUCAAAUUGUUUAACAAAAAAAAAAUCUAUAAAGCUGACAAGAUUAGGCCUUAUUAUCCUGAAAAUAUCUUGAUACAGCAUUGACAAAUCUUUGUCAAUUUGCAAAGACCAAUCCCUUUGAACAACACAAAAAAAAAAAGUCUGCCACCACCAAGGCAAUUUAUAAACUGGGCACCUUAGGUUACUCCACCAAAUUAGAUUUAAAGGAAAACCCACAAAAACAAUUGGCAAAAGAUCGAUGAAAUCACAGUACUAUUCUAAAAGUCUCUUCAGCAACGUAAUUCUUACACCAGACAAAAUGGAAACUUAAUUGCGGAACAUUUAUUAUGAGCAAAAAGAGUAACCGUACAUACAAAUCCAAAAUAUAUUGAAAACAGAUUAAAUUGAAAAGGAGAAAAAGAACAUCCCAAUACUCACAUUAUUAGCAAAGUACCAGUAUUUGUGUCCCAAGAGAGGUUUUGGUAAGAAAAGUGGAAAUCCACUACAAAUUUGGUUUGGCUCUCAAAAUUGAUUGCAAAGUUCUUUGGAGUUAACCAGGGAUUUCUUAGAUUUUUGGCUUAUCUCAGGUUCUUGGCUAGCCCUUGUGGGAAGGACCAAAGGCCCUAGGAAUUCCAGAUUUGAGGGACAAUUAAUAUAUUCCAAACCCUGGCUUACAUGCACAGUGCAAUAAUACAUUUAUGUGCAAGUGUUUCUGAUCUUGUUGUGAUCAGGUCAGAUUAACUCAAUAAAUCCAGACCAAACAUGAUGUAUAUUUUAACUUAAUGCCCCAAAAACAAAAUUGCAUCUAAAGUCACUUCUUAACUUAAAAUAUACAUUGCCGGGGAGCGGGGCCAAGCAAGCAAGCUGAGCAGUUACAUGAAAGCAGAGCUCCCGUUUUGCUUGCCGAUUUCCUACAAAUACUCACCAAACUCGAGAUGCACAAUAAACCGGGGUACACUACCUGAAUUAAGGGGGACCUGGUGACAUGCCUGAUACCUUACCAGAGUGAUUUGGAGAUCUGGAGCCCAAGGUGGCUAGAUGUGGCCUGCGGGCGACUGACAUGGGGAGAGACGGCCUCUCUCCCCGUCAAUACAUCAGAGAUGCAGAUCCACUGACUCCCUGCUCCCCCCACCGGUGGGGGUUAUCCCGGUCCAACCCUGAGAAGAUGCACAGAUGGAGCCCUGCGAGCAGCGAGAUGAAGCGCAGCCCUGCAAAAUGGCCGCCGCCACAUGUGCUUGAAAUGCAGAACUACCUGACUAUAUGACCAAGCUGGAUGACCUUCUCGCUAAGUUCUGGAAGAAAAUAGCAUCUAGGGAGCAGCAAGCUGAGGUACACAAACCGGCUAAACGUUUACCCACGGUGCUGCCGGCAUGCUCCUAAAGCAGACGCACACUCCCUCCUGCAGAGCGAGCCCGAAAAUGGCGCCAAAAAAUAUGAGGCUCCCCGCGGGCCCGCAAACCCAUGCGACUGACCUUGCCAGACGGUGCUCUGCCGAGACAAACACCCUGUAAAAUCCAGCCCACAAACAACCAACAUCCAGCUCAGCGAUGGGACCCGGCAUUGCCGAGGGGAUCCGGGUGGUACUCUUCGAGCCUCUUCCACCUACUUCACACGGAUGCAAGCCCCCACUCGGACAUAUCGCUGGGCACACUCCUAGAACUAUCACGGGACUCUGUAACACCCCAACAGGGCGUCGGCUGAUCUCGGUGAAGAGCCGAAGAACCUUCCGUUUCUGGCUGAAAUGGAGACUCAUGAUACCCUCAGACACUGUAAGUCGUGGGGACGGCAAUGUUUUAUUUAGUAAUGUUUUAAUAAAAAAUGUUCUGGGGGAAUUUUGCUUACACGGCGAGGGUAUCUUCUUGGGAUCCCUCCUGUGACCCCGCUAUGUGCAAUUAGAAAGCACCAUAAGCUUGCUCAAUCAUCCUAAGCCUAGUAUGCUAUUAACUCUCGCUACCUUGUUUAGGCUGACCUUAUGUGUUUCUACCAUACAAGUAAUAUGAUCUAUAACUGCUGAAGUCAUAUUAAAUCUUGUCAGCUCUAACUACCCUGCUUCUAUACCCAGCGGUACAUUUAAGCAUCUAAGCCGUACAGCAUGAUGCCCAAAGUCUCUAACAUGGUCUCUAGGUCUUCUCUGACCAUCUCUCAUGUUUAUUUUAUGUUAUUAAGCACCUGUAUAGUUUUAAUGGCAAAGUUUAAGCUCUUUUUUUUAUUCAUUAACAUGCCUUCCAUAAAUGCCGAUUUACUCAACCUAUUAUUACUGACCAUAUGUAUACAUCCUGUUUAACAACAACAAAAAGUACACACACACACCCCACCACCACCAGAUUGCAGCUUCAACUAAUUACCACUAAGCAUGUGUGCAGAUUUUGACGCUUUCUGACAUCAAUGCUAACCCCUGUCAGCUUUUCACAGACUGCAAACAUCUUUGUUCUCUUUCAAGUUGUCCAUCUUGGUUUCAUGUACAACCUAUAAGCCAACUAAAAGUUAUGGGUUGUGAUUUAUUUUUAAUGAAAAUUAGUCUUAUUUAUGUAUUUUUCAUUGUAUACCAGGCUGUCCUGGCACAGCCAUGCCAUACAAUGUACAUUAUUGUACGUUAAACCUCCUGGAACAGUGCAAAGGGAUCUCGUGGGACCAUUCCUCUACAACCUUUUGUUUUUCCUUAUUUCCAUGCAAUUUCUAUGGGUGUGUUUAUAAUUUACAUGACAAGGGCAAUUCCUUCUUUGUUAUACAGCUGAAUUUCGUUGAAAUCCUUGCUGUCCCUCUAAACUACUAAACCCUUAAACAUGUCAUUUUUUUAAAUCUAUUGUUAUGAAAUGUAUUUCUUGGGUUUUUUUUGGGGUUUAUUGUUUUUAGUUGACCACUAACUUAGAUUUUAUUUCUAAGUAACUGAAAACUACUGUUCAAAUUCAGCUAUACUAAUUAGCCUUCCAACUAUCUACUUAACUUAAAAUCACUAUAAUUAUCUACCUCACUUGAAGAUGAAAAUGGAAGGGUGUGUUUAUUUUAUGUGAAUUGACAGAUCUGAUAUAAAAUGAAAAACAGUCAUGUAUAAGCCAACAAUAUGGACAAUUACACUGAUCAGCCAUAGCACUAAAACCACCUGCCUAAUAUUAUGUGCUGCCAAAACGUCUCAGAUGCAUUAAAGCAUGGACUCCACAAGACUUCUGAACGUGUCUUGAACUCUUUGUCAUGUACCUCAAAGCAUUCCUGAACAAUCUUUGCAGUGAACACCCUUGCCAUGACUGCUGGGUGUACAUGGUCUCCAACAAUAUCUAGGUAGGUGGUACGUGUCAAAGUAACAUCCACGUGAAUGUCAUGACCCAAAGUUUCCAAGCAGAAGAUUGCCUAUUCUACAUAACACUGCCUUCUUCACAUAGUGCAUUCUGCUGCCAUCUCUUCCCCAGAUAAGCAACACAUAUGCACCCAGCUAUCCACCUGAUCUAAUAGAAACCAGGUCACCUUCUUCCAUUGCUUCAUGGUCCAGUUCUGAUGCUCACGUCCCCAUUAAAGGUGCAAACUGCGAUGCACUGUGUGUUCUGACACCUUUCUAUCAUGGCCAGCAUUAAUAUUUCAUCAGUUUGUGCUACAGUAGCUCUUCUGUGUGAUCGGACCUGAUGGGCUAGCCUUCGUUCCUCAUGUGCAUCCAUGUCCCUGAUGGCAGUUGUCCUUCCUUGUACCUCUUUUGAUAGACUAACUGCUGCACACCAGAAACACCCCAAAAGACUUGCAGUUUUGUAGAAGUUCUGCCCCAGUCGUCUAGCCAUCACUAUUUGCUCUUGUCAAAGUCGCUUGCACAUUUUUCCUGCUAACAGCUUAUGAAAUUCAAGAACUGACUGUUCACAAGCUACCAACCUACCUUUUGGGAGGUGCCAUUGUAAAGACAUAAUCAAUGUUAUUCACUUCACCUUUCAGUUGUGUUAAUCCGUGUAUGAAGUAUCAUUGUAUUAUAUAUUCAGUGACUAUGUUAUAAUGUACAGAGACUAAAACAUACACUGAAAUAAGAAUUAAGAUCAAGUAUGUGCUAUGUUCAUAACCUUUUAAACUAAAUUAUCUUUUCUGACAAGCAAUAAGUUUAAACAAUUUAGUAAAUUUUCUAUAGUUUACUGAAAUUUCACCAGACUUUUUGUAUUUCUGCCCAUUUGUUUUACGGUGAGCAACAAUAGAUUUGAAGAUCUGACGUGUUUUCUUUUAAACCCAUAAUUGAGAUCUUUUCCUUUUCUGCCCAGAAUGCAGACACUGCAAAGCAGCUCACUGUAUCACAGCAAAAUCAAGAAGAGGUGGCUCGUAUCAAGGAACAGCUGGAGUUUCAGAUGGAUCAGGUGAAGCGAGAGUCGGAAAUAAAGGCAAGUUUGAAACCGUUCUGUAUAGUUAAUGAAGUUCAUGGUGUUCGAUUUUGUGUUUCUUUAAAUAUAAUCCUAUAGUCAGACAUUCACCUGAAUUGAAUAAAAUCCGUAUAUAAAAGGAGGUGCUGUAUUGUACGAUGAAGGUUUGGGGUAAGAGAAUUUUGCUGGAUGAGAAAUUACUUGUGGAUAGGUUUAAAGGAAAACUAUAGUGUUAUGAAUACAAACCUGUGUUCCUAACACCGUGGUGUCCCCGUCCCUUGUUUAAAUCACCCCACCCACCACAUUCACCAUGAAAAUAUAUAUUUUUCAAAUUUUAACUUGCCUUUUUCCAGUGCCAAGACGCCCCUGAUGCUGCUUACCUACCCCCAUCCUGCUGGAAGUAGAGAUCUCACACAGCAUCAUCAAAAACUGAGAUUUAAUAAUAAAAAAACUAAAAAAAUGAAACCAUUGUGUACUUUUUAGUACAUUUAGUUCAUUCUGACUAUUGACUGUCUUGCUUGAUGUGAUAGCUGAUUGAUUGUUGUGCUUGUUUAUUUCUUCUGUACAUAUGCAUUUGUUUUAUAAAUAAAAUUGAUAAUCACCGUGCAAGCCUGCUUGCAUUACAUCUUACAAAUAUAAGGCGCAAGCUGAUGCUUUACUUUCCAAUCACCUGUGAUUUUGUCAUCCUCAAUUUAAAAUAACCUUUGCUGCUUGAAUUAAAACCUUAUUUUAAAGAAUAGUAGCAGAGUGAAAUAAUCUGAAAUAAAUACCAGAACUGGAUUUGUCUCUUUACUGGAUUGAUUACGAAAUAUACUUAAAGGGUUAAUCAUUUUUCUUUAACAUUUUUGUAAUAUGUACAUUUUAAGAACAAAAAAUGUAAGCAAUUGUGUAUUUUGCAUUGUAUUCCUGCAAUCUAACGUUUUUGCUUUCAUGAACAAAUGACCAUAUGUUGAACUGAUUUUUCUUCUUUGUACAUGUAGUUGGAAGAACAAACCUUUCAGAUGGAGCAAGUGAAAACUGAAAUGGAGUCUAAGAAGAGAGAGUUAGAAAUGAUCCAGCAGUCUCUGAAUAAUUCAAUGCAGGUUUGUUUUCGGAAGAUUCCCGAACUGAUAAGUUUUAAUCUAUUAACUGGACAGCGUAACUUUUCAGUUUAUUGGUGCUCCUUUCAUUGCAUGAAAUACGAUGUUUAGAAUAUCGCUGGAUUAUGUAAAAUAUAUUGUUUGGGGUUUUUGUUUGUAUUUACAGAAUGAUGUCUGUAAAAAGUUUGAAAGAUGAUUCUAAUAAAACUGUAUACGAUCUGUAGUAAUAGUUCAAAUGUCCUUGGUGCUGGUUCCUUUAGAAAGAAUCCCAACUCAAAGCCUUCUGAUUUUUAUUUUUUUUGGCAAUCAUUAUUUUUAUUGCGGCUUAGUAUAAGGUUGUACAGAGAAUAGACAAGUUGCAAGCGUACAUAUUCCAAUUGGUUUACAACACAUCUGAAUGCUAGCUCUUUUUUUUUUUUUUUUUUUUUCCUUCCUUCUGUUAUUCCCCGCCUCAGUUAUGAACAGAACAACGGUUGCAACUUUGCUAACUAAACAGUUAAACGUUUUCUGAAUGACCUUAGACAGGAAAGUUGUGUCUAGGCGGCCCGUCAGGCAGAUAGAUCCCUCUCUUCUGCGCUCACUAAGACCUUACGAAACUUGGUCUAGAGCAAGUACCGUUAUAGUAUCUGGCAGAUUUCUUCAGUCGUACUCUAAGCUAAUGGUGUCCGUCCAUUAUCUGUCCAGAUAUAUUGGGGUUUGAGUCCGUAGUGUCUGGGUUUCAGGUUAGUCUGGGGUGCUCUGUGCAGGCGUUAUUGUCAGAGUAGGGUGGGUGAUUUUUUUUUUUUUUUAGAGUUUACUCUAACUUAUUUGUUAAACACCGACUUGUAGUGAAUUGAAAACGACACUACAAAAUGAAAUGAAAACGUAACAAUAGCUAAGCUGGAGACAUUUCGUAAAGCAUCUGUUUUGCAUGGAUUUGCAACCUCUACUGUUCAGUACAUUAGAGUUUGCUUUUUAGAGAAUAGAUUCCAGUGAGUAGUGUAUUUGGAUAAUCAGGACAAAAACAUGGUUUAAAGGGUUACCCCACUCAGCACUGCUGUCCACGCCAGCUGCGCAAAGUCCAACUAGCCUUCGGCACAAAAGUGCAGAUUACAUACAUACUCCUACUAUGACCACUUCAAAUUACUGAGUGGUCAUAAUGGUUCAAGUAACCCUUGAAGGGGCUAAGUAUACCCCCAGCAGUGAAUUGUGAUAAGUGGAUUGACUUGCAGAGAUUAUAUUGGUCUAAUUGGGUUUGAAAAUAAACACUCCCUCAUAUUCUUGACUUCCAUUUUUCAGAUGGAUACCAAAGAGCCACUGUAUAGUAAAGAAGUACCCAAGUAUUGUCACACUGCUUCUUAAAUACUUCUUUUCAAAUGUGUAUACUUUAAAACACUUAAUGUUCUCUUUCUGUGUGGCUUUAAGCGAUUUGUAAUUCCUGCCUCGUAUACUAUUAAGUUCAGAUGUGUUUAUAUACAUCCUUGGAGGGGAAAAAACCAACCACUCUUCUUGACGGAGUAUAUUAUAAACUUAAAGAACUUAUCUAAAGUAGAACUUCUGUAUUUUCAGUCUGAAAGCCAUUUAAAUUCCACGCUGGCAACAUUAGAAGCUGAGAAGGAUGAAUUGAAAAGCUUGCUCAAGUCGAAGGAGACAGAGCUGUUAUCUGUCAGAAAUUUUGCCCAAGACACAGAGACUUUGUUCAAUCAAGAGCAGGAAAAACGAGCCAGUGAAAUACGGGACUUGAAUGAUAAACUCCACAAAAAGGUAAUGAAAUGGAAUGCUUUACAUGUUAUAUGGUUUGGUGGGGGCUUUUUUUUUGCAUGCUGAAAUAUUGUAGAUAUACAUAGAGAAAAAAAGGUAUUUUAUAUAGGGAAAAAAUAGAAACGCUAUUUGCAUUUUUGUCUGCUUUUAGAGCAGUAGCACCAGAAUUCUCCAUCAACUUUUUAACCUAGUUCAGUGAAGUCCACAUUUUAUGUGAGGAUUGUGUUGGAUUAAUAUGGUAACGAUGAGGUGUUCCAUCCCACUAGUUUCCUCUACUUUCUCAAGCAAGCCUCCCUCUGCCACAUGAGAGUGGUAUUACUUCCAUUUAAAGACUAUUCCCCUUGUAUCUCUGUCCAAACAUUUUUCUUACGUUUCUCUGCCCUUAUUUAUCUCUUAAUUUACUCAAGCUUUUCUCCCCCACUUCAUUUAUGGUCUAUUUCUGUGUCUAUAUUUGUCCUUUUCCUGCCUCAUUUUUUUUGUCUGUCUUUCUCUGCCAUGGUUUUCAUCAUCUUUUUGAACCCAUUUCAGUAUUUGUCCAUCUAGGGCUGUCUGACCUAUUUAUUUAUUUUAUCUCUGGCACAUUGUAUGUUCCUUAUUCCAUUUUCCUCUCCCACCUAUCUUUAUCUCCUUGUUUGCCUCUCACAGUUAUAGAGUCCUUACUCACCAUAUUCCCACCCUCAUUAUGUUUCUUGUUUUUUGUGUUCCUUGGCUCUCCAGUACAUUGCUCAUUUUCACUUUUUAUUUUACUUUCAUUUUUUUCCCUCACCUUAUUUCACCUCCUACACUUAUUCGUUUUCAUUUGCUUUCUCACCAUAUGCUUCUCUACACUUUAGCGAUUACUUCACUUUCCAUCCCACAAAACUGUUGAGAAGCACCUGUCAAAUAAAUAUUUGCUGCAUCCUAUGUUAACAAAAUUGUAACUAAUAAAUAGUAUAAAUCAUAGCAGAGUAGCUGCAGCCUUCACAUAGACACCUGGAACAACACUAGCUUGAUACCACCCGUCCUUGUAGAUUCAUGGGUGACUAUUCCAUUUGGGGACUUGGAGACUUCCCUAGAAUUAACCAUAUAAAGCAUUAGGAGUCCUUGAUCUGCCCUGAGUCUUUCCUGACAAAUUUAUUCUCUGCAGUGAGAACUAUCAACAUUUAAGGCCAAAGAAGCUGAACUGGAAGUUUUGAUUAUUUUGUCAUAUUUAAAAUUCUCUUUGAAUUCCCAGCACCGUGAAUAUUCAUGAAGCCUUUUUGCAGGACUUGUGACUGAUAACUGCAGUACUGGCACAGACUAUUUGGUCUCCUUGGAAUUGUUAGUAGUUUUUAAAAUCUGAAUGUGCUAGUUGUCUGGCCUCUUACAUAAUAGAUGCUUCAUGAUAUUUUACCAGUAAUCCUAAAUUUUCCUAGUAAUUUACUCCAAAGCUACUAUGAAGUGUUCCUGUUUUCAGAUUAGUCCUCUGUAUGUAUUGUCUUCUGUAUUUCUCAGGGUGAAGACGAGCUGAAACUCUACCAGAAGAUGUUAGAGGACCAGUUUAACGUUGUUCAGAGAACUGUAAGCGAGGCCGAAAAUAUUAUUCAGGACGCCGUUGCUAAACUUGAUGACCCUCUGCACAUCCGCUGUACAAGCUCGCCAGGUGGGUCUUCUGAAAAAGGCAGAGUGCGUGUUUGUAUUUUUCACUUGGACAUCACUAAUAUUUGCUAGAUGUAGCGUUGUGAAAUUCUACAGAUACCAUGUUUGCAUUUUGAUGCAUCUCCUGAAUACAAUACCCCCACAUGCAUAAGUUUGUCAAAGCAUCUGUUUUGCAUGGAUUUGCAAUUUUUACUGUUUAGUUCAUUAGAGUUUGUUGUUUAGAGAAUAGAUUCCAGUGAGUAGUGUUAAUUGGUAUAAUGGAUCAAGUAACCCUUUAUGGGGAUAAGUAUACACCCAGCAGUGAAUUGUGAUGUUGAUUGACUUGCAGAGAUUAUAUUGGUCUAAUUGGGUUUGAAAAUAAACACUCGCUCAUAUUGUUCAAAAAACUGUAAGGGAGGCCGAAAAUAUUAUAGCCAUCACAAAUAUGUGCUGAAUUUAGCACUGUGAAAUUUUCCAGAUUCCAUUUUUGUAUUUUGAUGCAUCACCUGAAUAAAACAAUACCUAAACAUGUUUUGUCAAAUCUAUGAUAGGGUUCAGAUUUUAACAUGUCCUAAUUGUCCCCAUACUGACCUGCGGCAAACUUUGAUGCGAUUUCUAAACCAUGUUAAUGCUAGCUAACCCAUUAAAGUUUGAGCCAACCUGCCAACAUCAAUGCAAACCUUAUUGGGGAAUAAGUACUUUGGUUGUAUGUUUCUUUAUUUUGAAAAUAGAUUUCCUUAUUUUGGAAAAAGUCAGAUUAAACAUCUGAUUUCACUGGUAGAACGGGUCUAUGGCAAUACAGAUUUUGGACCACCGGCACCCUGGCUUUUAAAAGGACCACGUCGUAUAGUUCUGAAUUCCCUUUAUAAUCUCUAUUAUAAAUGUACAUAUUGUUUCUAGAUGUUUCUUAGACGUGAUGGUGAUUUACCCUCUGACAGCUGCAGUAAUGUUUCCUGUACCAUUUCAAUUUGCUGAUACACCAACACCUCAUGACACACGAAGAGCAGCAACAGUUAACACUUGGUGAUAAAGUGAUUCUAAAAAUUUCAAGGAAAUAUUCAGAUACACUUUUAAAAAAUAAAAAGUUCUAUUUUAAUUGACAGAUUACCUUGUCAGCAGAGUCCAGACUGCCUUAGAAUCCGUAACUAAACUUGAAGAUGGCCAUGCUAAAUAUCUACAUGACAUGACAGGUAAGCUGUCCACCCCUGUAACAUUCAACAUGAGAUUUAUCGAUGCACUAACAAUCAACAUGGUACACAGAAAAACACUGCUAAGAAAUAGAGCUUAGCAUGAUGCUGUUUAAUUGAUAAGAUAAGAGUAUUGAUGGCUAGACUUCUAUGUACGUAUUGAUGCUAGUCUUCUCUUGUAAGCUACAUUUCCAUCUGGCUGGCUGGGUGUCAUAGGCCAUGUAGUCCACUACAUUUCCAGAAUCAGAGGUUAAAGUGGCUGUGUCACCUCAAACUUGCCUUUCUCCUAUUGUUUCCUCAUCAGAUUAAAAAAAAGUUCUUCUUUUCUUAAUUUCUGAUCUAUUUCUCUUUAAAUCAUAAGACAAAGUAAUAUAUUUUUCCUACGCUUGAGUAGGUGGAGCCUAUUUCCGUUUUCAUUUACCAAGCUUGCCUUAAGCCCUACCAUUUGUCAGAAUCUUCAGGUGUAGGAAAAAUACAUAAGACAAAGUAGUUCCUUAAUUGUCUUAUAUUUUAAAGAGAAAUCGAUCAGAAAGUGAGAAAAGUACAGAAGAAGAAACUAUAAGAGAAAGGUAUAUUUGAGGUGACAGAGCCACUUGAAAGACUGCUCACAAGUAUUUAAUUUACUGUUAAAUAGACCAUCUUAUGGGGCGUGUCUGACAGCCGGCGCGCACGGUCGCAUGGAGUGAGAGCUCCCGGCCACAAAAGACCCGACCGCGCUAAAACGGAAGAUUUAACAAUCUGAAUCUCGGCAAAACCUCACCCGACAGCAGGUACCGACACCAUGGCCCCCUCCAAGCAAAUGAAAAUGACGGAUCAGCUUAAAUCCGCCAGGAAGGAUAAAAGCAAAUCUCCACAAGAUGGCGACGACGGCAUGGGCCUUUCCCCAGCACAAGACCAGCUAAGUGACACUGACACAGCCUCACAUUCCUAUACAGAGGCACCAGUUAGUGAAAUAAGGCUAUUUACCAUGCUGCAAGAUUUAAGAACAACUCUUAAUGCGGACAUGAAAAAAAUGACUGCUGAAUUUAAACAGGAACUGAACAAAAUAGGUGACCGCACAGACCGCCUGGAAAUGCGGACGGAAGAAAUCUGCGCCUCGCAAAACGAAUUUGCAGAGCAGCUGCGCACGCUACAAGAAGAGCACAUACUUCUUAAAAGAAAAACCGCAGACAUUGAAGAUCGCUCAAGGCGAAAUAACGUAAGAUUCCGGGGAAUCCCAGACUGCGUUACACAUGACGCACUCGCCGAGUACAUCCUGAACCUGAGCACCACCUUAGCACCGGCCAUAGAGAAAGCAGGGUGGCUCAUGGAUAGGGCCCACCGCAUCCCAAGGCCCCCGCGCUUCACAACAGACACACCAAGGGACACGGUGGUCAGAUUCCACUACUUUAAAUCCAAAGAAGCGCUGAUGACUGCAGCACGCAAAUUACAGCGCCUACCAGAGCCGUACCAAGACAUCCAAGUAUUUGCCGAUUUAUCAGCGCUCACUAUGGAAAGAAGACGGGAGUUCGUCUCUGUCACGAAAACGCUCCGCAAUCACAACAUCCAAUAUCGUUGGGGAUACCCGACCAAGCUCCUGAUAUGGAAAAACAAUAAACACCACAACAUCGAAGAACCAGCUGAAGGCCUGAAACUUCUACGAGAAUGGGGACUGUUCGGAUCUCCAGACGCUCCUGCGCAAAGCUCCAACCUACCUCAGCGGCUGCAGACAGAAUGGCACAUGGCGGGCUCGCCCAGAAAACAGCAACGAGAUACCCUAAAGGACUAAAAAUGUGCAACAACCGUGCACCGGGACUGUAUGUGACACCCCACCACUAACGGACACCAAUCUGUAUGUAUAUUAUGCCACACCUCACUGCACGCUACAACACAUACUAUAAACAGAGCAUGCUUCCAAUUACGUAGCCCUAUACAUGCAUACCAUAAUAAUCUCCAUCGCAUAAACGCUUAUCCAGAUAUGCUGGAAUAAACCCCUCUUCCGGGGGGGACACAUGCAGACCCGAUAUCACAUAGGUACCGUUAACACACACACACACACACACACACAAAAAAAAAAAACUUAAAAAUAUGAUUCGCACACACUGGUAAAGUACACACAAGUUCGAAUAAAUGAACAUGUCUUAUAAUUGUAACCAUGUUUAAAGGGUCUAGGCCACGGCUGCCUCCGUAGACCUCUCCCCCCGGAUUGACCUGCUGCCCGACGGUACGGGACAGCGGUUCAAUCGUGUAAAAUGUCCACAACCAUUGGGACACUCUGUACAUACUUUAUUUAUGUAGUUUCAUUUAUGUUUCUGGUUUUGUAUAUGUUCUUAUGUCAGUUUAUAUCUCUAAUUACUAUUCGGUAUUACUACGUGACAACCUGUAGACCAGACCACAACUUGCAAACAUGCAUUUACAUGGCGAAUCCCCCUGUAAUCAAUCUAGUGCUUAGUAUUCAGCAUAACACGACUCCUACUGCUAAUGGCUAACUCAAUGCAGUUAUUCUCCCUCAACGUCAAAGGCCUCAAUAGCCCCCAUAAGCGCAGACUGGCAGCGCAAGAAAUGCGCUCGUCCAAAGCGGCGAUAGCCUGCUUGCAGGAAACCCACUUUUGCAGACGAAACCCACCAAAAUUCUCUGUGAAACAAUACUCACAGGCCUUUCAUGCAUUCUCCCCAACAAAAUCGAGAGGGGUCUCUAUAUUUUUCCAUGAUGAUUGGGCAUUUACGAUGCGCACACAACACGCAAACAGGGAUGGCCGGCUACUUAUACUAGUGGGCUCUCUAAAUGGCAUAGAGAUCACGAUAGCCUCACUCUACGCUCCCAAUGUAGAUCAAAAAUCCUUUCUAACCUCAGCUUUCAAAAAGCUGCACAGAUACAAACAAGGGCACGUGAUUCUAUGUGGGGACUUUAACUGCACAGCUGACCCGUACAUAGACAUGAAACGAACUGAGAAUAAAAUUCCCAAGAGGCCAUCUAUCUUACUAGGUCGACACCUCACUAAUCUUCUCCUAAUGCAUGACUUGUAUGACUCGUGGAGAUGCCUAUACCCUGCGGAGAGGGACUACACAUAUUAUUCCCCAGUCCACAUGACCUACUCCAGGAUAGAUCUAUGUCUCACUGACAAAAACACCUUAACACAUCUCACGAACGUUUCCAUAGGCCCAAUAACGUGGUCGGACCACGCGCCGCUUACGAUUGCGCUCCACGUCCCGUACCCGGCUCGUGGCAGAGGCACGUGGCGUUUAAACGAAGCCCUGCUAAACGUCCCAGAAAACUCCAAACAUAUAGGAAAACAGAUCACUGAAUUCUUUAACGACCACGCAUCCUGCACAACACCCAUACCGACUCAAUGGGUAACACACAAGGUGGUUAUGAGAGGGGCGCUCAUCCAAUUGGGGGCCAAUAGUAAAAGACGAGCUUGCACGCAGAAAGCAGAGCUGCUGAGUGCACUUACUAAUCUAGAAGCUACACACAAACAGAACCCCAAAAAGCAUACCCAAAAACAAUUGGAACAAAUACGGUUACAAUUACAUGCAUUAGCCCUAAACACCACUGAAAAGCAUAUGCGCUACCUCAAGCAAACCCAUUAUAUAGGAGGUAAUAAAGCAGGGAAAAUGCUAGCUAGAAGACUAAAGAAGAGGCAUCAAUCCACCAAACUCCCAUACAUUAUAUCCACGAAAGGGGACAAGUUAUAUAACCCUCAAGAUAUGGUAGAGGAACUAGCCUCCUAUUAUGCCUCACUGUAUCAGCUUGACAGUGACAACGCCACACAUCAACCCACGGACAGAGACCUACAAACCUUUUUCCACGAUACUACCCUACCAACACUCACCCAGGAACAAAAAACAUCAUUAGAGAGACCGUUCACAAACGAAGAAAUUCUCUCCACGAUAAAAACACUGCCAAAACACAAAGCACCGGGCCCAGAUGGACUAACAAACUGCUACUAUCAUAAAUUUGGCGAUACCCUGGCCCCACACAUCACCAAACUCUUCAACCAUAUAAAAGACACAGGAGAAAUCCCACCAGAAAUGCUAGAAGCCCACAUAGUAACUCUCCCCAAACCCAAUAAAUCGCCUACAAUGUGUGCCAACCUCAGACCCAUCUCGCUACUGAAUGCCGAUACAAAACUCUAUGCUAAGUUGUUGGCAAACAGAAUGAAACCACUCCUUUCCAAACUAGUUUCGAGGGAGCAAGCUGGGUUCGUGCCCGGUAGACAGGUGGGUGACAAUACAAGACACUUUAUCAACUUAGUUGAAUGGGCACACUCAUCGAAUCAGCAAGGCGUCCUCUUGGCACUCGACGCAGAAAAAGCGUUCGACCGACUAAAUUGGAAAUACAUGAGGAAAACUCUCGAAGUGCAGGGAUUUCCCCGGCCCUUUAUAACUAGUAUCCUAGCCUUAUAUAGCUGCCCUUCGGCAAGAGUCCAUAAUACGGGCUUCCUCUCCAAACCCUUCCAUAUUCGGAAUGGCACACGCCAGGGUUGCCCAUUGUCCCCACUCAUUUUCAUCCUGUGCCUAGAGCCCCUCAUUUAUCACAUUAAACGUGACCCACUAAUCCCAGGACUAGACACCCCGGUGGGGGAACAAAAACUAGCCCUAUUCGCAGACGAUAUUCUAGUAUUCCUGACAGACCCGAUACAUUCUAUCCCAGUCCUUCUACAAACGCUGCACAAGUACGGCUCAGUGUCGUACUACAAAAACAACACUGCUAAAACCCAAGCUCUUCCCAUCCGACUACCAAAGACCACGAUUAAAAAACUAGAGGAAACACAUACAUUCGAAUGGCGAGCUAAAUCUAUCCAGUACUUAGGUAUCAAACUAACGAAAUCUAUAAACUCACUUACUACCGAGAACCAUAUACCUAUGAUUCACAAACUCACAGCCCAAAUGAGCCAAUGGGAAGGGUUAGAAAUUUCAUGGCUGGGACGCAUCAUCUCCAUUAAAAUGAUGAUUCUCCCCCACAUGCUUUAUCUCUUCCGAACACUUCCCAUUCCACUACCGACCAAAUUACUAAAAAGAUUCCAGAAUAUCAUUAACGCCCACAUAUGGAAACGGAAGCCUCCCAGAAUGGCCACCACCAAACUUAGCCUACCACUUGCGAAAGGCGGCUUAGGCGCUCCGGACAUCCGUAAUUACUACCGAGCAUCUUUAUUAGCACAGGGACUACGUUUACUUAGAACCCCAGACGCAGAACGAACCCCCCUAUGGCUGGCUCUCGAGGAUGCCUGCAUGCUCCCAGUCACUCUAACUAAUGCCCUCUGGACCCCCGAAACAAACCCCAUAGGGCGCACCAUGCUGUGGUGCACCAAAACCACUUUAAACACAUGGAAACAAUGGGCCUCAGUGGUCUUAGACACACAGACACUGUUCAGAGAAGCACCACUCACGACAUUGCAGGCCAGUUCCCCCGACCUCCCCCUACAAACAUGGUCGAACCUAGGGAUCCGCACGAUCCAGGACCUAUAUCAUCAAAACACGCUAAAAACGUUCCCCACCCUACAAAGUGAAUUCUCCCUGAGCCCCAGGGACCUAUUCAAAUUUCUAAGGGUCAAGCACAUACUGCAAUCUAGCACUAAGCCGACAACACCCGUAAAACGAUCAGACACUCCCUCUACCAGGUACAUUUUGACAUCCCGCCAUGUCAAACCCCUAGCCCUUUGCUAUAAUGCACUGGAACGAGAGAAAGCUGAACAUAAACUUCCUUACAUGGAAAAAUGGGAAGGAGAUCUAGGGACAACACUCACUUUGAAACAAUGGCAUGAGGCCUUUUACUUAACAAAACGGGCAUCUAAAAGCCUGUCUCUCUGGGAAGCAUACUGCAAGAUAGCAAUGCGCUGGUAUCUAGUUCCCUCACGACUGGCGAGAAUGUACCCCAACUCCUCCCCGCUGUGCUGGAGAUGUAAUCGCACGGCAGGGUCGCUACUUCACAUAUUCUGGGACUGUCAGAUCAUAACCCCGUUUUGGACCUCAGUCCAAUCACUUAUACGCGAAACAACUAACCUAGCCAUACCAUUAGACCCUAUACACUACCUGCUGCACAUGCUCCCUACGAGCGACUCAGUAAGACCUCCAGCGACCAUGACUGCAAUAAACAUACUGACUAUAGCCAAGAUAGCGAUAGCCUCUCAAUGGAAGGCCAUAAUACCACCGACAAUUGAGGAGGUAAUAAAGAGAAUGGCGCACAACUUACUAGGUACAUCGGAAAAACAUGGGAUCCAAUGGUGCGGAUGGAUUAAUAUCCGUACAUUGGACGACGCAGAUGAAUGAGGCACUAUGACACGAUAAUCACACGCCCCAGAGAAAUAAUAGGAGGAUUACACCAGUUAUACCAGUUACACCAGCUAUAAUACUUAUACUUAUACUACAUUCUACAUGUCACAAACCUUGCCACUAACAAGUCACACCACAAGGUCCGAUAGUAAUACUAAACAGAGAAAUUCAGGUACAUGGUUAUAUUAGUAGAGUUACUGUUGAAAGUUACCCUUCCCUCAACCCUUUGUUCUCCUCCCUUUGUUCUCCUCCCUUGUACCCGGCUGCAUGGUGUGAUAGAAACUGAAGCCCAUGUGGACAUCAACGACAGAUAGCACAAAUGUCUAUAGCUCCAGCCAAAAACAAAAAUGAGCUGUCAUACAAACGGAGUUAAAACAUAACAUCGGCGAUGCAUUUGUGCUGAUGUCGACACUAACGCUACUAUUCGCAUUAUCAUAUUAGAUAAACUUCUAUAUAUAAGCUAACGAGGCCACAUUUGAUCAAUGAGCCGUUAUGACAGCAACAGUGUAAGGUAUUGUAUCGUAUUGUAUGUAUUGUUGUGCAGUAAUGUUACCGUUAGUACUGUAUUAAUAGUAAUGCUGGCAUUGCAUCACUGUCAUUGUCACUGCAAUAUUAUCACAACAUCGUCAAUCCACUGAAUAACUCUAUCUCUGUAUUUGUACCAACACUGUAAAUGUUUUAUUUCACGGUGCCAUGCACUGGAGUACUACCAAAACCAAUAAAAAAUAAAUAUGGAAAAAAAAAAAAAUAGACCAUCUUAUGGUAUUAUCCUAGAUAUCUACUGAUUAUUCCUCUAAAUCAGAGUUGGGGAGCCUUCGGCCCUCUAGAUGCUUUGGACUACAUUUCCCAUAAUGCUCUUACAGCCAUAAUUCUGGCAAAGCAUCAAGGGAGAUGUAGUCUAAACCAUCUGGAGGUCCGGAGGUUCCCCAAUCCUGCUCUAAAUGAUAACUGUUCAAACAGGAACUUUCUGUGCAGAAUUUUACUGUGAGAAACAAUACCAAGACUAUUUUCUAGAAUUUACUGGAUAACUGAUAUAAGUAUAUGUAUGUGAGUCCCUCCCUCCAGUCUGCUUCCUAGCCGCUUUCAUGGACCCUGGAACACUUUAGCCCAAAGCUUGACUGGGGUCUCUCUGGAGCUCUUUCACCUGACCCAGCUGCUCUCUUCUCCCAGGCUGGUAUCGUCCCCUCUGACUUUUCCUCUUCAGCUCCUUUCCCAGGCAAGUAUCCGAAUCUCUGCCUGUACUGCUGUGAUUAGCUACUGCCUUUACAAAGGCACUUGUGGCACUGAGCCCUACCUCUCUUUUUACCUUGUCCCAGACUACAGGGACCAAGCAGCCGGCCAACUGGUACGACAAUUGUUACUGGGAUCCCUGAACAAAUCCACUCACCGUUCCAAAAUAAACUAACACGCAAAGCUUUACUUUUUCUACUUGGGACUAGCUGUGACAAACGCAAUAUAAUACAACUAACCAAAGCAAGCGCUACGGAAUCUGUUGGCGCUAUAUAAAUGGCAAUAAUAAUAUUGGAAAACAUAUAGCUGUUUCAGGAUACCUACAACCAACAGAUGGCGCUGUACAGGCUCCACAGCCAAAUCCACCUUGUUGGUUGAGAGAAUCAGCCAGACAGUAGAGCACACAAACAUUUAACACCAAACACCCACAUUACACACAACCUGUACCCACAGUGGGCAAGGGGUGACUUAAAGAAAAAUGUUUUUUUCUCAUUUGGUUGUUUAUAUAUAAUAUUUAUAUGACCGCAAUACAUUUUGAUAAAUUUCAUCUAAAAUUACUAACACCUUUCAAUUUAAAUAUGCUUCCCAGAUGUUUCUAUAGCAUAAUUAGAAAAAGUAGAUCUAUUCAUUUGAUUCGAAUACAUAUAUUUUUCCGUUAAUUUUUAUUUAUGACUUCCUCUUUUUAUUUGUUGACAAAUGUUCCUGAAAUGUUCUCUCCAGUGAAAAGCUCAGAUAGUUGUCUGCUGAAUGGAUAUUUAGUGUUUCAGCUUGUUACGUUUAUGAAACAGAAUAACACAUUUGUAAUAUCUAUUCCCAUACUUAAUAUAUAUUAUGUGAUUGUUAUAAUAAUCUUCACCCAAAUAUGUAAAGAAAAGAUUUCACAAAGGAACAAUAUGUAUUCUACAUUUUAUGCAUUUUAUGUUAAUUAUGUAUUGCACCUUUAUGAAACCUAAGCAGUUAAAAAUGUGUUUAUUGAAAUGUUUUCUUCUCAUCAGAUGCGUCUACCCUGGUUGGGGCCCUUGCUCAAUUUGCUCAUCUGACUGCUGACACCAUCGUUAACGGCAGUGCAACCUCUCACUUAGCCCCACCGGACCAUGCAGACCGUAAGUGAAAUCAGUAUUGUCUGUCUGCAGAAUUAACACUCCUAUUAGCCCUAUGCUCAAACUCUGACUAUUGGACAGCUGUAUGGACAAUAGUAUUCACUUCCAAAGUGCAAACUUAUAAGCGACCAAACAGUGUACACUGUUAGAUAAAAGGUUUUUAGUCAGAACAUAAACUUUAAGAUCUCCCACCGACUCUUAAAAUAUCCUUUCUGGGGGCGGGGCCUGUACCUCAUUGCGGCUGGCCGCACUUUGUGAGAGCUCCACACUCAACUCCUGAAAAACUCCUAAAAUACCACUCACUAUAUGCAAAGCCACCGUGACUUAUGACCUGCCUGCGUGCAAAGCCUACAGGAGUGCCUAGGACUGUAACUGAUACCUACCUAAUAUUGUGUACCCCAGAGGUUCGAGUGAAGCCUGGUGGGCCGUUAACCGAGAGAGGCAGCCUCUCUCUUUGGGCGCGCUACAAUGCUUCCUAGCAGGCAUUCUGCAUCUGUAGGGUCCCGUUCUCCACCCCUUCCCCCCCCUCUGGACCGAUGAGGAUGAUCCCGGUUCACCCCUUAGAGAAGACCCAGCUGACCAAGACACGUCAGGUGAUACCAGGCAAGCGGAUUGCCGGCAAUGUGCUCUCCCAGGUGCAGGGACAUUGAGACCAAGUUGGACAGCAUAUUUGCUGCCUUCUGGGAAAACCUCGCACUCCAACAGAAACAAGCCCUCGAGCUGGGAACGAGAAGUUACUUACCGUGGCAUCCACGCACCCAGCACAGAUACGAAGCUCUCAAGGUUAAGGGAACCUGCAAAUGGCGGCGGAAGAGACAACCAUUCUUAUCUGGUCGUAAAUCUACACAUCUGACUUCAGAAGCAGCUAGGCUCCACCACAGCAGAGUGGCAACUCACCCUGAUCCCUGCUACCAGCCACGAGCAGCAUCAAGGUCUCCAAAGAGCCGACACGCCGAAUCACUCUGGGUUCAGAUGUCACUGGGGAGAACCUUCAUUGAGCAUCCGUACUCUCUUCACUUGCCUGCCUGUCUUCAUUCUGCUGGGCUGUCGGGCCAGAUAACAAGACUCAUGGCUGGACUCUGUGUUAUGCCAGCGGGGAAUCGGCUGACCUUGGGACAGAGCUUUGAAACUUUACACCCAUCGUUACUUUAAGAUAUUGGGAGCCUAUUUGUGUUUCGUUUUUUUUUUUUUCAUCAUUGUGGGGCACACAUAUAGCUUACCUGGCGGGCCCCAUAGGGGCUUCAUUUCACUUUAAGUCACUCUUCGUGCCAAUGACUUGCCUUUUGUUACCCUAAUGUUAACAGUAACCUGUACUGUGUUUUUCGUGCCUUUACUACUUUUACAAGCAUGUGUGGAUACAGUCCUUAUCGUGUCAUUAUUAAACAAUCAUGCCACUUCUGCUGAGACCAGCUGCUUCCCAGCGCUAGAAAUUGGGUGAGGGUGUCUCAUACAAUGGGCCCUGGCUUGAGAAGCCCUGCUUUUUGUUUUUAGCGGCCUUCAUACAAUGCAAUUGUAAUUUUGGCAUAUGUUUUUUCACACUCAUGCAUUAUUCUGGUUAUGGUACUGGUAGACACAAUCCCAGUAGUAAAAGUUUACUGUUAAGCAUGCUGGCAUUUAAUCCCCUCUACAAUAAGCUAAAUGCAUAACAGCUCGACCUUGAUUCAUGUGGUGUAUACAAAGUGCACUAUUAUUUUUUUCAUGUUACCUUGUUUUAGUUUAAUUUAAAAUGAGACCUCACUAUACUACUAAAGUUACCCAAGCAUGUUUACUCACACACGACCACCCUUAACAGGUCUUAAGUUUUCCCUACACCAUGCUUCUCACUUAUACCACUACAUGUUUGCCUCUUGACAUUUUGUGCUCUAACCUUAAACCUGUAUUCAAUCGUUUUGCGAUUGUUAUAUAGUGUAUAUCUCACUGCACUACAACCAUAAAGAAUUUUCAAAAAACAAACCAAAAAAAUUUAGUUUAUCAAAAAAAUGUCCCUUCUUCAGGGGUGGGAGCUCAGCAGCCAUGCCGAACAGUUUCCAUUCUCUAGAGCAGCAGUAGGCAGCGUUCGGCACUUCAGAUAUUGUACACUACAUUUCCCUUGAUGGGUUGCCAGCACUAUGGCCAGCACUAUGCCAGCAUUCUAAGAUGUGUAGUCCACUAGAUCUGGAGUUCCGAAGGAUGUCUUGAGCUCCUGCUUGACAAGAUAUCCACUAAUUUUAGCAGCACUGCCAUUGCAACGCUACAAUAUACCACCUACCCUUUACCUCCACAUACAGUCUGACGCCUUUAUUUUUUAUACACAUUUAUUUACUCUGACAGGCAAAAAAGCUUGAUGCAGGUUUGAGGUCUACCUCAACUUCCAGUCGUCGGCAGAUCCCCCAUGACCCUCUAGUGACUGUUCAUCUAUGUUGGGUACCUUAUAACUGUCACUGUGAAUUUCAAUACAAGCUAAAUUUCUAGCAAACAUAUUCUUUAGCACUGUUAAUAUAUUUGCAUAGGGACUCGCUUAUCUUUAUUAUAUUCUUGUACUAAAAAUCAAUAACUGCCUGUGGCUUCCUACUAAAUUUACAAUUAAUAUGGGAAGCAUAAGUUGUCCUUUCCUUUUUUUUAUUUUUUUAUUUUUUUUUAUUUAAAAAAAUAGUCCUGAUUAUUCUGUGUGACUCGAAGCAUAAUCUCAUACUGCUGUGAUAAUUCCUUCAGUUUCUCUCCCAUUACAUGUUUGUCCGUAAUAGGUUGUGAUGAUGAAACGUAAUUUUGACAAUGCAAUCUUCACUGUAUUUUUUUUUUUUUUUUUAUGCAUUCAAUAUAAAAAAAAAAAAUGAUUUCAAGUUCCCUCCUGCGGAAUAACUGUGGAUGGUGUAGUACUUGCUUAUUAAAGCAUUCCUGCAUCAUGCCAGGAGUAAUUUCAGUGCUGAGUUAUUGUCAAAAACCUGUAUGCAUUACACAGAAAGGUCACAUGGAUGAUUCUUCAGAGUGUACAUUGAAUUUUACCUUCCCUUCCAUUCACAAUCCGCUGUUUUUGUUUAUAGGGCUUAGCGAAAGCUGUCUGGAUUGUGGGAAUCAGAGUUUGCAGUACCUGAAUAUCCUAAAGAAUAAACAAUCCCUAAGAGAUGCCAACCUGGCAGAUGUUCGAAGAACAUUACAGAACAUCCUCGGGCUUGGAGAGGUAGGACUUUUUUAUAUGUUUUAUAUACAUAUAUUUAAAGUUUAUUGUUAAACAAAGAAUUUGGAUUUGUGCAAUAAAGUAAAUUUAAGUAGUUUAAAACAAAACUAUAAAAAGAAGAAAGUCCAGAGGAUAGGGAAUGAGUAAUGCAUACAACAAGACAACUAGGGUGUUUUAACAUUUACUUUCUAUUGAGAGAUUCUUGUGGUCAUGCUAAAAGGCUGUUUUGUCUUGUUGCACCCUGCUCUACAUGCUCUACAGACUAAUGCAUUAGAACCUCUGUUUGCUAGUCAGUCAAAUGAAGGUCUUCUUUGUCUUCUACAGGAACUGAGACCGAAGAGUUUGGAUAUCAAGCAGGAAGAGUUGGGUGACAUGGUUGACAAAGAAAUGGCCUCUACAUCUAAAGCUAUAGAAGAUGCUGUACGAAGGAUUGAGGUGAGACCUUAAUCAAAUGCGUACAUCCCAAGAUUCACAGAUUCAGCAGGGCAGCCCUAAUUUGGAGCUCCUGUUUCAUUGUCCCAGAUUGGUUCCUUUGACAUUGAAGUGCAUUAUUAGAUGUGCUUACCCUGCACAGAAUAAACUCUGGAUGCAGAGCCCAUUCGACAGAGCUUUAGAUGACCUUGGUACAUGGUCAGUGCUCACUGGGAAUGGGCAGAGCUAGGUAUGCAGGUAAUUGCACUGUUUUGGGCAAGCUGCCUUCUUUCACACAUUAAAACCCUACCACCCCUGUCCUGCUUCUCUGCCUCCUAAUGUUGGGAAGUAUGCAUAGUGUUUUCUUGUACAUAUAAUUUACUAAGUGUGCUAAUUCUUAAUAUGGUAUUCAGGAAAAUGUCCCAUAAAGCAUCCAUUAAUUUAUAGAUUAGUCAAUAGUACUUGAUAAAUGUAAACUUUCUAACCGUCAGUUCGUUAUAAUUGGAGGGAUAAAUUGUCAUUCAGAACUGCUUCUUCUGGAUCUUUACAUGGCAGUCUAGGUGGAAAAAAAGCUGGGUCUGGUAAAAAGAUUCUUGGAACAGAACUAAAAACACACAGAUUAUGUAGGUUCAAUAGCUGAGCCUUCUCUGGCAAUAUUUAAUCAGAGCAAAGGGGUAUGGAGGAGUAAACUCAGUUCUGAGGGCCAUAGGAAAAGGUAAAUUUUGAAAACCAACACAAAAAUUAAUGUCUGAAUGUCAUGUCAAAUAAGUGUAGGAAAAUCUUUACAUUGGUUGAAGAUUUAUUAGGACACAGUGCCAAAUGCCUCUUUUACUAUCCUAUGGUUUAUUUGCUUGAAUAAUUAAGUGUGGAAACCUAAGUGGUUGUAAUAAAAGCCAGUGGAACUUUGUGGACCAUGCAUUUUGCUUUCCACUACCUGACCCCAAAUCUACGUUCUUUCCUGUGUGGCCGGAGUAACUAAGAACAUGAGUCUCCCGUAUAGGCUUCUCCUUAAUAUACUUCUGGAUACUCUUACCCUUUUAGUUAGCUUUUUGUUUUUUUUACUGAGCAAUUGCAACUCAUGCUUUACAUAGAAUGUAGUCCUCCAACUUUGCACUUAGGAUUUCCUCUCAUUCUUGUGCCGCAUACAACCUGUAAAACACAAUAUAGAGAUCUGAGCUUGCGUGUGGGCUAUGGCAAGAGGCGGAUGAUCUCCCGAGGAGAUCGUCCUGAAAGCCGCGUGGUGAAGCCAAGAUGGCCGCCACAGUAGGGACCCUGUACAGCAGAGAUCCAGCAGUGGAGGGAAUCAUUCACUGCCAGGUUUAAGGCACUCUACCAGGAGUUCUGGUGUCACCUCGAUCAUAACUACGUACUCCUUCUGCUACACUGCUGAAACUGGGACCCCACCAAGGUGUCCCUGACACACAAAUGCCUUCUAAUAUGGUUCCCUACUAAACUGGGCUGAGAAUCAUCUGAUGCACAGCCUUGAUGCAUCGACCACAUACACAGAGAAUCAAAUGCUGAAGGCGAACUGCCCCAUCCGGAGCCUUUGCCUAUUCCUGAAGGGGAAAGGGCUCAACACCAAGGAGUGCCAGAGUCAGUGUACUUACAAUGCAGGCCCUCUUACAGGCCUGUGGCCAGAGGGGAUCCUUACCCAAUCGUGGAGUUGCUGCCUUUUACUCAAACUUCCCUAAUCACACGACAACUCUACCCUUGAUCCAGCACAAGACCGUGAAGGGUAAAAUGAGCCUCUGCAAACUUUGUGUGCAUUCUGAGCUUGUUGAUUAGUGGAGUCGGCUGAGCAUGCUUUCCUCACUGUAUGCUGGCCUACUCUCUGAGUCCCCUCUGAGUUUAGUGGACGCCAUUUGUCAUACGUGACAUGUUAUCUUUCAUCACAAUAUGCAAAGUUUUUCACCUAGCAUGUUCUCUACCUCCCGACUUACCUCAUUUGUCUCAUGUUAUUUUGUGUCUCUGAUUUUUCCCAAAAGCCAAUAUCUACUACCCAGUAGGAAUACUGUUAAUAGCAUUGUCCGUUAGUACAGCAUGACUUAUUUUCUGUUUCACCUUAACUCAAUACUGACCUGUUCUCUAUAGUGUCCAUGUUCUACUACACUAUUUAGACUAACAAACUGUCCGUUACCUAGCCUGCUUUCAUUACUGCUCAUACUUGCAUACCUACUGGCAUAUUAGAAUUUGAGAAGAUUGCCUCUCAUUUAACUGUUGGCUGUGGUGUGUUGUGUUUUUAAAAUAUGAUGCUUCAGUUACUGACACUUGAUAAACUACUUAUUACUAUACUGCAUGUACCACAGAUCACCUGCUGGGAUAAUGUUGUGUCGAUUCCCUUUACGUUUUUGGCAGAUUUAUAGAUCAUUUUGAGAUUGAUGUGUAAAUAUUUCUACUGCUCUGAUUACUAGUGUUGGAGCAAACUAGUCACUGCAAUAUCUGUGGGUAUCACAGUGACUCAUCUGUACGUGAAAGGUGAAGCUACUUAAGCCACACUACCCUUUCUGGUUCGACCAGUUCUCUCUGCUUUGUUCUGUCAUGAUGUCACAUCUAGAGUCCCAUCUCUAACAGGGAGACUAUUUUGAUGUGUUAUUAAAUAAAGUAUUUUAAACAUCUCAAAAUGUUUGGCUAAUGUUAUUUCGCUCCUCUUACAACAUACAGGCUUGUAGCUGUUGACAGCAGGUUAAUGAAGCUGUUUUAUAGUGAUUUUGUACAGGUUUAGUGGAUUAAAUACUGUAAUAAAUGUGACUGCACACUCUAUUGUAUUAGUCAGAUAUUCAGACUCACCCAAUUGGACUUUGUGGCUUAGUGUCUUGGUCCAGAUGUGUGGUCCAAGGCCAUGCUUUUCACUUUAAUCAUUAAAGUAAUUUGAUUAGUGCAGGUCUGGGUCACAUUUCUAAGGUGACUGCCAGGUAAAGCACCUUUCUGUGUCAUGACAGGAAAUGCAUACCUGCUGACUGGACUAUGGGGUGUUUUGUGUAUAUAUUACUUUUUUUUUUUUUUUUUUCUUAACCCAAUAAAAAAAGUUUUUUUGUUUUUAAUAUCUCAACAGGAAAUGAUGAACCAAGCUCGAAAAGACAGUUCAGGAGUGAAACUUGAAGUAAAUGAGAGGUGAGUCUAGCAAACAAUGGUUUGGCUCCGCUUCUAGAUAUUUGAAUGUUUUUUUUUUUUUUUUUUUGUUAAUACUAAUGUAUUUAAAAUGCCAAGAUAACUUUGGAUUUUAUUUAAUAAGCCAAAAAAGGAGAAUUAACUAAAUUAUGUAAAAAUAUAAAAUUAGUGAUGUGGGGGGGGAAAAAAUAGUAUAAUGCAGUAUUUUUUAAUUUAUGUUUUACAUUGUUACCAUUGGGCUUGUUAUAGCGGUUGUGGCUAUCCAAGCAUGUUAAUGCUCACACAAAAAAAUAUAUAUAUAUAUAAUUUAUUUAUUUUUUUUGUGUGUGAGCAUUAACAUGCUUUGAUAGCCACAACCGCUAUAACAAGCCCAAUGGUAACAAUGUAAAACAUCAUCAUGGCAUAUAUGGUGACAGCACACUUUUUCAAGUUAAGAGUAGGAUGCAGAUUAAAACAACCGGUAAAAUUCGCUAAAGUAAAGUAGCCAAGCAAACAUGUCUGAGCGUAGGGUGACACUGCAGUAUCUUGCAUGCACAUUAAUUUGAUUAUGUGGAGUAGUCGCAGAGGAAACCUAUGUAAGCUUGGUUUACCUAUCUGCAUUCUUUAUAAAAGCUAUGUUAGUAGGCAUAUAUAUAUAGCCAUGCAGCGUAUGCGUUUGGUUAAAAUGAUGAAAGAAGAUGGCUUGUGCAAGCAGUGCAAUGACAUUACAGCAUCAGGAGAGUCAUGCGUGUAUAGACAUAUUAUACAUGUAGAGAUUCCGGCCUCUAAGAUACAGUAAUGCCACUGGGCUACUGUUAAGUUGGGUCACCACUCCGGGCACUGGUGGUCUUGAUACUUGGGCCUGAAGUCCGCUAUCUUCGCCGGGUCUAUGCAAGCUAGAUUAGUCCCAUUGGCAUCAGGCUCCUGCAGCAGGCUCAGCCUGCACAUUUGAUCUUCAAGUGCUUAUGUUCCCGCACAGGGGGUUGUACCCUGGAUGGUGUACAGGAUUGCCCUUGGUAGGCCCCAGUGGUAGAGAAUGUUUCUGUUCCGCAGCUGUUGCAGCAAGGGCUUUAGGGAGUGGAGCCAUAGAAAGGUGGACCUUGUGAGUUCUGGAAAGAUUUGCAGUGUGGCUCCCUCAAAUGAAAUCAGUUUUUCCCUUCACUGCAGUCUGAAGUAGGGCCUUGUCCUGUAGGAAUUGAAAAUGGAGGAUGAGGUCCGAAGCUGCCGCGGGUGGUGUGCCUGCUGGUUUUGGAAGGCGGAACAUGCCGUCUAUUUUGAGUGUUUUGGCUUGUUUAGGCAGUAGAAAUGCAGCAAUGCAACGUCUGAUAAAGGUAGGUAAGUCCUCCAUCUCCAGAGAUGCCAGGAUCCCCCUGAUCUUGAUGUUAUAGCGUCUGCGGUGGUCUUCCAAGGCCUUUAUUCUGAGAUCAGCUUUUUUGUUGGUGUUGUCGCAGUUUGUCCAAGCCGGGUUUCGUGAGUGCUGUGAGCUGCUUUUCUGUGGGUGAUCCGGGCUAUAUUAGUGUGGAGUUCCGCGAGCAUCACCUUUAGCUGGGCUGCAGUGACCGGCUCCCAACUUUCGCCUGUUGGAGGGUUAGGUUGCGGCUUCUUGCCCCUCUCCCGGAUCGAAGGAGAAGUCUUCAGAUGAAUAGGAUGAUCCCUCUUCUAGGGACUCCAUAUUGUCCCAUGCGGCCUUCUGAGAGUAUCGGAACAAGUCUCCAAUGUUACGGCCCAGUGGGUUUUUGUCUGUCUUGGGUUUUUCAUUUUCUGGCCCAUGGUAAGGGUUUAUGGCCGGUUUGUUUGUCGAUAUUCCACCAAAAAACUGCGUUUUUCGUCAACUAAGGAGCUCAGGGAAAGUGCGCCUGCUGACACACAGCUUGAUUCUGCCCACCAGCAGUAUAAUGCAGUAUUUAUACAUAUGUCUUUAUAAAACUAAAACAAGUGUUUUUAUCUUUAACUAUUUUUUUUUCUUUUUCCAGGAUUCUAAUCUCCUGUACUGACCUGAUGAAGGUUAGUGUAAAAUGGAACAUUUAUUCUGUCUAGUGUUCUGUGGUUAAAUAAUACAUCUACAUACAGUGUUCUGUGGUUACCCAAUACAUCUACAUACAGUGUUCUGUGGUUAACCAAUACAUCUACAUAUAGUGGUUAACUGUUAAGACAAAAGACCUGUUCUGGUCAUUUUAUGUGGUGUUUGCUAUACUAGUUUAAUUGCUCUGUGCUAACUGAUCUUCCUUUAUCAGUUUUAUUGUGUAUAUUAGAAUCUAUCUUAGGCCAUGCUAUCACAAUUUUCUUGCUAUAUAUUAUGCUGGUUACAUCCCAUUGCCUAGGUGUGCGUAAUCUAUGAUCAAUAUUUUGUCAGUUAUAAGGUGGAGUGACCUACUUUUGCACUAUACACACGGUUGCUGUACAUUGGCCUCCUAUUAAUAAAACGGAACUUUUAUUUCUGUAAAAGUAAAAGCCAGUUAUGGAAUUCGUGUAAAUGUAUUGCUGAUUUUUGUUUUCUGAUAUGUAAGGAGUAAAAUUGGAAACUAGAGAAUAAUCAUGUGAUAGUCUAAUUCUAGGGGUGGCAAAAUAAUUGAAACAGGAAGGGGUAAAAUGAUGAAUCUUGUAGUUUAUUCUAGUUUGUAUGUGAUCACAGACUAAAGAAAAGGAAUAUAACGAUAUGUUUCUGUUCCAGGCUAUCAGACUUUUGGUCAUUACAUCUACAGACUUGCAGAAGGAGAUCGUGGAGAGCGGAAGAGUAAGUUUCAGUAUCUCCUGAGAGAUCUAUAUAAAAUCUGUUAUCUGCAGAAAUCCUCCCUGUGAGCAAGGCCCAGUGAUUUGAAUGAGACUGGUUUGUAGUGUUCCCAAUUCCACAAGCUAGUCUUGUAUAAACAGGUAAAAAUAGAUGUAACAUGCAUCACGGAUAAUGGCAGAUUUUAAACUUUGUGUGCUGCCAGCUUUCUGUUAUGGGGAUAGGGGGAUGAAGUCAAUACUUCCUAGGGUGAGGUAUUGGCCAUCAUUUUACUUUUUAUUAGUUUCCCAUGGCUUGUAGUUUUUCUUUCCUUUGAAUUUGUUUAGUUAGAGCAAAUAACCAUAAAUGUUGCAGUAAAUAACGUACACACCAAGUGCACAUUUCACUGCCGUGCUUUAUUUAAUGUUUGUUACUUUGCAGGGAGCAGCAAGCACACAGGAAUUCUACGCCAAGAACUCUCGCUGGACAGAAGGACUGAUAUCUGCUUCCAAAGCCGUAGGAUGGGGAGCGACCCAGCUAGUGUAAUGCACCGCUUUAUGUUUUCUAAUUUCAAGGCCGAGCUGAUUUUUGGCUGUAUUUUUGCAUAAUAAAAUCUUUCCACUUUAGAAAAAAGGAACUGAAAAGUAGCAAUGUCUAUUUUAAUAAUUGGGUUUUCUUUUGCUUUUCUUUAUGCCGUAUAGAGAAUCUGCGGAUAACGUGGUCCUUCAUAAAGGCAAAUACGAAGAACUUAUAGUGGGUUCUCACGAGAUUGCAGCAAGCACAGCACAACUAGUGGCUGCUUCAAAGGUACAAACAUUCCCCUGGCAAUUAAGUUGUGAUCAAGUAGAGGUAUCAUUGCCAUUCAUCCUGGUAUCAGCCCUUAGAUAUUGACAUUGUAAAACCCUUUGCUAGAUAAUCAGGCUAUUUAGAAAUCUACUAGUCUUACUUGUCCAUCCUUCUGACAUGGAAUAAUGGCCAUGAUGCCAGUACAAACUGGGGUACUCACUAGAGAUGUACGUGAAAUAAAUCUGAAUUUGAUAAAAACUGAUGUAAUAUUGCCUGCGGCUUGUUUUUUUGUUUUGUUUUUUUCUAGAAAAAAACUGAACUCUGAGGGCAAAUGCUCAGAGAAUUUACUAGCUUGCCCUUUGGUUAGUCCCUGUCCAAACUCAAAAAACAGUUGCCACAUGGUCCUCUGUCCCUCUUUCAUUAAUAACUGAUGGCGGAGUAUGGACAAUCCAUUGAUAGUAUUAUGAUUCUUUUUAACGCAGAUGUUUGGUUUGUUGCUCUACUAUAAUGGACAUGAAGUAAUUAUAGCCAGACUAUAGCCGAAUGGUUCUUAUCUGCCGUCACAUUCUAUUGCCAAUGUCAUAUAACGGUGUCUCUUGCGUUGGCGAUACAGUGUAUUGUACAGGGCUUGAUCCCCACAUGAAGAAGAAAAAAAUAAUUUUCAACAAUGGCACUGUGAGAUAUAUAAAAAUGUCCUUUGACCUAAACACUCAACUAUAUUAAAAAUAAGAAAGACAUGACUAGGGUCCACAAUUAUAAAAGGUUAUGGAACACACCACUUACAAUAGAUACCAAUGACCUUCAAAUACACUCAUAUUCCUACAACAAACUGUAGAAGGGGAAUGUGAGUGUAUAUAAGUGAAGGGGAUAAUGACCUUUUUACACCCAAACCCCGCUCAAAAAGUGUUUUUAAUGUAGAAAUCUUGAUCUAUCCACAUAUCCUGAAUGCUGUGGUGUACAGACUGUAUAGAGCCUCAUAUGCAUAUUCCUAGAAUCCUUCGCUGCAAUGUAAGUCAUGCAUGCUGCAGAGAUCUGUGCUGAAAGUGUGGUCUGUUGACAUGUGUGGGAUGUAUAGUUGUACUCGGCAGUGCUAUACUGCUGUAUCUGUAUAUGGCCAUAUUAAUACCCAUAUUUGCAGUUUUUAAAUCUACAUUCCCAAUAAUGGGUGCAGUCUGUGCUUAAAAUCGAAAUAUAGAGUGUACAGCUUGGCAUGGGCUCUUGUGAGGUUUGUAUUGUAUUGUUUUAGGUGAAGGCGGAUAAGAACAGCAAGAACCUGCCCAAGCUUCAGCAAUGCUCCCGUCAUGUGAAUGAAAUGGCUGCCAAUGUGGUAGCUUCAACAAAAUCUGGAAUAGAACAAAUUGAAGAUAAAGGUACAUGUUUCUAUUAGAAAACUACCUUUUACCAUUUGCAAAUUGUAACACACUUUUGUACUUCCUAAAAACCAUGUGAAUUGAUGUCUUCUCUCUUUCCAGAUACUAUGGACUUUUCUGGAAUGUCCCUGAUUAAACUGAAGAGAGAAGAGAUGGAAAGCCAGGUAAUAACACAUUAAGUUAAUAAUCAGACAAAAGCACUUAGACCUAUGCGUGAACUACAAUGACGCUACAGAAUAUUCUUAGCGGUUUAUAUUCGACCAUUAACUGCCCGUGAGAAUGUUGAGGGUGAUGUUGCGGUAAAUUGAUAAAAGUAGAAUGUUUUAGGGGUAAUUGGAGAUCUAUUAAGGUGAGUUGUGCGAGACUGUAUGUGCAUUCUAAUUCUGUUAGAUUUAGAAUAGCCAGGAUUUAACAUUUUCUUGGUAAGCUUUGGAGCAGGAGGGAAAAUAGUAGUGAAAAACAAAUUGUCAAGAUUAAGGUAUGUAUUGAACAUGGUUAUUUCCUACAAAUCCUGGCCAUCUCUAAGGACGUAGGUGAAGUGUUUUAAUUACUCUAGGCCAGAUGAGUCGGGAAAGCUGAUGAAAUGAACCAUAUUGUCCCUUGAAAAUGUGCAAUCAAUAGUAAAUGAAACCCAAAAGGUAUGCCUGGAGCUCUGGGUCAGAAUCCCACAAUGCGCAUCAUUAAAAAUAUUUAAAGAUUUCUGGCAAGCUUCAGACUAUGAUGUGAACUGUGCUCUAGACUGACCUGGAUGGUACUCUGUGUCUGUGGUGUAGGUUAAGGUUCUGGAGCUGGAGAACAUGUUGCAGAAUGAGAGGAUGCGUCUGGGUGAGCUGAGGAAGAAGCAUUACACUCUGGCAGGUGUUUAUGAAGAGGUGGAAGAAGUAAAAGCAUCGCCAGUUCAGAAGCCAGGUAUCCUGAAGAAACCACAGCUGGCCCAGAAACCGAACAUGCUACCAAAAACGGAUUAUAAGGUAAAGAGCUCAGGAAAUGUUAUAGUAAUGUUUUCUUUCAUGUCAACAUCUGUAUUUGAUGUUACUGACAUGGAUGUAGAAAAGAAGGGGUAAAUGUGGUUCUUUCACCACUUCUCUGUGGCUGUCCAUGGUACUCCGUCAUUCUCCUUCUCCCCUUCUCUCUUUAUGGAAGCUUUUUUUUCUGUCAUAUGUUAAUGUUAAAGUUGAGGCACCCAGCAUGGCUUUCUUUCGUAAAAGUAGACAAAUGACAGUCUACACAGAAUGGCAUGCUGGGGAUCUGGGAAUUGUGCCGUCGUAGAACAAAAAUAUCCUCCAAGUAGUUUUGUUUUUUUAUAUUUUACUUAGAAAUGUUUAAUAACAAUGUUUCAUUUUCAGAUCGAUAAGGAGGAUGGUGUAUAUCAAGCAAACUUAAUAAACUUCUAG